CGUAAUUUAGCUACGGAUCUUGAUUAGUGUUACUCAGAGGGUCACAUGUGGGGACGUGCUAUUACUUGGCAGAUGUUUGUGAGUACUUUACAUUUAAUGAAAUAUAUUAUUCUAUGUUUUUUUUACAGGUUGUUUUUUUAUGUUUUAAUUUCAAGACAAACAUGGGUAUAUGUUUUGAAAGUUAUAAAGUAAAGCUUUAAUGCCCCUUGUAAUGAACAUGUAUGUCACCAUUCCCUUCAAUAGAUAGUUAAAUGGAAAAUACAAAUAAAAUGGCAAGUACAGCUUAAUAUAAUUGUAAUGGUGCUCAGAUUCUACAGGUGAAGUUCAGUAUUUUUACGAAAUCAUUUUCAACUAAGGGAUCCCUUUGAAAAGGUCAACAACAAUUUGGCUGUGCCGAUUUGAUGUGGCAAACUUUCUUAUAUCCCAGAGCUCACUUCUUCUUAAACACGGGCAUAUAAUGUAUGCUGAUGCUGUACAUAUAUUGUGUAAGCAUAAUUAGGAAGAGAACCCCACAGAUGUAAUGGGCUGGGGAAUACACAGUUUUGCCACCAAAUCACAAGAAAAAGGUUCCAAGGUGCAUUAAAGUAGCCAGGUACUUGUAGAAGUCACUUUUUAUUUUAUUUUAAAGGAUACUUCAAACAACAUAACCACUAUUUUUCUUCUUGAAAGACAUAUAUAUAUAGGGUUUAUGGUACUUUGAAACUUAAGGUUCUGUCCACAUGUUUUUGUAAACUCGUUUUACAUUGACAGAAUUGAGGAAUCCCCGGCUUCCAAAGCACAAACCUUCUACUUGCACCAUCAUGAUGAGGAAAUCUCCCCAUCACAUUAUUCAUAUAUGUUCUUGCGUGGCAUGGCAUGAAAUGCGUGCUCACUCUGCAAAACUGAAAAUAUCUUAGCAGCAAGGUGUAGGGUGAUAAACAUUGUUAUGUGACCAACUGAAUUGUUUGAUCUAGCUGCAGAUCAAUAGGUGGAUGGUUCGGCAGCGCUUGUUUUUGAAAUAAUAUGUUUGGGAAUAGUAGACAAAGCUUUGGGAAUCAUCAAUUACCAGAUGCAAACCAAGCAGUACACUCAUUAAAGAAAAGAAAAAAGGCAACAGGAAAAAAACCCUCCAUCAAAAUAAAGUAAUGCAAAUGCUACGUACAUAUUCCUUAAGCGCUUAAGUUCUUUCAUAAAAUCAAAUCCAUAUUGACAGAGCUCAUACCUGGUAAUUGCAACAUUUCCUAUGGCUCCAGCUGAAAUAUACAUGGACAUGGAAUCAAUAGCAUAGGAAACAUAAACUCAGCUUUUCAGUAAAGCAUUCAUUGUUUGAGAUUUACACAAAACACCUCUCAUCCCAUAACACACACACACACACACACACACACACACAAACUCACAUAGACACACCACACAAACAUUGGGAUUCUCUGGUGUCCCAAUUUUAGUUACAGCCGUUAUCGUAAAACUAGAAGGGAAUGCCCAAUCAUUCAAAUAAUGGUCAUGAACCAAAUUUCCAUCCUGUGUUAUGAUCCAUGAAAUUAAAUAAAAUAAAAUAAAAAUAUCGGUGUGAUUUUCCCUGUAAAUUUAAACAGGAUCACAGAUCUCCUUGUCUAGUUUUUCUGUGUCGAAGUGUGUGUAUAAGUUGAUAGAUGGAACAUGCGUGUUCCCCAACAUUCUAGUGAAUGUAAAGUUAUUAAUUUUGAUGCCUCAGUGUACCAAAUGUAUUUAACACAGUUAUUUUACUUGACAUGUGCUAGCUAUCCCCACUGUCUCUUGCCACAGACCAAAAAAAUGAAAAAGAUGGGAAGUUCCUCUGAGAUUGAUGAAACUGAUCCCACUGAGGAGACUGUAUCAGCUGAUGACUCACACAGUGAUGACAACAAUCUGGGAACUCUGGAAGGAUCUCAAUAUUCAAAGCAUCGACAUGUCAAGUAUACCUUCUUCAGCUCACCAAAACCCAAGGGACGCCGCUUUGGCAAAAUAGACACCGAAAGAGAUAUGGCUCCUAUGGACUCUGUGUACCAAACAGAAAGCAAAAUGUCUCCAACCAUUAAGUUCCAGAUAAGUUCUGAUAGAGGGAAAUAUGGUAACCAGUUGGUCAGGUAGGUGUUGAAUAAUUACCCUGACUAGAGCUAAUUCCUAUCAAUAGUUUACUAUUUAUUUCUCUCUGGUCCUGAUUAUGAAUAAUUAUUAAUUAUUCUGCUUGUCCAAGUUUGAUUCUGACAUUUGCUUGACUUGCUGCCUGUUUGUAACUCUGCUUUCUUUUAAGCCUGUCCUUAGUCUGAUUAACAAAUUGCACUACAACCCUGCUUGCCUUGACUACGUUUUUCUUCCUAGUUUUGUUUUUAUGGACUCUGUAGUGUAUGUAGAGUAUUUAUUAACGGUUUGAAGUUUUUCAGUUUAUGGUGGCUUGGUGGCAUGUGAUUGAGUAACCUAGACCGAAUUAUACACAGUCCACUAUGCCAUUAAAAUACCUACUCUUCCCUUCAGAUAUGUAAUGUACUGAUAGAUAACCUCCAUGCUAAAUACUAACUCUGCCUCCUUUCCCAUCCAUGGUCCACAGUCACCCAUAGUCCAUUCACCUCUAGUUUUACUUAUUAGUGGAUUCUUGCUGGUGUGUUUCUGUCUGUAUUUAUUUAUAAAGAACGGAAUGAAACCGCAUUUGUUUCAGACCGGUUGGCUGCCACCUAGAUACAGUAGUCAGGUGUAGUCAGAUAUUAUAAGAUUCCAAUGGAAUCUUAUAAUAUCUGGUUCUGGAAGGUUACCAGCGAAGCUUAUUCUUAAUGACUCAAUAGGCCAAUCUCUAUACACCUGGAGGAAAAAUGGUCCCCCCCAGAACAUGUAGAUCUUUGCAAGAUGUUUUAUCUAUGGCUUGAGUUUUUAUGUAUAACAGACAAGAGUAUUAAACUAUAACAGAGAUAAGUCUAUACCAGGCAUAGGCAACCUUCGGCACUGCAGAUGUUUUGGACUACACCUCCCAUGAUGCUUUGCCAGCAUUAUGGGUGUAAGAGCAUUAUGGAAGAUGUAGUCCACAACAUCUGGAGUGCUGAAGGUUGCCUAUCCCUGGUCUAUACUAUGCACCCAGGGCUACACCUGGAAUAAUUUAUUUCUUUUAAUACUGGUAUCCCUGAACUAGCAAAAUAAAGUUUUGCUAUAUUGUAUAUGUUGCAAAAUAUAAAUAAAUAUAAUAUUGCAAAAAAAAUAUUUUUUUUUUUAAAUCUAUUUUCCUCUUGCUCUGAAGCCAAACCUGUGAGUACUGAAUCUUUUUAACUUUUUGUUUACCUGAUUUUCAUGUGUAUCCUCUUCAAUCCAUUCUUUACUCACUCACUAGAACACUCUUCCUGUCUUCCAUAAAAGACAUUAUCUGUGCACUUCUUACAUCACGAUAAUGGCUUCCCUAAUAUCUACCCAUUGCUUUCCAAAUCGUCCUGCAUUUAUUAAACAUUUCCUUUUUUACCUCCAACUCCAACUCCCUUCCGUCCUGUGUUUCAUUCAGGACAAUAGCUGCUCGCCCCCUAUGCUGACUAGGCCAAAUCUUAGGCUAUAUCCCUCAUUAAACCCUCGCACUCAGCAUUCACUAUGUCUCAGUCUUCCAUAAUUAAAACAAUUACAUGAAAAGAUGCAUAGUAUGGGAUUCAUUAUCAGAGCUGUCAUUAACUGUAUUUAUGUCCUCUGGUUGUACUUUUAUGCUUCCCAUUCCCAUUUAGACCCUACCCUAAUAUCAAAGUAUGUACUGUACCCUGUAUCAUAAUAUCUGCUUCACUACUGUACAUUAUGGAGGGUGUUAGUUGUACAUUGGCUAGUUGCACAUUUUCUGGGCGGCUGUAUACUGCAACAUGUAUGUGUCAGUUGGUUCUCUGAUAACAUUUCACAAUUUCCUCUACUUCAUUAUGAGAAGGGGAGAGAUAACUCUUCAGAUGAGCGUUCCUGCUGGUCUGCAGCCAUAUGUGUGCGCAAGGGACAUGUUUGGUGUGCUUAGGUACAUUAUAAGGCAGAGAUGAAUUGUGCUCCCUUUCCUGGGUUUAGGUCUCUACGGGCAUCUUUGUGUGAAUCUGCGUUAUCCUACUGCUUUUGUAGAAAAAAAAAUAAUAUUGGUACUUUAUACCUCAUUUUGUAAAUUAGUGUUUUAAAAGUUAAGUUUAGAUGGUGUUUUUCUUUGAGUGUAAUGUGCUGCGCCAUGUAUCGCCCCAGUGGCACAAAAUCAGGGGCCAGGUGGGGAUAUCAGAAGAUCUCUCCUUAACCAUGCCAACACUGAAUGUUGUGUAUGAGACAUUUGUCUGCAUUCUCAACUGUGUGUGCUGCGUUUUGAGCUGUAUCUGAUUGGUUCCAUCAGAUUUUACAUGUGACUACAAUACAAAGUUCCGGAAUGCUUGCAUCAACCAGUUUAAAUAAGCAUGUGGACUUGGUUUUAUAGAUGGUUGAAAUAGCCUGUUUUUACCAGCACCUAAUAACGGCCUAAUCCCUGCAAUGCCAAGUUAAUAUAAGCAUGAUUAAAUUAUUUAACACAUGGCUGCAUUGUCCACUUAAUAUAUGCAUGUUUAUGCUUGUUACACCUAGAUUAGGGUAGCCAGAUCAUGAUUUGAUAUAGUGAGGUCUGUAAAAAUGCAUACUUUAAGGUACCAGUGAUUUAAAUACAUCAAUGAAGUAUACAUUAUUUUUUUAUAGUUUCCCAAAUCAAUCAACUGAUGAUCUGGUAGUUCUAAUCUAGUAAGUACCUGAUGUGGAGUUUUUCUAUGGUAACCAUUUCCAGUUUAUAUCCACAUAUAAUUUGGCGUAUUAAAGUCCUCAGCUGCAGGUCCAUCCCAUGAGGUACUUAAAACUGAAACUUGCAAAGUGCUAACUAGUAGGAUAAUGUACAUUUUAGUUAAAAAAAAAGCUCAAUUAGUGUUGGCAAUGGCAAUACAAAAUAGUGGCAGAAUUAAGUAUCUAAAACACCAGGAUCCUUAAAAUGAUUCAAUAUUUUUAGAAAAAAACUUUUCUAAUGCCUUGUCCACAGAACUCAUUAUUAAAAUAUAUGGGGAUUUUUGUAGAUAAACCAUUUGGAAAGUAUACCGAAAAGUAUUAAAUCAUUUUGAAACAUUAUUAAACUUAACCUGAAAAAAGGUUCAAUAAUGUUCCAGAUUAUGCGACUUUCCUCAGUUUUGUAAAUAAUAACCUCCAGUGGAUAGAUCUGGACCUCAUCGAUCUUAUAUUGAUGUAUGGAAAUAAAAUUUGUCUUUGUCACCACUUCUUGAGCUGGAUUGGGCCGACGGGUGGAUGGUGAUGGUAGCAUGACCACAAUGUUCCAAUUCUUCAUGUUAAAAACAUAACAAAUUGUGUGUUUUUUUAGUACUGAAGCAGAGAAGAAAAAGGGAUGCCACACACCCACAACUGACACUCCUUUGAUAUUGCAAACACCAAGAAAGGGGUAAUAACUGGAGCUGGAAUUAUUCCUGACGCCUUUUAUAUAAUUUGAGUGAAAUAAAGCAUAUCAUGUAACAAGCUCAUUAUCCAAAGACAAAUGGUAGGCAACCGGUCAGACAGUCUCUUGCAUAAGUAUACUCACCCUUAUCCCAUUGGACGUUUUCCCAUUUUGUAGUUUUACAAUCGGUUAUACAAAGUAGAAUUGAUUGAAACUUACUAUUAGAUUUACACGACCUACAUAACACUCUGAAGGUAAGAAAUUAUAAUUUUUUGUUAUACAAAGGUUCAAUCAUAAAAAAGGUAUGGCUGAAUAUAUUUUUAGCCCUGGUGCUAUGAAAUCUCCUGUAUACAAUCUGGUGCCACAAGUUACCUUCAGACAUCAUAUAAUUCAUUGUAUGAAGUACGUCUGCCAUAAAUGAAUAAAUACACAUUAUUCUGAAAGGCUCAGAGUUUGUUAGAAACAGACAUAAACAAAUAGCAUCAUGAAGACCAAGGAAUUGACAUGAGGGAUGGCCACCCAAAAAGGAGUUGUGUCGGCCUUGCAUGAAGACAGCUUCUGAAGUCCUCUCGCGCAGGCACACAAUGCCCUGAGCUUACUUUGAACAUAUUUGAGUCUAAUGACGUGAGCACUAUGCUUUCAGAAGGCCUGAUCCCUGUUGUUUCCAGAUACAUUAAAACAGAGGGCUAAGCAAGGAUGGCAGGAUAUGUGCCCCAAACCGAGACAGUCUUGCCAAAUCUGGGGUUGUUGGGAGGUAUAUUAAAACCCAAGGGUCUACAUGUCAGAAAAGCCCAGACCUUAAUUUGAUUGACAAUUUGUGGAAAAACUAUUAAGAAAGAAAUGUUGAUCGCCAAUAGUCCGCAUUCAGCUUGACCGUGCUUGAGCAAUUUCGCCAAGAAGAAUGAGUAAAACAUUGCACAAAGCCAAUUAAUUCAAUUUUCUGUAGAGUAGGGUUUAAAAGUGCUGCAGUAUGAGCUAUGUAAAUGUAAUUAAUUCCUGGUGUGAAAUGAAAAAGAAAUAAUCAACACUUCUGAAACUCGUUUUUUUUAGAGAUAUCCAGUGUUAUCUGGAUCUUGCCUGGUCUAUGUGUGGUUAGUUGAGUAAAGACAUUCAAUGGAAUGGUUUUCCCAAGGACCACAAAACAACAUAUUAAUAAUGUUUGAUGUAUUGCUUUUUUUUAAAUUGAAUGUUUGUAAUGUAUUAUGUGUUAAUUUAAUACACUUUAAUAUUUUAUCAUCAUAAAUAAGGCGCAUCAAUAAUCAUACAAUGAAUUAAUUAGUUAAUUUUUUAAUUACAUAACAAAUAGCUUUGAGGGUUCUGGAUUAGAUAGAACCUAUGGAAAAUAAUUGUUUUAAGAUAGUGAUGUGCAGAGCUUGAAGAUAAUAGGUAAUAAAAAAAUAACCUGAUUCUUAUUUUGGGCUUCACUAGACAUCACUAUAAAUAUUAACUCAAUAAUAGAGGUCCAGGCACUCCUUGGUUCAAGACAGGUACUUUAUUAAGAACCACAACAGCAAGCUUGACAAAGACCUUUUGGGGUCGAAACGUUGCUGUUGUGGUUCUUAAUAAAGUACCUGUCUUGAACCAAGGAGUGCCUGGACCUCUAUUAUUUUAUAAAUUUUUGGAAAUCUGGUGUUUGAUUCUGCUUCAGCAAGCACCCUGGCUCAGAUUUAUGGGAGUGAGUGCAGUUCCACACAUACUACUAUAAAUAUUAACUCGUCUAUACAUGAUCUCAGGAAUUACUAGUGAAACCUAGUGAGAGGGACUAGUUCUGAAUGCCAGUCAUUAUUAUUGGAUCCCGAGGCAUGCUGAAAUUAUUUCACGCCUAGGAUGGCAUAACCUGCUGGCACCCACUUUACAGUUGCAAUACAUUUUGUGUAUCUUACCUCUCCCACCCCCCAACCCCCAUUGUGUGUCUCUAUACCUCCUCACCCUCUUGGAUGUGGCUAACCCUUCUUACCCUAUUGUGUCUGUGUCCUAACACCCUACUCUUAGUGUGUCUCUUAUCAGCUCUUACCCCUCUUGGAUGUGGCUAACCAGGGCCGGACUGGGAAGAAAAUUCGGCCCGGGCAUUUUUUAAUUACAGCGGCCCACUACAAAGGGGGUGGGGCCAGAUAGGGUGUGUUUUGUCGUCACCAAAGUGAGCAUUUUGGUUCAAUGCUCUUCCAGGGUAGACCAUGCGCAGAGCUCUGCUGAAGAGCUCUGGCAUGAGAAAAAGACCCUGUAUUUGUUCUGCACAGCACAAGCAAAUGCAAUAACAUGCUUGCACUGUGUUUGCUUGAAAUUUGUCUCUGGUGUCUCCAUAGUUGGGAUACCAGGAGACAAAAAUGCCAGGAAAGCAUAUUGUGCAGUGUGUGUGAGGGUGUUGUGUGUGUAUGUGAGGGUGUUGUGUGUGUAUGUGAGGGGUGCAGUGUGUGUGAGGUGUGUAGUGUGUUAGUGAUGGGUGCUGUGUUUGUGUGAGGGUGCUAUGUGGGUAAGGGUGCUGUGUGUGUGUGCUGUGUGUGAUUGGGUGCUGUGUUUGCGUGAGGGUGCCAUGUGCGUAUGAGGAAGCUGUGUGUGUCAGGGCAGUGUGUGUGUUGUGGCGUUAGGGGUGGAGUGUGCUGCGCCGUCAGGGCAGGAGUGUGCGCUGCGUCUCUGCUGUGCAGCAAGCGUGUGUGUGUGUGCGGGAGGCGCUGUAUGUCAGGGGUGCAGUGUGUGUGCUGUGAGUGUUAGAGGUGCAGUGUGUGUGUGUGAGGGUGCUGUGAGUGUCAGGGGUGCAGUGUGUGUGCUGUGAGUGUUAGGGGUGCAGUGUGUGUGUGUGUGAGGGUGCUGUGAGUGUCAGGGGUGCAGUGUGUGUGCUGUAAGUGUUAGGGGUACAGUGUGUGUGUGUGUGUGAGGGUGCUGUGAGUGUUGGGGGUGCAGUGUGUGUGCUGUGAGUGUUAGGGGUGCAGCUCUGCGGAGUGCGUGAGGGCGUCAGCGUUAGGGGUGCAGUGCAUGUGGAACGUGAGGGGUGCUGUGAGCGUUAGGGGGCGCAGUGUGUGUGCGUGCGCGCCGGGUAGUCAAGGGGCGCAGCUCUAUGUGGAGUGUGGAGUGUUAGGGGUGCAGUGUGUGUGUGUAUGUGAGUGUGUGAGUGUUAGGCAGUGUGUGUGUGUGUAUGUGAUGUCAGUGCAGCUCUAUGUGGAGCGUGUGUGCGCUGCACGUGUUAGGGCAGGCAUGGAGUGAGGGCGGGUGCUGUGAGUGUUAGGGGUGCAGUGUGUGUGUGUGUGUGUGUGUGCUGUGUCAGGUGUGCAGUUUGUGUGAGUGUGUGAGUGUUAGGGGUGCAGUUUAUGUGAGUGUGUGAGGGUGCUGUAAGUGUUAGGUGUGCAGUGUGUGUGUAUGUGAGUGAGGGUGCUGUGAGUGUUAGGGGUGCAGUGUGUGUGUGUGUGUGCUGUGAGUGUCAGGGGUGCAGUUUAUGUGAGUGAGGGUGCUGUGAGUGUUAGGGGUGCAGUGUGUGUGUGUGUGUGUGUGCUGUGUCAGGGGUGCAGUUUAUGUGAGUGUGUGAGUGUUAGGGGUGCAGUGUGUGUGUAUGUGAGUGUCGGGGUGCAGUUUAUGUGAGUGUGUGAGGGUGCUGUAAGUGUUAGGUGUGCAGUGUGUGUGUAUGUGAGUGAGGGUGCUGUGAGUGUUAGGGGUGCAGUGUGUGUGUGUGCUGUGAGUGUCAGGGGUGCAGUUUAUGUGAGUGAGGGUGCUGUGAGUGUUAGGGGUGCAGUGUGUGUGUGUGUGUGUGUGUGCUGUGUCAGGGGUGCAGUUUAUGUGAGUGUGUGAGUGUUAGGGGUGCAGUGUGUGUGUAUGUGAGUGAGGGUGCUGUGAGUGUUAGGGGUGUCUGUGAGGCUGAUGUGAGUUAGGUGAUUAUUUCUCCCCUCCCUGCUUACCUUAUGCCUGGGAGGGGGGAUCCUGCUGCUGGGGCUGCCAUCCAUCCCCGAUGGUCCUAGUGGUAAGUGAACUCUAGCCUGUGAGGCUAGAGUUCACUCUCGUGAGAUCCGGUCGUUGCCAUGGCAACGCUCCGGAUCCCGCGAGAGGAACCAGGCGGAGCUGCAAGAUAGAGCUCCUCCGGGUUCCUCUGCUGGCAGGCUGGCUCCCUCCCUCUCUCCCCGCCGGCGGCCGCACUAUCCUGCAUGUGGGCCGGUGAGGGAGAUCUUUGAUCUCCCCACCGGCCCGCCGUGGACUGCUGCCGGCCCUACAAAGACCGGCAGGGGAGAUCCUGGAACCUCCCCUGCCAGCCUCGGCCCAUGGCCACCGCGGCCCACUGGGCAUUUGCCCGGUGUGCCCGAUGGCCAGUCCGGGCCUGUGGCUAACCCUUCUUACCCUAUUGUGUCUGUGUCCUAACACCCUACUCUUAGUGUGUCUCUUAUCAGCUCUUACCCUGUGUGUCUCUAAACCUUGUCUUUAUCACCCAGGUGUCCCUCUUAACCCCCAUCUGAAACCUUUUACCCCCUAACCUCAUCCUACCAUUAAAGUGUAAAGUGGCCAUGGACUGGACAACAGGAGAUGAUGAAGAUGGGCAUGUAGCUUUUCCUGAUUUGAUGGGGAAAACGUGCAGUGGGAUGCCAGAGAUCAGGGAUACAGCCGUAGGUUAAAUAUCCCCCACCUCCACUCACAUAACUACUCUCUGAAUGCACAUCAGGCAGAAGCACAAGGAUCAAACCCCAUCCCCUAUUGGUAUGGUACAAGUUGGACCUAUUUUAAAAUUAGUGAUUGUGUUUAUAAAACCUAAAAAUUAGAUUCUACUUUUGAUGGUUAAGUAUGUGUCCAGUAUGGCACCAACUGACUUGGAAAAUAUGAGAAUAUUACGUAAGUACAUGGUAACUUAAUCGACAAUUGUUUGAUGAAAGAGUGAGGAGAAUAUAUAUUUAUUCAGAGAACACUUUCUUUUUUUAAUGUCUUUUGAUAACUAAUUUGCAUACUGUCCAUAUGCUAAACAAUUUGGAAAUGUGUGUGCGUGAACUAGGUUAUUUAUUGUGAUCUUCUUCGUGUCACACUAAUAUAUGCAGGUAUAAUAAUAUAACAUUCCAGGCUUGCAUAGCAGAAUCCAGCACUUAUCCUUGAUUAUUGCUUCUCAAUGGAACUCUUUAAUGUUUCAUUAACAUUAGCUGUUCCGAGGUUGUAAAGUGGAUCUGUCACCGUCUAGAGAUGUUCUAUCAUUUAUAAAGAUCCCAGGUGGUAACAUUGCCACAGGUGUCCUGGAUGUUUUACGUACCUGAACCUAUUCCUAGAGUGCGCCGACAUUUUCUUCCAUCUGCUUGUCUUCUGCUCCUACCGCUUCUGCUACCAAGAGCUGACAUCACUGCUGUACUCUCGUACAUGUGCGUGAAUACGGCAAUGAUCCAUGUUGAUGGGUCAAAUUGUUUUUUUAUUUCUUUUUUGAAAGAAGGCUCAUUUUGACAUAACAAAUACAAAGAAAUAAAGGGAACAUCAGUAAUGAUCUGAUAAGCAUAUUUGAGAUUAAACUCAAGUUUAAGUAAGAAAAAAAACCAACUUGUUUUCCGUUGUGGUACUUUGAAAAAUGACUGGUAGUUUUAAACAGUUUUUUUUUUUUUAAAACCUAAGAUACGUUUUAUGAACACAUUUUGUGGUUAAAGGGACACUGUAGGCACCCAGACCACUUCAUCUCAUUGAAGUGGUCUGGGUACAGCGUCCCUAUUGCCCUUAGUGCUGCAAUGUUAAACAUUGCAGUUCCAGAGAAACUGCGAUGUUUACAUUGCAGCACUAAGCCAGCUUCUAGUGGCUCUCUACCAGACAGCCAGUAGAGGGUUUCCUGGUUUGAAACGGACCUUUGGUCCGGUAUGUGACGCUGAACGUUCUCACUCUCUGAAUCCAGCAUCAGAUUUUUCUCCAUAGGAAAGCAUUUAUUAAAUGCAUUAGAGCUCUCUCAUCACUGGACAGAGGAGGAAGAGGAGCUUUGGCCCGCGCCAAGGGACCUUGGUGCUGGGAUCAGGUAAGUAAAUAACAGGUUUUUAACCCUUUAUUUACUGGGGAGCAGGGGUGCAAGGGAGGGGGGAGUCAGAGGAAGCUAUAGUGCCAGGAAUAAAGCUUUGUAUUCCUGGCACUAUAGUAUUCCUUUAAAGGGACACUAUAGUCACCAUAACAACUCUAGCUUAAUGAAGCAGUUUUUGUUUAUAGAUCUUUAGUUUUACUGCUCAGUUCUCUACAACUUAGGCGUUAAAUCACUUUUGUUUCUGUUUAUGCAGCCCUAGACACACCUUCCCUGGCUGCGACUGACACAGCCUGCAUGAAAACAAAAUGGUUUAACUAUAAAUCAGAUUCAAAUUAUUUUAAAAGUUUUUAUCUCCUGCUCUGUAAAUUAAACUUGAAUCACACACAUAAGGCUCCUGCAGGGUCUCACAAACUAUUAACAUAGCAGGAGAUAAGAAAUUCAAAAUUAAACUGAAUUUGCGAUAAAGCAAGUGUAAACAUUAGAUGACUCUUAACAGGAAGUGUUUAGGAAGGCUGUGCAAAUCACAUGCAGGGAGAUGUGGCUAGGGCUGCAUGAACAAAGUGAUUUACCUCCCAAAUGGCAGAGAAUUGAGCAAUAUGACUGCAUGUACAUGAUUUAUACACCAAGAUGGCUUCAUUAAGGUAAGUUUGUUUUGGUGACUAUAGUAUCCCUUUAAAAUUGCUCUUUCAAUUAAAGUGUGUAUGGCAAGUGAUAGAAAAGAAGGAUGCAAUUUGUUAUUUUGGCUUAGGUAUCCAUCAUUCAACCAUACAUACUGAGAUUAUGUUUGUCAAGUGGACCAAAACGCUGGGAGAAAAUCAAAGAAGGAAGGUUGUAUUUGUGUGAUUAGUUUCAACAUUGUUGUAUUGAUAGAAAGUCAUACAUGAAUAGCAAGAAACCCAUGUGUCGAAAACAUUGUCGAGCAUGAUCUCGAUAGAAUGUGAGACGAGAUGAGCAUUAUAAUGUAGAUAUUUCAUGGUAACAUUCCUCCUUUUCAUGAUCAUACAUUUUAAAACUAUGUCAUAUCUUUCACAGUACCAAGUAGAUCAUAAUAGCUGAACUGGAAAAAAAAUCUGCAAGCCAGUUAUGUUUCCACAUUGACUACUUCGGCCUUAAACGAACACUCAAAGCACCAUGACAACUGUAUCGCCACUACUAAUUCUCACAUUAGUGGUUGAUUCUGUUUGUAGAUAUCAUUUUGAAGUCCCUGUUUAUUUAUAUACAGUUUGAACAUAUUUAUUUUUUCUUUUGCAAAUACGACAGACAAAGUUCUUCCGUGGAAUCCACCACAAGUUGCAAGGACAGAACAUUUAAGCUGUAUGAUCGGAACAGGAUUUUUGAAGCUGCAGCUUACGGGGACUGUGAUGAACUUGAUGAUCUACAGAUGUAUUUGCUUAGAACCCACAAACGCCUCACUAAUCAAGAAUUCAAAGGUAAUCAGCCAGUUUCUCUGUCUUAUCAGCGUUUCUAGGUCACAAUUUGAAUGUUUUUAUUUUAGGGUGCGACAAAUGGUCUAUAUGUGACUUUAAAUAAAGUUGAUAUAGUUUAUUAUCACAUGCAUGUACAUCGUUCUCUUAAUGCUUCCCUAUGGGAAAGCAAUGGAUUUGCUGAGAUCAUCUGUAAUGAUCACCUCAGCAUAUGCUUUCAUUUAGAGGGUUUUUUUUUUUUAUGGGGGAGAGGGUGGCAAAAAUCUAAAUUGUUAUUAAAACACAUUAACUUUAGGAAUACAUCUUUUUUAUUUGUAACGUUGUGCUUCUUUAAGAACCAUUAGAAACAUUGCAACAACCACAACAAAUUUCAAUUUAUUCCACUCUGCAUUAAAAAUGUUCACAUUAAUUUAUCUAGAAAUCUUUUACCAGGAUGGAAACAUUAAGAUUUUUUGUAUUUUCAAGCAUCUCCUGGGACACUCAGACAGUACAAUGUUAGGAAAACAUAAUAAUUAGUAGAUGUUAUGGGUUUGGUGUGAUUGGAGAUAGAGAGAGAAAAAUAGUUAUUAUCAGAGAUUGCAGACGUGUUGAAGAUUUGAUGCUUUGUGGUUGUUUAUUUCAUGGCUGCAGAGCUCUGUAUUAGGAGGCUUCUUCAUGGUUAUAAUGGAGAUAUAAAAAAGGGAGUAGGGGGAAGACCAUAGACUAUAGGGGCGAUCUGGAGACUAUCUGGAGAGCAGAGCUGAUCCUCUGUGAGGAAGCUUACUGGAGAAGUGUCUACGAACCAGGAAAAAUAAGCAGGUCUCCCAACUGUCCUGAUUUUGUUGGGACAGUGCAUGUUUCAGACUAUUGUCCCACCACCCAGGAUUUGUUCCCUGAUGUCCCCAAAAGUGUCCCCAGAAUGCGCAACAGAAGAGCGCGGUUAGGCAUACAUGUGCUACUCCAAGGGAAUUAGGACAAUGCAGGGGGCACUGUAACAGUACUCUCAAUAUGAUCUGCCCCUAAUGGGCUGGCUAGCAUUUAUGCUAGGCUGACAUACCCCUUCCUCAGGCCGACUCGAACUUUGGAUGGCAGCAGUGCAGAUCGUAUCACUGGUCUGCCACUUUUAGGGGUACUCAUGCCAUGCCAAUUUAUUUACUUCCCUAUGUUGGGAAGUAUGAGAAAGUGAAGGGCACAUCUAUGUUUGAGUAAUAACCAUUGUCGUUCUUUUAACAUAUCACAAUGAAAGAUGAAAACUAAUUGUAACGUGGACUGUUGCUAAAUCCUGACACUUGUGCAUCUACUGAAGACAUAUCUUUUGGACUUUAUCUAUCGUACUAACUUGUGCAUCAUUUUCGAAUAAAGAUUACAAUUCAUUUUUUAUUUUUUAUGUUAUCUAUAACAGUAUUUAUAAACAGUAAUAUUAGCAGUUUUAUAACCAGCCUAAUCACCUAAUAUUAAUAUGUGUCUUUGAUCAGAAUCCUUAGCGACUUACUGAACUGGUAUACAAAAAUAUAUAAAUAUGAAGGAAGUGAUGUAUUGUUCUAAUAAACGCUGUCACCAGUUGUCGUCACAGCUGCAGGACUCGUGUGUUAUGUGCUUUGCUACCUCAUUCUAAUCAGACAUUACAAAGAUGUUAAAUUUUUUGUGUUGCUCAGAACCGGAAACGGGCAAGACAUGCCUCCUUAAAGCUAUGUUAAAUCUUAGUAACGGAAAAAAUAGCACUAUCCAACUGUUACUGGAGAUCGCAGAGAAGACCGGUAAUUUGAAAGAAUUCAUUAAUUCAUGUUACACAGACACCUACUACCGAGGUAAGUGGACUAAUGUGGUCCUAUUGAAUUACUUCUGUGAAAACCCAACUGUAGUAUGUACAAGAUGAAUAUUGCCUUACAUGGAACGUGCCAAACACCAUAAGUACAUGUGCUGUUUACUGUGGUAAUGGUGCGAGGAGGUUCCCUGUCCAUGUCUCAUAUAUUAAUGAUCUACAUUAAGAUAUAUUCCCCCCUGCCCACACAAGCCAUGCAGGGCCAUACAAGUUCCAUUAACAGUUAUAGAUUUUUUUUCUGAGUUUUUGUGAAACAUUCAUGAAUUAACCUAUUUGAUAACUAUGCUGUGGUUUGUAUUAAUUUCUCAUUAAACUCUUCCAUCCACUGUCCAAGUCCCUUACAGGACGAGCAUCACGUCUCGCGAUUUAGCCUGAGCUGUUUCAGUUUUCUCAUGACAGUGUGAUGCCUGGAUAUGAUGUCAUGUAGCCCACCGGCCACAAUACAUUGCAAUACAUUGCCUCACACUUUCCCAUCCCGGGGGGGGGGAGCUGUGAAUUACCCCUGGGCCACUAGAAUAGAGAGGAUUGGGGGCUGCUGUCUUACAAAAGAAAAUUAUAUUAUAUAAGAAAAUUAAGAAAGGGAUUGGAUUGUGGUGGAACAGUGAUGAUUUGGUCUGUCUGUAAUUGCCCCGCUUUAUGUUUGUGUAGUCUAGUACAUUUGUGUAGUCUAGUACAUGCAGUGUUAGCAUAAAAUAUUAAGAUAAAAUUAAGAAAGGGAUUGGAUUGUGGUGGGACAGUGAUGAUUUGGUCUGUCUGUAAUUGCCCCCGGCACAAAUAGCCAGCCAUACCCUGCCAUUGGCCAGAAUUUUUUUUUUAAAUUAAAGGAAGGUUUUAGUAGAAGCAGCACAAGAUGGUCCAGGCUGGAGUGGUCCACUGAGAAUUUUGUCCAGUAAGCCUGUCCACGCUUUAUGUUUGUGUAGUCUAGUACAUUUGUGUAGUCUAGUACAUGCAGUGUUAGCAUAAAAUAUUAAGAUAAAAUUAAGAAAGGGAUUGGAUUGUGGUGGGACAGUGAUGAUUUGGUCUGUCUGUAAUUGCCCCCGGCACAAAUAGCCAGCCAUACCCUGCCAUUGGCCAGAAUUUUUUUUUUUAAAUUAAAGGAAGUUUUUAGUAGAAGCAGCACAAGAUGGUCCAGGCUGGAGUGGUCCACUGAGAAUUUUGUCCAGUAAGCCUGUCCACGCUUUAUGUUUGUUUGUUUGUUUGUUUUUUAUUGCAAAAUGAGCAUUCUCUAAUAGAAACACAAUCGCAUAUUAUAUGGUCUGUGAACAAAACAUAUAUUUUUUAAAGUAAAAAAAAAAAAGGAAUUGCAUUUUGCUCCUCAGGGAACUCCUUCAAAAUCACCUAAAACUUGUUUGUCAGGAAAUUGUUCAGACACGGAGGAGAGGACACUAUUCACUAAACUCUCAAGUUUAGAAAACUGAAACCCAAAUUGCCAGAUUCAGGAUAAAGUAGCCAAGUUGUAACCUUGUAAUCCUUGAUUACACCAAGUGGAUUUCAACUCAAUACAAUUUGAGCAGUGGUUCCCAAACUUUUUAGGUUCAAGGUGCCAAUAUUUCAAUAUUUCUCCAAGGCACCACAGGUCAAAACUAUUUUCUAGGUUGUAUAUAUGUACAGCAUUGCAUAUACUGGGCCCCUAAUCUUGGGAGGGGCACUAAUAGAUUAUUAAAAGAAACAAUCCAGGCACAAUAACCACUACAUUAUGUUGUAGUGGUUAUGGUACCAGUAGUGCCGUAGUUCCCUCCCAGGGUAAGUAGUCAAACUGUAUAAGAACAGUUUGACAACUUACCUGGGGUCUGCCAGGAUAGGGGCUGUAGUCUGUGCAUGUGUGUGUGGGGGGCAAUAUGUGUGUGUGUGUGGGGUGCAAUGUGUGUGUGUGAGUGGUGAAGUGUGUGUGUGGAGUUUGCAGUGUGUGUGUGUGUGUUAAGGGUGCAUGUGUGAGUACAGGGGUGCAGUGUGCGUGUGUGUUAGGUGUGCAGUGUAUGUACAGGGGUGCAUUGUGUUUGUGAAGGAUGUAGUAUGUGUGUGAGGGGUGCAGUGUGUGUGAAUGUGGGGAAGUUUGUGCAUGAGGGGUACAGUGUGUGUGUGAGGGGCACAGUAUGUGAGGGGGCAGGCUGUGUUUGGGCUACAGUGUGUGUGUGGGGGGGUGCAGUGUGUGUGAGGGGUACCAUGUGUGUGUAUGGGGGGGCAGUGUUUGUAUGUGGGGUAAUUGUGUGUAUGGGGGUAGUGAGUGUGUAUGGGGGAUAGUUUAUGUGUAUGGGGUAUAGUUUGUGUGUGUAUGGUGGGGCAGUGUGAGUGUAUGGGGGGUAAUUGUGUGUAUGGGGGGGUAAUUGUGUGUAUGGGGAGGGUAGUGUGUUUGUAUGGGGGGAUAGUGUGUGUAUAGGGGAUAGUGUGUGUGUGUAUGGGGGCAGUGUGUGUGUAUGGGGGAGCUAUUGUGUGGUGUGGGGUCUGUGGGGGGUGAAGGGCAAAUUAAUAAAUAUAUACUUAAAUUUUGUUUUCAUUCAAAAUAAAAAUUAUAUCCCCCCUCGCUGCUUACCUUUGCCUCGGAGGGGGGAUAUUUUGGGGAAGCCCUGGUGGUCCUGGUGAUGACAGUGUACUCUAGCAGUCUCAGGAACUGCUAGAGUUCACUCUUGCCAGAUUUGGAGCAUUGCCGUGGUAACCGCUGCAAUGGUCCGAGCUCGCGAGAGGAGAACCCGGCAGAGCUGCAUGUUAGAGCUCCCCCGGGUCUUCUCUCCCUCCCUCCCCUGCCGGCUGUCAGCAAAGUUCUAGCGGGCCGGAGAGGGAUAUCUCCGAUCUCCCCUCCAGUCCUGCAGAGCCAGCAGGGGAGACCACAGUUCCCGUUGCUAUGAUCAUAGCACCGUGAAAAUAUCUUGCGGCUCCCCUGUGUGCCUGUCACAUUUUGUGAACCGCUGUCAUAGAGUAAAUAUACGUCUAUAACAGUCUUGCACAAAUUCACUCCCUAAAGAUUCAUGCAAAUUGCUCUCAGAAAAAAGAAAAAAUACAUUGAAUGGUUGCAAAACCUACUAUAAAGCAGAGUGGCACUCCAGUAUAUUAACUGUAAUAAAAUGUGGCUAACUGGAAACCAAAUUGAAUAUGUUCUCUUGCAUUCCCAAGGUCAGACGGCUCUUCAUAUUGCUAUUGAAAGAAGGAACAUGGAUCUUGUUGAACUGUUGUUACAACAUGGAGCAGAUGUCCAUGCACGAGCAGAUGGGGAAUUCUUCAGGAAAGCAAAAGGAAGACCUGGAUUCUAUUUUGGUGAGAGAGUCUCUUAUUCAAGAAAAUUCAGAAAUGGGAAGUAUGUCUUUCCAUGGACAUGUUAAAUUGGAGGAAGUAGACCAUACCUGUGAUAAAAAAUAUUUAACGAAUAUAACAUUUAGUGUAUUUUCUAUUCUAUAAAUCUACACAGGAGAGCUGCCGCUGUCCCUUGCAGCUUGCACCAAUCAAAUUGAGAUAGUCCGAUACCUUCUACAGAACCAGUACUCUCCAGCCAACAUUGCUGCUCAGGAUAGCUAUGGAAAUACUGUGCUGCAUGCUCUGGUAGACAUCGCGGACAACACUCAGGAGAACACAAAGUUUGUGACCAAGAUGUAUAGCGAGAUAUUAGUUUUGGGCGCUCAGAUUGAACCUUCACUUAGACUGGAAGAUAUAGGCAACAAGAAAGGUCUGACUCCUCUGACACUCGCAGCAAAAACUGGCAAAAUUGGGGUAAGUGUGUUAAAAUUUAUAGAUAUGCAGUCAGUGCCAGUUUUAGAAGUGUUCCAGGAGAGUGUCAGUACUGUACUUGUGGACGAUAGGUAUUUCACUUUUUAAGAGAUACUCCAAGCACCAAAACAUUACAGAUUGAAGGAUUACUCCAACCAAAAGGAUCACUUCAGUGAUUAGAAGGGAUCAUUGUGGUAGGAGUCUGGAUGGGCAGUGUUUCAUCUGGAAACAUCCUGAGAUAUUGGAUGCCUUAUUCAAUUCAAGUCAAUUCUGUACAUAAAUUAAGCCUGUUGUCAGCACACACUGCACACUGACAACAGACAUGAAAAUCUUCCCCUUGCAGAGCACCUCCCCUUGCAAGCUCUCCCCUCUCACCCUCCCUCCUACGCUGCGCUCUGUCCAUCAUCCUUCCAUGAUCAUUGUAUUUUUUGUUUUGUUUUUAAAAACCCUCCCUCCGCCUCCAUUUCCUCUCCUGCCCGGAGCACACACAUGUAUGGUGAAAUGGUCCAAUCAUAGGCGUGUUUUGGGGAGGGUCUACGGUACCAGAUUCUGUAUAAAUGUGAGCCAGUUGGCUGGUAAUAAACAGAUCUACUUCAUCCUUCACUCAAUCUCGACUAGUGUUUGGGUGCUACUGCGGUUACCCUUCAACAGUAACUAUAAUCACUACUCAGGAGCUAUAAUCACUCUGGAGCUGAUCACAACUGGAAGACGUGACCACAAGCGGUAUUAACCUACCUUCAGAAAGGUAUAAUGCCACAUCUGGUGGCAGCGGUGGGAUGGUCCCCUUCCUUGGAUCCAGAGUGGAGCAACAGUAAGCAGGACUGGCGAGGCACUCGGGAGAAUGGAACAGGCUAUGCUCUGGCAGCGCUCCCAUUCAAGGAGGAGAGUGACCUGGAAUGGAAAGAUAUAGCCUGGAAGGAACGCUGGUACGAUGCCCUGGAAGGGGUCCAGCUUCGGCAGGAGGAGAGACUUCCCAGUAAAGCGCACCGCCGGCAGGAACAAUUGGCCCAACAGAUGGCGUUUCUGGGGGAACAACCCGGGACGGAGCAGGUAAGGCACCUUGAGUCCCUAUUCGAUAGGGAACUGAUAUUGGAUGACUCAUACCGGGUGCUAUGGUGGUACGCAGUCCAGCGGGACAUUUGGAUAGCUAAGGGCAUUCAGCCAGAGGGGGAGAACUACAGUAGCCCUGGUCUGUUGUGGAAGGCCUUCAUGGAGGACGUCGAUAUCAGCAGUCCUGCAGAGUCACGGUUUUGGGCUAUCUAUGGUUACCGGGAAGCAAUGCUACAGUGCCCUAGAGCUAUUGGGCUGGGGCCAGAUCUCACCCGCCUGGUUACCAUGGAGUGGGAGUUGGAACAAGACUACCUAGAACUGAUAGACUUGGUUCAACAACAGGACAUUGACAUGGAGCUGAUGGACUGCACAACAUCGGGAGAGUUGAGUUUCAUCCUUCCCCCCCCAGCAGCAGUGCCCAUCACCAGGAGACAGGACGCCAGGCGGGGAGGGUACAGAUGGGACCAUGGUCUCUGUACCUGGAGAGAAGGGAGGCUGGGCGGCUGACCCAGACCUGCUACACCACAGGUGGGAAGGAUGGGCUACUGUACCCACUGCUGAACACCCACCUCCAGAAGCAGGAGACCUGAUUGACUUGUCUUGGGAAGACAUUCAGCUGGCCGAUGGAGGUGAGACCGAGGUCCCUACACCUGCCCUACAAGAAUGCGGAGCCGUUUUCCCAGAUCUCCAGCAGCAGGGUAAGCUCCAGGGCGAGGAAACAACCGAUUCCUCUCCCUAACCACAGUUGGAGAUACAGGAGUGUGGACAGUCAGUUCUACCCCCCAGCAACAGCACACCUUGCAGGGAAAGGAGACAACUGAUCUCUUUCCCCAGUGGCAGCCAGAGAUACCACGAGAGGUACUUUCCCAAACCACAGAGGGGGCUCAUCGGAGGGGGGACAGCCGGUUUCCCUCCCCAGCGGCAGUGCCUGUUAUCCGGGGACAGGACACCUAAUACAAAUGGUGCAGAUGUGACCGAGGUCUCUGCACCAGACCUACAGGAAUUCUGGGCAGCCGUCCCAGAUCCCCAACAGCCGGAUGCAGUCCAAGAGGAGGUAGGCAGUCCUUCUCCACAACAGCCUGGUGAAAGUCCCUCCCCAGCCACAGCGGGAAUGCCAGGGGGAGAGGGGAUUGUGUGCGUGUGUGUGUAUAUAAUAGGAGUGAUUGUUUGUUGGGGGGAUGCAGAUUAAUCUAUAUAAGAAUUUAUUAAUUUUAAAUAAAAAAAUAAUAAUAACACAAGCGUUAUAUCCCCCCUCCCUUCUUACCUUUAGCCUGGGAGGGGGGACCGUGCUGCCAUCCCUGGUGGUGCUAGUGGUGAGUGAACUCUCACGGGGCUAGAGUUUACUCUCGCGAGAUCAGAACGUUGCUAUGGUAACCACGGCAAUACUCCAAAUGUCGCAAGAGGAGCUGCAAGAUAGAGCUCCUACGUGUCCUGUCCUGUCUCCCUCCCUCCCCAGCUGGUGACCGCCUCUCAGUGCCUGUGUGCCGGUGAGGGACACUCCCUCCCCACCGGCCCAUGCAGGUACACAGCAGGGCCGGCGCUUGGAUAGUGCCAGCUCUGCAUGGGCCAGCAGGGGAGACAUAGGCGUGCGCACGGGGUGUGCCGGGUGUGCCUGGGCACACCCUAAUCCCCGUGGCCCGCGCUAUGUGCCUCCAUGGACCGGUGAGGGAGAACAAAUAUCUCCCUCACCAGCCCACAGGCAGGGAGAGAGGCAGGAGAGGACUCAGGGAGCUCUAGCUAGCAGCUCCACCGGGCUCCUCUCGGUUGCCCCGCAGGCUAGAGUUCACUCACCACUGGACCACCAGGCAUGGCAGCAGCAUGGUCCCCCCUCUCUACAAAAGGUAAGAAGGGAACUAAACGGUCACCCCAUCCCCACACAAUACACAAAAACAGCACCCACACAGCACCCUUACACAGCACCCUUACACAGCACACACUUACAUCACCCAUACACACACACACUAACAGCACCCUUACACACUCACAGUGCCCUCACACACACACACACACACACCACCCUCACAAACACAAACACAGCACCCUCACACACAGAGCCCUUAUACACAGCACCCUUACACAUACACACACACACUAACAGCACCCUCACACACACACACACACACACACACACACACAGCAGCCUUACACAUACCACCUGUAGCGAAGAGGUAGUAUCAUCCACAAUAUCUCCGCUGGAACAGGAACAGCAUGUAGUAAUCCAUGUAAAACAAGUACAGCAUACAAUAAUCCCGGUAGCGUUAUACAGAUCCUUCCUUCCCAAGAACUAGACGACACAUGGGAGUCAACUGAGGUUUUAUUCACAAGCUCCAGUAUUUAUGUGGUUACCCAUGCAAGGGGUUUCCCUACUGACUUUACUGGAGUUGUAUAGUAGGGGACUACAUGGGGAACUUAACAACCAGAACAUUUCUCCCACCAUGCACUGCUGUACGAGAGGGAUACUCCCAAUAGAAUGUCCAGUUAAGUGGAUUAUCCCUCAGUACAGCAGAACUGGCUUUUUACAUAAAAAUCUAUAACUUUAACAUUAUUCGUGCUAUUGUACUGAAUGACUGUUUGGCAGAUAGCUGGGGUCUGAGCGCAUACUUCGUGAAAGUACCGCUCAGAUCCCAGCACAAUUAGCCGAACGCCGCAUGAAAUACACUUGAACACAAAUUCUUCACCAAAGUCACGAAUACACAUGCAGAGAUAAAAUACCGAAAGACCGGUACUCCCGAACGGCCUGGAAGUCCAGCGGUAUUCGUGCCGUUGAGUAGCCAAUUUUAGUUCCAGGCACUCGACGACCGAACACCGCUGGGCUAACAAAGGAUCCAAGAUGGCUGGUGUGUGUAUGUAUAUAUAUAUAUAUAUAUAUAUAAAUAUAUAUAUAUAUACGCGGUGUGUGUGUUUGUGUGUGUUUGAUCUCCCCUGUCGGCCUUGGCCUAUGGCCAUCACGGCCCACCAAUGCCCGGUGUGCCCGAUGGCCAGUCCGGGCCUGAUUCCAGUACUCAUCCUGCUAUACAACCUCAUUUGCUUGUUGUAUGGAUUUGACUCAAAUGCCAUAUAAAUCCAAACAGAUCCUUCUCAGAUCUUUAUUAAGGUAUAUGUGUUGCUUUUGACAGCUACCUCUCCACAUAACCUGCCACCUUCGGGAAACAGUUUGCAUGGAACAAGAAACAUCCCUGAUUUAGGGCAGAUGAUAAAAUAAAUUUAGAAAUGUUUUGAUUAGCGAUAGAGCAAUAUAGAUAUAUUAUUUUGUCAUCUGGUCUUAAUACUUAAACGGGGGAUUAGAUAUUAAAUACACAAAUACAGGGUUAUGACUUCCUCUUAGGUAAUGUCGAUUAAAGAAAAUUAUGAUAGAUUGAAAUAAGACUUAUAUUGCCCUCUUAGAUCAGGAUGCUAAGGUUAAAAUACUGGAAUUCGGUGAAACCACCUCAAAGCCCCACAACUCACAAAUUACACCUCUUAGCAAUUGCACACAAGUGAUUACUUACAGACAACUUUUGUAGAGGUGGCCCUGCACUUCCAGGCACCAAAUGUGUGCCUCCUUGCUAUUCUCUCUCCUGGUGUCCUUGUUACUCUCAGUUGAGAGCUGUAGCAGCUCAGUGAUACAGAUGCGGUAACAUGAUAUGAAUUUCAUAUUCCAGGGAUCUCUAUGUAAACUGCACUAUUAUGGUACUUCUGCCCCGGCUGAGAUUCAGCAAGUUAACUGGCUGCUGUCCACUUUCCACCCCUGAGCAUACCCUAACCUUGUAGAUGCAAAAAAAAUUAAAUGUAUACGGUCUGGGUCUAUGCUUUCCCUCACCAGAAGAAGAUUGGGGGCUAGAGAGGCAUUUAUUCAGGGCUGGAGACCCCCCAAUUCCCCACCCCAGCAAUGCGCCUGCUCAAAACAUACAGUUUUCUGUGCAUUGUAAGAAGUUGAUAUAUGUUUUAUUAUAUUAGUUAAAGUACUAUAGACUACCUUACCCCUCCCGCAUUGUGUUCUGCUGUAAAAAUCUAUAACAAUACUAUACACAAUGAACAAAAAAGGAAGAGAUAAUAUUAAAAGACAAACGCAAUGACCCCUACACUGGGAAUAUGAUGCUUCCCCUCAUUUUUAUGUCAAAUCCCAUCCUCACUGCCCAUGAACAGCAUGCUCUCCAGUUCUCCAGGAUCUCAAAUAAAGCACAGCCAGAAAGAAGCAUCUGCUGUACAGUCAGAUACACAAUGCAAUCAUUCCCUCUACCUAAUAAAUGGGUGUGCAGCAAAGUUCUGUUUCCUAACCCUCCCUGCCAAAGGCCGCCUGGGGCUGGGGGACAUCAUCUCCUCCCCCUAAGUAGCCUGGAGAUGCACUGUACUACUGUUAAAAUUACUUUGCAACAAGCAGAAAUUAAAACUUUUACACAAUUAUUUUUUCUUUUCUUUACUUGGAGGUUUUUGCCUAUAUCCUCAGGAGGGAGAUUAAGAAUCCAGAGUGCAGACAUCUUUCACGAAAGUUUACUGAAUGGGCGUAUGGACCAGUGCAUUCUUCUUUGUAUGAUCUCUCUGGUGUGGACACCAUUGAUAAAAACUCAGUGCUUGAAAUCCUUGCUUACAGCAGUGAGACACCAGUGAGUAAUAGUUUAUUAGAACCGUAUUUUGUUUUUGUGUAUAUUUUUGUCCUGUGGAAAAUCUACAAACCACUAUAUUGUGAAAUUACAGAAUAUUUAGUCCCUAUUUGACCAGCCCUCAAAUGUGGCCUCAAGAUCAGGCAUGCAUCACCUCUUGUACCUGUGCCCUUCAAGGUUAGGGGUAGGGUUAAGGUUAGAGUUAGGGUUAGGGUUAAGGUUAGAGUUAGGGGUAGGGUUAAGGUUUGAGUUAAGAGUAGUGAUAGAGGUAGGGUUGAGGGUAGGGUUAGGGAAUUGCCGAAGUGCUGAAUUCGCAAAUUGCCGACGUCUCGAAUUUCAGAAGUGCCGAACCGAAGUCCCGAAUUGACGAAGUCCCGAAUUUCAGAAGUGCCGACCGAAUUGAUGAAGUCCCGAAUGUGUAGUAUGAAGAUACCUCUAACUUUCUUCCGCAUGUAUGUAACUAGUAUGAGGGUACUAUACAUUUCGAGGUUUAGAAAUCCCUUACACCUCUAGCUGUAAAUGAAAGGAUGAUAUAAUGCCAGUCCUACUCUCCUCUAUACAAUAUACCUGCCCUAUAAUUUUGAUCUCCUCUCCAUUCAUAUUGGAUGAGCUUAGUCAUUGGAUCGUAAAUGUUACCCAUCCAGCUACAUAUAGGAUCAUGGGUCCCCAAGCAACCUAAUCGAUAAAUAAACUGUUUAUCUUGGCCUCAGAUGCCCAGAAAUUAAAGUAAAGUUAUAUCUGUGCUACCUCCUUAUUUUGUUUUCAUAAUUUUCACUGAAGUUCUAAAUUUUUAAGCCCCUAUGCUUGAAAAUAAGUCCAUACAUAGAAAAAAAAAUAUGUAUUGUGCAAUGGAGCUCUUAAUAACCAAACUGUACAAAGGUAUUUUUUAAACCGAAUAAAUGAAAAGUUCUUUCCAAUAUUACGUUCUUUACGGAUAUCAGGAGUCUUUAUAUUCCCCAAUUUAUUCUGAGUGUUAUUCUCUACCCCAGGUUCUUUAUAAUAAAUCCAGUUGUUGUUUUUUUGCAUUGACACAUUUAACAGCAAUAAAUAAUAUAAUUUUUAUUGUAAUAAUUUAAAGUACAACACAUAAAAGUACAAGUUAUUCAUAGUGACUGAAUAUUAUUUUCUUCCACAGAACCGUCAUGAUAUGCUUUUGGUGGAGCCCCUCAACAGACUGUUACAAGACAAAUGGGACCGUUUUGCUAAACGAGUCUUCUACUUCAACUUUGUGGCAUACGUAGCACAUGUUGUCAUCUUUACAGUAGCUGCCUACUACCGACCAGUGGAUGGAAAUGUAGGUCCAUUUAACUAUUUAUGGGAAAUUGUCUAUUGAUUUUACUAAAAAAAAAAAAAAAUUGUCAAUCGGCCACUGUUUGCUCUGCAGAUUUUACAUCAAACUAGGAAAAAAUUCCUUCUUGACACCAGAAUGGCAGUCAGGUUUUAAAAAUAAUAUUUAAAAAUAAUAAUUUAUUUAUUAUUAAUAUUUAAUAAAUAAUAUUUAAAAAAUUUAAAAAUAAUGUAAUUGAAUUUUAUUUUUUUGCACAUAUGCACCUAGUUGCUAUUUAAACAUCUGUACAGACUCUGAUAAAACCACUUCUUCAGGCUAGAUAAUUCCACAUCCUUAUUGUUCUUACUGUAAAAAAACCUUUCCUAUGCCUUAGACUAAAUCUCUUUCUUCCAGUCUUAAUAUGUGACCUUGUGUCCUAUGUAUAGUUCUAUUUGUGAAUAGAUAUUGAGACAAUGGUUUGUAUUGUCCCUGGAUAUAUUUGUAUAAUGCUAUCAUCUCCCCUCUAAAGUGCCGUUUUUCUAAAUGAAAGAGGUUUCAAUUUGUUAACCUUUCUUCAGAACUAAAACAUUCCAUUCCUCUUGUUAAUUGUGUAGCCCGCCUCUGCACUUUUUCUAGUGCCAUAAUAUCCUUCUUUAGAACAGGUGCCAAAAUUGCACAGCAUAUUCAAGGUGUGGUCAUACCAGUGGCGGAUCCGGGGGGGGGGCAACGGGGCAAUUGCCCCCCCCGAGAAAUCCGCCGGUCUCCCUCUCCCUCCCCUGCCAGCACAUGCAGGUGCUAGCCCUGCAAUGUGCCUGCGGACCGGAAGGGAGAUCAGAGAUCUCCCUCCCCGGUCCGCAGGCACAUUGCUGGUGGCCGGCGGCGGAGGGAGGGAGGGAGUGAGAGAGAGGACCCGGAGCUCAGGCUGCAGCUCCUCCGGGUCCUCCUCUCGUGAGAUUUGGAGCGUUGCCGCGGUUACCACGGCAACGCUCCAAAUCUCGCGAGAGUGAACUCUAGCCCGGGAGCGUGGGCUAGAGUUCACUCUCCACACUGGGACCACCAAUGAAUCCCCCACCGGACCACCAGGGAUCGAAAUAUGUCCCCCCUCCUCCCUAGUAAAGGUAAGAAGGGAGGGGGGACAUAGGAUAUUUAUUGAUUUUAAUUAAAUUAAAAAAAAUAUAUAUAAUAAAAAAAAAAAAGCCACACAUACAUUGCCCCCAAUACUGCCCCCCCAUUCACACAAACUGCCCCCCCAUUCACACAAACUGCCCCCAAUACACACAAACUGCCCCCCCAUUCACACAAACUGCCUACACACAAACUGCCCCCAAUACACAAGCUGCCCUAUACACACAAACUGCCGCCAUACACACAAACUGCCCCCCAUUCACACAAACUGCCCUAUACACACAAACUGCCCCCAUUCACACAAACUGCCCCCCUGUACACACAAAAACUGCCCCCCCCAUACACACAAACUGCCCCAAUACACACAAGAGCUGCCCCCCAUUCACACAAACUGCCCCUAUACACACAAACUGCCCUUCCCAUUCACACAAACUGCCCGCCAUACACACAAAACUGCCCCCCCAUUCACAAACUGCCCCUAUACAAACUGCCCCAUCCCGCAAACUGCCCCCCUAUACACACAAACUGCCCCCAUACACACAAACUACUUGCACAAACUGCCCCCCCAUACACACCUACUGCCCCCCAUACACACACACUGCCCCCCUUACACACUCACUGCCCCCCAUACACACAGACUGCCCCCCCAUACACACACACUGCAACUGUUACACACACAUACUGUCCCACACAUACACUGCAUCCCUGACAUACACUGCCGCCCUCACUCACACACUACAACCUUCACACACACUCUGCACCCCUUACACAUUGCACCACUCACACACACCACUGCUCAUAUGCCCUACUACAGCCCCAUUUCCCAGCAGAUCUCAGGUAAGUUGUCAAACUGUUCUUAAACGGUUUGACUACUUACUGUGGGAGUGGGUCCCGGCACUAUUGACACCAUAACCACUACACUGAGCUGUAGUGGUUAUUGUGUCUGGAUUAUUUCUUUAAAUAAUCUACAAGUGCCCCUCCCGAGAUCAGGCUCUGGAUCCGCCACUGGGUCAUACCAGUGAUUUAUAAAGAGGCAAAAUGAUGUUCUCAUCUGAGAAUUAAUGCCCCUUUUUAUACAUCACAAUACCUUACUGGCCUUAACUACUGCUGAUUGAGAUUGAAAAUUGUUGCCUAGUUUGUUGUCUUUAACAAUUCAGAAAUCCUUCUUGUGUGUUGUUAUUCCAAAUUCACUACUAUUUAGGGUGUAAGUUGCUUGUGCAUUCUUUAUCCUGAAGUGCACAACUUUGCAUUUUUCUACAUUAAAUUUCCCCCAACCUAUUUAAAUCCCUCUGCAGCAAAGUAAUAUCUUGCUCACUUUGUAUUACUUUACAGAGUUUUGUGUCACCUACAAACACUGAAACAUGACUUUCAAUGCUUAUUUCAAGAUCAUUUAUAAAUAUGUUAAAUAGUUUGACAUCACCUAUGUUUCAUAAACCCAUGCAGAUGUUUGCUAAUAAUGUUUUUUCUUAAUGAAUUCCCCCAAAAUUAUACCUCAAUAACCUUUCAAAUACUUUUCCAGCCACAGAAGUUAAGCUCAUUGGUUUAUAAUUUCCAGGCAAGGAUUUUGAACCCUUUUUGAUCACAGGAACCACAUCUGCUUUCCUCCAAUCCUCCAGUAUAAUUCCUGAAAGAAAAGUAUCUUGAAAGAUUAAAAACAGAGGUUCACUUAUUUGCACACUUAGUUCCUUGAGUAUUCAUGGAUGAAUACCAUCAGGUCCUGAAGUUUUGUUUACAUUAACUUUCUUUAGUUGCUGCAGCACCUUGUCUUGAGUUAUCCAGUUACACAUUUUCUGUGAGUUUUUUGCAGCAAUCAUUUUUUAUAUCUCCAGCCAUAGGUUCUUCCUUAAUAUAUACUGAGGAGAAAUAGUUGUUUAAAAUCUCUGCUUUUUCCUGGUCUUCAUUAACGAACACCCCAUCACAGUUUUCAGUGUACAUACACUUUAAUUUUUGUAUUUUUUUUUUAAGAAUAUAUGUACUUAAAAAAAUACUUUGGGGUUGGUUUUGCUCUCCUUGGCUAUCAUUUUCUCAUUUUGUAGUUUAGCAAUUCUAAUCGAUUUUUUUGCAUGCAUUAUUGGCUUCCUUAUAUCUGUUAUAUGAUGCCUUUGAUUUUUACUGAGUCAAACCCCAAGCCACAAGAUUAAAACUUUGCUUUUCCUGGUAGGAAUGAACCAUUAUCCACAGAAUUUAUCCACUAAUGCUCGGGUAGCCAAAGAUAGAUCCCCAAAUGUUGUAGAACCAUUCUGUGGCUGCAUCAACCAUUGGCUUAAUUAGCAAUGCAUAUUCUCUAAACGUACCAAAUGUAUUGCAUGUUAAAGUUUUGUAUGUGCCUAACAACAGUCCUUGAGUCACUUUUAUACUGAGACAUGGAGAUGGUUAUUCACUAAAGUGGGAAUUCAAGGUGAAUUUCCAUUUUAAGAUGAAUGUAGCUGAACUGGAAAAGUUCUUCAAGCCAACUAUUCUUUCAGUUCAAUCAAUCUGGCCUACAGUUUGAAACUCACAUUGAAUUCACUUUCAUUUCUCACUUUAGUAAAUAACCCUGAUGCUCUAAAAAGAGGUAAGUCUGUUCAGGCAUGUUUGGUAACAUUCUAUUACCUAAUCUAGAAAACACUAAAGAAAAAAAAACAUUUAUCCAUAAACAAUUCAUAAGCCUCACAAAUCCAAUCCUUAAGACAUAUAAAAAAAACUGUACGGCGAAGAAGGAAGGAUCUUCUACAAUUAUCCUAAAAGUCCUUCAAAUCCCUCCAAAUACAUUUUACUCAAUGUGUGAUAUUUGAUCUUUUUUGCUGAUUGAGACUCAUUGAAGAUCAGAACUAAAUAUACUGCAGUUGCACAAAAAAUGAUUCAAAGUGUUUUUUCGACAAAGCCUCUUCUUCACAUGCAUCUGUACAUCUAGUUUAUGGGCAUUGCUAUUGAAUGGACUUCUAACUGUUCAUGAAAGAUCACACCUCACAGUAAUGCACUAGUUUCACAUGAAAGCUGAUUUUGGUUUUACCAAAAUUGUAUACAUUGAGUAAAAAAAAAGUACUACAAGAUCAAAUGUGUAUAGAAUUACUGCAAAUAAUACACUUAUUCCAAAUUAUAAUCAGUGUUUUUGUUAUGCUUUUUAGCCUCCCUUUCCGCUGACGAGUGACAGUUACCUUCGAGCCACUGGGGAGCUUUUUACUGUUUUUGGAGGAAUAUAUUUCUUUUUUAGAGGGGUAAGUACAUUUUAAAGUAUCAUUUAGUAUCAAUGUAUUAUAUACACCUCACAUUUUCGUCCUAUCAAAACUCACUAUUUUUUAUAGAUAACAAAGAUUUUGUGGUCCUGCUGACUGCUCUCCGACCAUAUGAACAAUGUUUACAAGUUUUUAAAGGAAUUGUAUAGGGACCAUGGUAACUUCAUCAAAGAGAAGAUGUUAUGGUGCCCGAGGUCCCUGCUGCUUUCUUACCUGAAGGAAAGGUUGCUCUCUAGUGCCAGAUCUCCCUGUCCAAACUGGCAUCCGGUUUCUUCAAUGCAGUUUCAGGAAGUGGGGAGUGACACCAAGCUGAACUGGCCUAAGAGUGAUCCCAUCAAGAAAUUUGUUAAAAUAUAUUAAUUUCCAGAUUAACACAAGUUGGCAUGAUUUCUCAGACAUUUUUGUACUUGAGGCCUCUCUAAUGCAAAAUGUUUUGAAAAGAAGAGAAAGUCAGAUGAUUUCUGUAUUAAUACCAAUUGUACAAGGGGUUGAAACAUAUUUAUAUCAGAUAGCAAUGAUAAAAAAGAAAACAUCUCCUUAAUAUGAAUUGCUACAUUUUAUCUGAGUAACAGAUGAAAAUAAAACUGCUGAAAUAAUUAAAAAAAUUAAAAAAUAAGAAAAGUCAGAUGUUAAUGUGCCUUAAUACACAUUCAUCUUUAGUUGUAUGUCUUGAACUCAUUGCUCUUUAUCUUAAGACAUUUUCAAGCACAUGAAAUUCUGGUUCUGUUGGUUCUGUUCUGACAGCCAGUUUCUGUUUGAAGUUUCUUUUAUAUUGUAUUUGAAAUGUAGUUUUCACAAAAUACUGCACCAGGGUUUCUGUUUACUGCUCUGGAUUUUUAUGGUCCAUAGUUGCUUGAUUUUCAUAAUAAUACCGUUUCCCCCCUGAAAAUAAGACCGGGUCUUAUAUUAAUUUUUGCUCCAAAAAACGCACUAGGGCUUAUUUUCAGGGAAUGUCUUGUUUUUAUGUAUUACAUGUGGUCCUCACUUACCGACCGGAUUCCGUUCUUAUGACACGGUCGUAAAGCGAAUUCGCUGGUAAGUGAGGAUGCACUAGAAAGCAGGUCUACAUUCGGGCAAUUCCCCCAAAUAUAGACCAGUUUACUAGCGCAUCGGGGGAAAAUUUCCCGAACAUAGCUUAGCUUACCUUACAAGCGCAUGGAAUCCUGCCAAUCUAUGUUUGGGGAAACCUCCCCGAACAUAGAUUAGGCACUAGCAUUUCGAAUCCUGUGAAUCUAUGUUCGGGGAAAAUUCCCAGAACGUUGAUUAGCGAACUUGCUACGAUCUUAGCAAGGGCUUAUUUUCUGGAUAGUGCUUAUAUUACAAGCAUCCCCUGAAUAUCAGCUAAGGCUUAUUUUCAGGGGGAAAUGGUAGGUUUAUUUGUAUGAUACUGGCUUAAUUCUUAUUUUUAAUGAAUACUUACUGUUUUUUAAUUAAUUUAUGAAUUUGGUAAAAAAUUAUGUCACCUUUCAAUGUCAUUCCACAGUGUUAAUUUUGAGUUACAGGAAAAUAAUAUGCCUUAAAAAUGUUUCUAUGGUUGUUCUAGAUUCAGUAUUUUAUGCAGAGACAUCCAUCUCUGAAGACAAUACUUGUCGACAGCUACAGUGAAGUUCUGUUGUAAGUAUUAAAUUUUAAUAUUAGCCAAUCCAAUAUUACAAAAUACAGAUUAAUCCAUGGAUUAAUUAAAUGCACUUUAGUUUAAGUUAUCUUCAUUUAGUACUAUUUAAGUAGUCAUUUGUCUCCCAUGUUAAAAUUAUUGUAGAACUCAAUAUUGGGGUACUGUGACGUAGUGGCGGGCUUAACACAAUCUGGCCAUAUGGUGGAACUGAAUCUCCAUAUUUGUUUGCUGACAUAGGCGAUUUAAAGUAGCCUUGUAAAGAUUAAACCUGUAUUCUUGUUUGUGCUCUUUACGGCAGCACCGCUGCUCAGAAAUACAUCUUCUGGGUAUGUCCCCUAUUCCUUUUUUUCUUCAUACACAUAUUACUUCCAAUUAAGACUCUGUUUGGUGGCUCUUGUGCCAGAAAUCUUUCUACAUAUAAAUACCUCGCGAGUGUCCCUAGUUAAGAGGGACAGGCCUUGUUUUGAGCCCAAAUCCCUGUCUCUCUUUCCUGUCCUAAUGUCACUCUUUUCUAGGAGCUCAGCAUUGUUGGUGAGUCUGAGUACGACAGAGCUCCACAGCCAUAAUACUCCAAGUAAUACGAUAAAAGGCAAUUAAAAUACAAUAAAUGUGUUUACAAAUCAGUCUGUGUAAAUGUGAUAAUUUGUUCUUGUUUUAAAUUACAUUUUAGUUGCCUACAUUUUUCAAAAUAGCCCCCCCUCUGACCACACACCCCAUCACACCCCUAAAAUUAAAGUGUCCCUAUUUAUGUAUUUGAAAUGUUGGGAGGUAUGCCUCUAUAUGUGCCCACACAUUACCUGUGCUGCUAGUGAUUACUUGAGCAAGAAUUAUUUAAAGAGACAUAAUUAAUCAUUCAUGAAGGUGUAUUCUGUGGUACUUAAAUACUUGUUUUUUAAAAAAAUCUAUCUAUAUAUGAAUCAAUAAUAUGUGUCCUGUCAAGUAAUAUGGAGACAAUACUUAUUUUCAGAAUUUCUUAAUUUUUGCCUUGAUAAUUACAAAUUCUUCUAUCCUAAGAGAUGCCCUCUCUAUUUUCAGCUUCACCCAGUCCCUGUUUCUUCUCUUAUCUACUAUUCUGUAUUUCGCUGGAAGGAACGAAUAUGUGGCCUUUAUGGUGAUAUGUUUAGCAAUGAGCUGGGUUAAUGUGCUGUAUUACACGCGAGGAUUUCAACAAAUGGGUAUCUACGCUGUGAUGAUUGAGAAGGUCAGAACCGCUUUGACAUGUUGACAAUGCUUGAGUGUGUACUGCUAAUAUUUACUGAGAACGAUCUUUUAAAGGUUAAAUGGAUACAUGAUUAUAGGUCAUAUAACUUCUGAAUUGUGCUCUUAUCUUUGUGACUCAACUUUAACAUUGUUUGAUUAUCUUCUAAUUAAUUUGUGUUCUUAUAUAAAAAAAAAAACAAUAAUGGAGUUUUGGUACAGAAGCAAAAAGAACACCUGUUACAGUUAUUCUCUAAAGUGAGAAUUGUUUUGAUUUCAACGUGAAUUUAAAGUUAAUUUAAAUUUUUAUUCUAAACUUGCUGAUCUGGAAGCAUAGCUGACUUAAAGGGACACUCCAGACCCCUAAAGCACUUUGCUGAAAAGCUUUAUGUGUGUUUAGCUUUUUGGAAAAAGUGCAGAUUUUAGUAGAAAGUGACACUUUUAUAAAUUAUACCGGUUACAUCCCCUGGCUUUACAAGCAGGCAACAGGUCCCAAUACUUCCUGGUUUUGUUAGCUUAUUUGCACUGAACUCAAGAGGCAGCUAUUGCUCAGAAUACCUUACUAAGGGAUUCUAUAAGUGCCAUACAUAGCUAUAUUCCUGGCACUAAAUUAUAAUAAGGGGUGGGGUCCCUAAAUGAAAAUGUUACCCCCCAGGUGACUAGGGGUCCCCAGUCUCUGUUGUUAUGAGUCAAAUUACACAGCAUGGGAAAAUUCCAAAGAACUUUCCAACGCUGUGUAAAAUGACACAGCACUCUGAUUGGAUGGAUUUCAAGCCCACCAAUCAGAGUGCUGUGAUAGGUAGUGCUCUGAACCUUAUUGCAGGGCUUGGGAAGGCUUUAUAAGCCUUUCCCCACCCUGCGGAGCUCAGUCUGCGCUGUGCCCUCCAUUGGUGAAGAUGGAUUACCUUUUUGGUGUUGCGUUGUUGUUUUUUUUUGUUGGAUUUUCUUUGGCGCUCAGUUUUUUUAUUUGAUUUUCAAAGUGCAACGGUUAUUAUGGAUUUUUAUUUGGACUUUUUUGGGGCUCAUUGUCAUUUAGGGCCCCCACCCGCCACUCAGGGGUGGGGGCCGGUGGGGGCAAUAGGUCCCCCGUUCAGUUUCAUAGCCCCCACUCGCACGGCACAGGUGGGGCCUCAGGAGGGGGACAGUAGGGUUUGUUUAAUAUACAUGCCCCUACUCGCUGCAUAGCGAGUAGGGGCAGAAUUUACUAAUAUUAAGUAAUCUUUACUUAGUAUUAGUAAAUUUGGCUGAAAGACCAAUUUAGGUCUUUCAGCCUUUUGGUAGAUAUCUCCCUGAUACCGUGGGCAGCUGUGGCACAAAUAGGAUUGGAGUUUAAUUCAUUCAAAUGAAAUUCUGAUACGAGCAAAGUCCUGAAUUGUGUCCUAACACGAAUGGAGAAACUGUUCUCAUUCUGUUAGGACGCAAUUCGGUAGUUUCGCCAGCGUCCUGUCUAAAUAACAGGACGUUCAGGAAUACUGAAAGGAAUCAUCCCGAGAUCACAGAGGAAAGGUGAGAAUUGUGGGAAAAUUGCUUUGAUCCCCGGAAAUGAAGCACAGUUUGCCCCUCCGCUGGUCAUAGCCGGUCAGGCGUAGCAAACCUCCAUAAGACAAAUAGUCCCUACUUUGUCUUAUGAUUUUAAAGAAAACUAGAGCAGACAGGAAGAAAUAAAGAACAGAUCCUGACAGAGGGAGAGAAGAGGAAUCGAUCGGGGAAAGGUGAGUUUGGCAUGAUAGUGCCAAACAGUGCAAUAGGGACACUGUACCCAAACCACUUCAAUGAGCUGAAGUGGUCUGGGUGCCUAUAGUGUCCCUUUAAGGGGACUUUAACAACAAAUUAUAGAAUCCAAUACAAAUUUUCACAAGAACAAUAGGUUGACGAUGACCCUGCUCAAACAAGCUUACUGAUUCUUUGUGAACAUUAAUAAAGCCAGAUCAAUUUUUAUUUAAUUGUAUUAGUGCUGGGGUCUAUAAACCACAUCUUAAAUCUCAUGUGUCUCCAAUAAGUGUCUGAAUAUACCAAACAUGCUGAUGAUGCAAAAAGAAUUGGAAUAAGGCAACAUCAAUAAAAAAAAAGGAAAUAAUUGACCAAAGAACAUUUCUACUUAGUCCACAGGCGUGCGCACGGGGUGUGCUGGGUGUACCUGGGCACAACCUAAUCCAUGCGGCACGCCUAUGGAUUGAGACCGGCAGGGGAGAUCUCAGGAUCUCCCCUGUUGGCUCAUGCUGAGCCGGCUCUGCUCUAAGCCUCCAUGAGCCGGUGGGGAGAUCAAAGAUAGACCUCACCGUCCCACAGGAGCAUGGAGGGAGAGGACCUGGGGAGCCAUGGAUCUGGCAGAAAUCUUCCUCAAUGUUCCUUUAUCUGCAUGAACCCGUCUGUGCUCUGCAUCAGCCUCAAAUCUCUUAAUAGUGCGAUGAUCACGCUUUCAUGAAAUAUCUAAUGUUUUCAUACCUCGUCCAAGGCACACCUCAACCGACUAUUUCCUUUUAUUUAUUCCUCUUCACCAGCGUAUUCCAUAUCCUAUAAGAAUGCCCGAUCACAAAUAUACAUAUACAUACAUACAUACAUGCAUACAUACAUAUACACACGGUGUGUGUUUGUGCUUUAGGGUGCACACCCUAAUGCAAUAGGCUGCGCACGCCUAUGACUUAGUCCAUGAUAGCUAGCUAGAAUUAAACUUCAGAUAUGACAGCAAUAAAAUGACUCAGCAAGGUGGUCUACUGGCCAUGUUCAGAAUUGCAGUGAUUCAUUCUAUUUAUGAUUUUGAUUUGUAAAUGUGUCAUUGUUUUUGGUUAAUCUGAGAGUUGAUAAUCUGAAUCUGAAUAAAAUUUGUGUUACAUGUAAUUAGCUUCUUUUUUGCUCUCAUUACAGAUGAUCAUAAGAGACAUGCUGAGAUUUAUGUUUGUCUACAUCCUAUUUCUUGUGGGAUUUGCAGCAGGUAAUCUCAAAGCAGAAUAUCUUUUAUUAUACAAAAAAAAACUCCUAAACAACAAAAAUAAAUGUUUCAAAGUUGGAGUGGUUACAAGAAUAAUGGCAUGUAGGAAGUAGGGCUGGACUAGAACCUUAAAAUAGGAUUUACACCACACAGCAGCACUCUUUAACCUAAACCAACCGACCUUCAACUGUCUUGGAUCCUCUUCCAACAUAGCAAGCAUCCGAAUAUGUUUCAAGAAAAUCAGAAAAGGGCAGCAUAAAACACCUGUAUGAAACUUUAGCAGUGAGAAAUAAAAGGGAUACUCUAAGCACCAAAACUUCUUUAGCUUGAUUAAAUGGUUUGAAUUAUAGAUAAUGUCCCUGCAGUCUCACUGUUCAGAGCUCUGACAUUUAGGAGUUAAACAAUUUUGUUUAUGCAUCUUUAGCCACACCUAUCCUAAAUGUGAUUCUCUCAGCACUCCAGAUAUUUUAGACUACAUCUCCCAUAAUGCUCUUACAGUUCUAAUGCUGCCAAAGCAUCAGUGGAGAUGGAGCCCUCAAAAUCUGGAGUGCCCAAGGCUGGCUUAACCCUGUUCUAAAAGUAAAAAAACAGAGAAAGACAAGGGAUGGGGCCUAACCAUCAUGGCCGACGGCUGUGUUUCAUGAGAGCUCUUCACAUAAUCCGAAUAAUCCAAACUUUUCAAGCGAAGUGGCAUCCCACAGACCUACCCAAGCGACUACUAGCCUGACUCUGACUGUUGGGGAGCCCUUUUAUGCAAUUCUGGAGCCUAACAUAGCUACUAAGCCUAACAUAGCUAACAUAGCUACUAAGGUCUACUCACCUGGUGUGCACCACAGAGGGGAGAAACGGCCGAUCUUCCUGCCUGGAACUACAGGUGUGAAGCAUCUGCCCCAUUUCCCCGCUCUGGACCGGUGGGGGAUAUCCCAGUCCCCACUGGGGGAAAAAGCCAUCAAGCACUCCUCGCACUACCAUGACAGCCUGCCUAACUACAGCAGUUCCUCAUGGCAUGGGCAAAAUGGCCGACGCUCAGAUGGAGUCAUUUGUGAAACAAUGGGAGGCUAAGUUCCUAGAUGUUUUCGACGAGAACUGCACAGCUUUCUGGCACCGGGUUGAAUCCCGUAUAAGGCUGCUGCAACCACAUACACCUCAUGAAAUACAAGUGCUCACAACAAAUUACCACUCAGCCUGUCUCACCUCCAAACCAGAGGCCACUUUGGCGCAAAACCACCACUUACCAUCACCUCUUGCAGCACAAAUGAGCUAUGCUGUGGCCCAGACCACUCGCCCUUGUUCUGAGCCGGAUCCCCAUCUGCUGCACUGCCGUCCACACACCCAGGAAGACAACCAGAUUCAGGAGAAGCAAGGGGCUCGUGAUCCUGAACCUCGACGCAGGCAGCUCAGUUCUACAAUGAACUGCCACCCUCCUAGACCAUGGUCCAAAUUGGGACACUUCUCUGCACAAUUUCCAUACCUUCUGGGCUUCCUCAACCACUAUAAGCAUAACCAACAUCUUGGAGGGCUUCGAGACCAAACCCUGGACAAAGCUCAGGAAGGGACUUGUGGCUCCAGCACAUUGGACUAUAUGGCAGCCCAGGGCUGACCGGGGUACAGAGGUGCAGGACCUGGGGCUAUACUGCAGUUGGGGCAGCACACAUGAUUUGUCAGGCAUAGGCUAAUUCACCUGUCUACUCAGGAACAGCUUCCAUGCCUCGGUUUAGCCUCUCUGCUGUACUAUUUUAUGGCAGUUCUGCCUAUAGUUUUCUCUUCUGUGACACACAAUCCUGCGGCUGACACCCAGUGGUAAUCAUACUUGUUCUUAUCUCAUGAUUUUAUAUAGCUUAAUUCUCAUUAUCUUGUUAUUUACUCUGUCUAAGCUUGUCAUUAUUGGUGACAAUCAAUAUUAGUGCCUAGGAAAUGUAUUUGCUUUAACAUAACCUUUCAUUAUCACGCUAUGCAUUGUAUAGUUUUCAUCAUUGUUUUUCCUGUUUUUCUGACAAUCUUGCUCGCAACUUCAUUGUAUUUUUUUUACUUAAAAAUGGAACUGUAGGGGACGGAGCCUGACCUUGGAGCUGAACAGAGGCGAGUGGCACGAGCUCCAGCAGAGCGGGCGAAAUUUGGGGUAAUAUUGGCGGCUAUAAAGCCCACAGCCUUACCGGGGUGCACUACCCACACUGGGAGUGCAGCUCUGAAUCAUUUGAUGCUUCACAAAAGCCCGUCGGAGCCGGGGAACCGGGACACCACGUGCGGCCUACUGGAGAUGGAGCUGGGGGGAGGGGGAGGCGGCCGCUCUCCUUGGUGCCAGACCCAACAAUUGACACUGAGGGUCUCCUGCCCCCCCCCCUUUGGACCGGUGGGGGUUAUCCCGGUCCCCACUGGAGGCCCAGCUCCCACCCUACCGCAAUCGCACACCGUGCACAGAAGACACAAGGCGGCGCCCAGACCGCACAAGAUGGCAGAGGCCCCUUCACUGACCUUGCAAACCCCCAGCCUGACAAACGAGACACACUUCGACUCCUUCGACACCAGGCUGGAGGCAUGAUUCAAGGCCUUCUGGCACAAGCUGCAAGCACGUUCCAGCACCAACCGACCUGCACAAGGGACGGAGAAGGGCACGCAGGGGACGGCAGGAAAGCUACCCCAGGGCAAAGCACCUACCCAAACAACCCUCUGCGCAAUCCAUCGCCUGCCUAGGCCGAAAGCCACCAGAGGCAUGACCUCAAGACGUCAACCACAUAGGAGGAAGAUCGCAUGCCGCUGGCGGCAGACAUCACCUCGACCUUCCGUCUGCCCCUUGGGGGGCAUGGACUUGGCCACACAAAGGUAUCGAGCCCGUGGACUACAGAUGUUGGCUUUUACUAAAGCCGGGAGUCUGGGGAACUCACAAGCCGGCCGCCCACCUGCAUGCCUUGACCACCACGCGGACCGCCUAAGCCUCCCAAUUACAGGAGUGGGCUAAACGUGAACCUGCUCACCAUCACAGGGGCCAUGACUCAGUACUCAUAACUCCAUGACACCCACAGAAGCCGCUUAUUUGGAUCUAACUGAAUACCGGAGGGUAAUGAAGCUCUCUAACUAAACUGACCUUCUUGACGUGAUCCACCUGCAGCUGCCAUAACCACAUGACUUGCAGUAGUUCAAAAAACGCAGAAACUGAUACCAGUGGCUAAUUCACUAGUCCCAGCUUAAAUUUAAUGUACUUAGUAGGCAUGUGCAUGGGGAAAAUUUUCGGUUCGGCAUUCCGCAAUUCGGCACUUCAACACUUUGGAACUUCGGCACUUCAGCACUUAUAAAAGCCUUGCCCCGCCCUGCAAUUAGGCUCAGUGCACUCUGAUUGGUGGGUUUAUGUCAUCCAAUCAGAGUGCUCUGACUGGUAAAUGAAGAGACUGACAGGUAAGUCUCUACAUUUACAUGUCACAGCACUCUGAUUGGUUGGCUUGAAAUCCACCAAUCAGAGUGCUCUGUGUCAUUUUACACAGCGUGGGAAAGUUCUUUGGAAUUUUCCCACACUGUGUAAUUUGACUCAUAACUCUCUGAUUGGUGGAUUGAAAGUAACCACAUGCUGCUCACUGUUUAAUAGACAUGCCCCUAUUUGCGGUAUAGCAAAUAGGGGCAGAAUUUACUGAUACUAAGUAAUCUUUACUUAGUAUUAGUAAAUUUUUCUGAAAGACCAAUUUAGGUCUUUCAGCCUUUUAGUAGAUAGCUACUUAUUCAUUCCUGUCAUUACAUUGACUGGCUAAGUAACUUACAUUUUAUAUGAAUGUAUGUUACUUGAUUGUUGUAAGUGUUGCAGAUGCUUACAGCUGAAUCCUGGCUAUGUUUGUAUACUUUUUAUUUAAAAUUGUAUACACUGUAACAUUCUUCAUUCUUCCACUGGGUAAGUAUAUUAGUUCUUAGGCAAUACUGUACUUCGGAACUUUGGCAACUUCGGAACUUCAGCACUUCAGAAGUUCGGCACUUUAGCACUUCGACACUUCUGCACUUCGACACUUCAGAAAUUCGGGAAUUUCGGAACUUUGGCAAUUCAUCUAUUUGGACAUUCGGAAGUACCCGAAUGUCCGAAUUGCCCGAAAUUCAUCUGAAUUCACAUUCGGACCAAAACGAAUUGCACAUGUCUAGUACUUAGUCAUGUUAUUUAGCUAUUCAUGUAGACUACAUUUAUGUACAGUGUUAUGUCGGAGGGCACCAGUGGUAUAUAAUGCAGUUACAAUGCUUGCAAGUUUGAUAGCAUACUCACGGUUUAACUAGCUUGUCUACUCAUAAACAUGCCUUCUUAGCAUUCUCUAGUCUGAUGUAACUUGCCUAGAUAGCUUUAAAAAUGUUCUAAGUUUGAUGAUAUAAGUUCAGACGCAUGUGCCUAGCCGGAUUUUGACAAGUGUCUUUGUGCCUUUUCUAAACACUCAGCUAAUACAUAGUCUAACCGCACUAGCCUGAUUUAACAACUUGCAUAUUGUUUCUACACUAAUCGUACGGUUACAAGCGUAGUUUAAGUGAUAUUUUAGCAAUCUUACGUUACAGCUAUGUGCAUGCCAUUAUUUUACUUAAUUAAUAUAAAAAGAGGCUGACAAUUCUAGGAGAUGAUAUAUACAGUACUGUACUUUCCCUGUCUUGUAUGUCUUUUUAUCGUCUCUGUACCCAUGCAACUUUACGCCUCACUAAAAGAAAGAUUGACAAAAAAAAAUUUCACUGUAAGCUUGUUAACUACCCUAUGCAUUGUAAAAAAAAAAGCCAGAGUAAGACUUCAAUACAAAACACGAUAAAGAAAAUCCCAUAAACCAUUUUGUACACAAUGCACAAUUCAUAAAAAUGCCUAACGUCCAAUGCUGCAGAUGAUGCCCUUUAUUGAUAGAUGGAUGAACAGAUAAUCUGACAUGAAUGGGCGUAAUUCAACUCUAUUACCAUAUUACAUUUGGAUGAUGUGUUUAACACAUUUCUGUGCUACGUUACAGCUUUGGUGACACUUAUUGAAGAUGGAGAAAUCAAGGAAGAAAUUAUUGCAAAACGACCUUGCAAAAUUGGCCCGUCCUCAUACAACAACUUGUACUACACCUGCCAGGAGCUGUUUAAGUUUGCAAUCGGAAUGGGAGACUUGGAAUUCACUGACAAUUACAAAUAUAAGCCCAUAUUUAUCCUGCUUCUGAUCACAUAUGUUAUUCUCACCUACAUCCUCCUACUUAACAUGUUGAUAGCUCUGAUGGGAGAAACGGUCAGUAAGAUUGCUCAGGAGAGUAAAAGUAUCUGGAAAUUGCAGGUAAGUCUACGCUGGUGAAAAGUGUACUUUAUCCUCUAUAGCAUGGGUGGACAACGGUUAUAGUCAACGCUGUGUUAGAAAUAGAAACAUAGAAUGUGACGGCAGAUAAGAACCAUUCGGCCCAUCUAGUCUGCCCAAUUUUCUAAAUACUUUCAUUAGUCCCUGGCCUUAUCUUAUAGCUAGGAUAGCCUUAUACCCACCCUACGCAUGCUUAAACUCCCUCACUGUGUAAACCUCUACCACUACAGCUGGAAGGCUAUUCCAUGCAUCCACUACCCUCUCAGUAAAGUAAUACUUCCUGAUAUUAUAUUUAAACCUUUGUCCCUCCAGAAAUACAACUCAUAUGAUGCUUUGCCAGUUGUAGCUCAACAAAAAGAGGUUCGAACUUUUUGGGCACUCUGCUCUAUAGUCUAAGCCAGGCUUCCCCAAACUCCGGUCCUCCAGAUGUUGCUAAACUACAACUCCCAUGAUUCUCAGUCUAUCUUUGUCAUUCAUAGACUCAUAGGAGUUGUAGUUCAGCAACAUCUGGAGGGCCGGAGUUUGAAGAAGCCUGGUCUAAGCAAAUACUGAGCCAGUACUGAUGGAAGGAUCCAGCUCAUGGCUGUAUGGACCGCAUUGAUCAUGGCCAGCGGUGUACAUACCGCGGUCGCAGGGGUCGCAGGUGCGACCGGGCCCGCCACUCCAUGGGGCCCGGCUGCCCUGCGGAACCCUCUGAUUGGGUAUCCGCCGCCAUUAUCUUCUGCGGCCCCGGCCCACGUGGCAAACCGCCGGGGCCGCCGUCCAAGGAGUCCAUCGGGUGGCCCAUGCUGUCAGGGCCACCCGAUAGAUGUGGAUUGUCAGGGGGCCCGGUCAGCGCUGGGCGCUUUAACAGCGCGACCGGGCCCCCUGUGAUUACAUCACAAGCUGGGAGGAAGUGACUGCACGUCACUCCUCCCAGCUAACACAUACAGACCGCAGGGGAGGAAGCAGAGGGAGUCAGAGUAGGAACUCUGAUUCCCAUCCACCUGAGCCACCACUGGACCCUAGUCACCUUCCUGCACCUAAAAGGUAAGAAACAGGAGGGUGACUUUAACAUUUUGUGUGUGUGUGUUUGUAUGUAUGUGUGUCUGUCUGUCUGUAUGUAUAUGUGUCUGUGUGUGUGUGUCUGCCUGUUUGUAUGUAUGUGUGUCUGUGUGUGUGUGUCUGCCUGUUUGUAUGUAUGUCUUUGUAUGUAUGUAUGUAUGUGUGUCCCUGUCUGUGUAUGUGUGUCUGUCUGUGUCUGUGUCUGUGUGUGUGUGUGUGUGUCUGUCUGUAUGUGUGUGUGCUUGUCUGUUUGUAUGUAUGUAUAUAUGUGCGUCUUGUGUGUAUGUGUGUCUGUCUGUAUGUCUGUGUGUAUGUGUGCCUGUCUGUUUUUUAUGUAUGUGUCUUUGUAUGUAUGUGUGUCUUGUGUGUGUCUGUCUGUAUGUGUCUGCCUGUGUGUAUGUGUGCCUGUCUGUUUUUUAUGUAUGUGUCUUUGUAUGUAUGUGUGUUGUGUGUGUGUGUCUGUAUGUCUGCCUGUGUGUAUGUGUGCCUGUCUGUUUUUUUAUGUAUGUGUCUUUGUAUGUAUGUGUGUCGUGUGUGUGUGUGUGUGUCUGUCUGUAUGUGUGUGUGUGUCUGUCUGUAUGUGUGUGUGUGUCUGUAUGUAUGUGUGCCUGUCUGUCUGUAUGUGUGUGUGUGUGUCUGUCUGUAUGUGUGCCUGUCUGUUUGUAUGUGUGUCUGUGUGCCUGUAUGUGUCUGUGUGUAUAUAUGUGUGCCUGUCUGUUUGUUUGUAUGUAUGUGUCUAUAUGUGUUGCAUGUGUGUGUGUGGAGGGAGGGAGGGGGGCCCACGGGUCAUUUUUGCACCGGGGCCCCAUGGUUUGUGUGUAUGCCACUGGCAUAUAAAGUCCAUUCACAUAUUUUAUCUUGUUUACUGACUAGACACAUUAUGAAUGCAAAUCAUCACCUGCAGACUUUAUGUUUGCUCUGAUGCUGUGUGCAAUGGUUUAGUUAGGGAUAAAGAAUUAUACAUAGGCAACAAUGAGAAGUCAGUCAAGUAAAGGGUAUGAGGGGAACAUCACCCAGAAUGUAAAAUUUCCACUGUAAUAUAGAAUAUGUUAUUAAUUGUACAGUUCUUAGUUAUUAAGAGUAACAGUUCUUUUUUUGUCUGCUAGAGAGCUAUUACUAUAUUGGACAUAGAGAAAAGCUUCAUGAACUGCUUGAGGAACACAUUCAGAUCAGGGAAAUCUGUGCUGGUAGGCCUGACACCUGACGGGAAGGAAGAUUAUAGGUGGUGCUUCAGGUAACCUGAUAUGUAUAUGUGACUGUAUGGGGGAUAUAUAUAGUAAGCAAAAAUAGAGGUGAAAAUAAAUAAAUAAAAAUUAUUUAACAUUACAAACACUGUGCACAUCAUAUUGUAAUUAUACAUAUUUUAUCUUUGUAUCGUCAUAAUCCAUAAAUACAUAAUAUUAUCAUACAUAAUGUUUUAUGAAUUUCUAUGGAGUCAGUUAAAAGAAUUAAACAUCUUGCAUUGUUUCCCUCUUGGAAGAAAAAAAAAGUAUUUGCUCACUUAUAAUAUGGUACGGGUAGUAAAUACUGUGUUUAUCUUAUUAUUAUUAUUAUAGUAUUAACUAUACGUUGCUAUAAACAUAUAAUACAAUAUCACAGUGGAUACUGUGGGCCACAUUGGUAAUGUAUUUAUGUGAUAAGAAUGUUGAGAAUUUCAGUUUUCUUAAGUGAUAAGGUUCUGUGAUGUGAAUACAAUUCCAUAGCAGUAAGGCAGUUGUUGACAUGUUUGUUUACGUGACAUCAUUCCAACUGCAGCGUGAUACUUGAACCAACUUUAUUAGUUGUUCUAAGCAUUGAUGUUGUGACAGAUGAUAUCAUUACUAAUGUUUUAAGCCUGUGUUUUGUUUUGUUUUUUUCAGUCAAGGAUUCUUGAUAUCCAGAGUGAUUCUGGAACUUAAUGCACGUGUACUCAACUAGCUGCUACAAUUGCACUCAGCAAAGCCCCACACACAAUCACAUUCAGCCACCCCCCACAUAACCACACACAGCCACCACACACAUCCCACUCAGGUGUAUUGCUCAGGGGCCCUCAAGGGGACCUUUCUUGGAUUAUUUUCAUAGCCUACCAGAAGUUCUUAGUUACACUUUUGUUCGGUAUUAUAAUAGCCUGGGCUCCAUAGCUUUCAAAGCUAUCUUAUUAUUAAUAUUAUAGUAUUAACUAUACGUUGCUAUAAACAUAUACGUUGCUAUAAACAUAUUAUACAAUAUCACAGUGGAUACUGUGGGCCACAUUGGUAAUGUAUUUAUGUGAUAAGAAUGUUGAGAAUUUCAGUUUUCUUAAGUAAUAAGGUUCUGUGAUGUGAAUACAAUUCCAUAACAGUAAGGCAGUUGUUGACAUGUUUGUUUACGUGACAUCAUUCCAACUGCAGCGUGAUACUUGAACAAACUUUAUUAGUUGUUCUAAGCAUUAAUGUUGUGACAGAUGAUCUCAUUACUAAUGUUUUAAGCCUGUGUUUUGUUUUGUUUUUUUCAGCUAAGUACUCUUAUUAUCCAGAGUGACUCUGGAACUUAAUGCACGUGUAUUCAACUAGCUACUACAAUUGCACUCAGCAAAGCCCCCCACACAAUCACAUUCAGCCACCCCUCACAUAACCACACACUGCCACAACCAUAUUGUUCAGGUGCCCUCAAGGGGACCUUUCUUGGAUUCUUUUCAUAGCCUACCAGAAGUUCUUAGUUACAUUUCUGUUCGGUAUUAUAAUAGCCUGGGCUCCAUAGCUUUCAAAGCUCUAAAAUAGAUUCAAACAUUAUAACAGAUGGUUUUAAAGGAUGCAGGGAAUCGUUUUAUGUACAGUAUUUAAAAUAAUUAGUAACUUUCUCUGCAGGGUCGAUGAGGUGAACUGGACCAAGUGGAACACUAAUUUAGGAAUAAUCAACGAGGACCCUGGAAACUGUGAAGGAAUUAAACGUGUCUUGAGUUCUUCAUUCCGUCGGGGUAGAAGUAAGUAUCUAUGGCUCUGUAACAUGAUUUGCUGAAGGCUGCGUGUUUGAUAUUACUAAUCUCCUGAAUGUAAAUACCCUGUACUUGCUUUAGGAAUGCAGAACAGGAAACACACUUCCUAACAUUUGGUUCUUUGCAGUGGCGUACAUACCGGGGUCGCACGGGUCGCGGCUGCCACCGGCCCACCUGGGGGCCUGGCUGCCCUGCGACCCGGUAUGUACGCCAGUGUGGCCAGCCUUUUCUCCUGGGUGGCCCAGGAGCUGGCCACCUCAUGGACCCCCGAGGCUGGCCCUGGUGUCACUGGGCGGCCGGUGUUCUAUCAGCCUGCUAUACUCCGUCAGAUUGCUAUACAGCCACAGCAAGGUCCUGGAAGGUAAGUAAAACUAGUUUUACACUUUCAUUAUAGUUAGUGAAUUCACUAAGCUUAGGCACACGGGACAUUUAGGGUUAAGUGAGGGUACAAAUUAGGGUUAGGUAAGUGCUUCUAACCGCUCUCACACUCUAUUCUUACCCUAACCAUUGGGGUAAGGGUUAAAAUAAAGUGUGAGAAAUCACUAUUUAGUGAUAUUCCCCUAAUGUGAAAUAUCACUAAAUAUGAACAAGUCCCUAAUCCUAACCCUAAUUUGAACCCUAACAUUAACCCUAAAUGUCCCAUGUCCUAAGCUUAGUGAAUGCACUAACUAUAAUGAAAGUGUAAAACUAGUUUUACUUACCUUCCAGGACCUUGCUGUGGAGGAGUAGCAGGAGUGCUAGCACGCAUGUGCAGCACAGGAUCCAGCUGAUUCCCCUCACCGGAAGUGACGGGGGUAUAGCAAUCUGACAGGGUAUAGCAGACUGAUAGAACACCGGUCCUGUGGGCGCGCGAGGGAGCACUCUCCUCUGAGCGCUCUCUGCCCAGCUCCCUCGCGCGCCGCGAACUGAUGCCGGAGCCGGAAUAUGACGUCAUAUUCCGGCUCCGGCAUCAGUACGCGGCGCGCGAGGGAGCUGGGCAGAGAGCGCUCAGGGGAGAAUGCUCCCUCGCGCGCCUGCUAGCCAGCCAGCCCGCCUGGUGACCGGCCGCCCAUCAGCACCACUGGACCCCAAGGAAUCCUCUCAGCUCUCCCAAAGGUAAGGAGGCUGGGGGAUUAAAUUUAAAAAAAAAAACAUGUGUGUGUGUGUUAGUGUGUGUGUGUGUGUGUGUCCGCUAGUGAGUGUCAGUGAGUGUGUUAGCUCGUGUGUCUGUUAUUGAGUGUAUGUCUGCUAUUGAGUGUCAGUGUGUGUGUUAGUUUGUGUGUCAGUGAGUGUGUGUCAGUGAGUGUGUUCCUGUGUGUGUUACUGAGUGUGUUUGUGUGUGUCUGUUAGUGAGUCUGUUUGAUGUCUCUUAGUGAGUGUGUGUUUGUCAGUGAGAUUGUAUGUUUUGUAAGUGAGUGUGAAUGUGUGUCUGUCAGUGAGUAUGUAUUAUGUCGCUGAGUGUGUCUCUGUCAGUAAAUGUGUAUGUCUGUUAGCUAGUGUGUAUGCGUCUGUUUGUGAGAGUGUGUGUGUUUAAAACACCUUCAGCACUUACCUUUCACCAGCGCCGGACUCCCUUGGCGCUGGAGAUCCCUCCUCCCCGAUCUGCCUCUCAGCUCCAAAUGCGCAUGCGCGGCAAGAGCCGCGCGCGCAUUCAAACCGCCCAUAGGAAAGCAUUACUCAAUGCUUUCCUAUAGACGUCCAGCGUCUUCUCACUGUGAUUUUCCUUUAAAGCCUUACAGUAUUUCAAAUUAAACCAAAUAUUUCCUUAGAUGUAGUAAUUAAAUUACCUAGAAUGGUUUAAUCUGUUAUUUUCCAGUAACUAAAGAGUCAAAUAGCCAAUAAUUUUUUUUUCAUUUUUCUUUGAAAUUUUACAUUUUUUUUCCCUUUGCCUGGCUGGCCAUACAUUAUAUGUAGACCUCAUUGACAGGAGAUAAAAGUAAGGCAAAUAGAUGAUACUGUAACGAAGAACUGUCAUCAUAUUUUAUUACUGAAACUAAAAGGCUAAAUAUAGUACAACCUCUUUGUGUAUUAUUUCGCAAAUGCAUACAUAUAAGUUACACCUCCCAUCCUGAGAAUAGGGACACCAGUGGGUAAAGGGGGUGGGCCUGCAACGUAAUUGUGUCCCGGAAAAAGGGUGGGAAUGCUGGAGUUAAUGACACGUCGACCUGGUGUGAAUACACACUAGACUGCCUGCCAAUAAUUUUAGCCGGCCCGUUGAGAGCUGACCCUCCAGGAAGCACAGUUUCAAACGGUGACUGUCCCACCGAAAUCUAGACGAUUGGGAGGCACGAUAUAAGUAAAUAUCUCUUCUCAGUGCCUUUCUUUUGAUUACCUUUGCUCAUAUACGUUUAAUCCUUUAUAGUUAUUGCUUUGUUGGCAUCAGUAUACAUGUAAGUAACUGUUCUGCUAUAUUUUAGCGAGGAAAUGGAAGACAUUGGUUUCUUUCAAAACGGACAGAGUGAAAGUACCUGAUGAAGCUGGGGAACCGCUGCAAACCAUCACAGAAACGAAAGCUGAACAAGAACCCAGCGAUGAUUUGACCAUGAAAGCGGUUCUGACCACCUAGAUUACUAUCGCCAUCCUCUUUACUUCUGAUAUGUAGGUUUACUGUAACAAGGAAAACACAGAUCUCUAACAUCAAAUUAUUUAUUUGAAACAUACCAUAUAUUGGAAUAUUGUUACAAUGCCAGUCAGUUGAACCCUUUACUUUUUAAAUAUUGUAUACAACCAUCUUCAUUUAAAAAAAACAAAAACCAAAAAAACAUAAUGUUAAGUCACCCAAGGCAUAGAAGAACUAUAAAUGUUAAUGGACUACAAUUCACAUCAUCCUUCAUGCCAAGCAAGGAACCUGCUUCUAUGUUACUCCAUAUCAGUGGAUUGCCUGAUAAAGCAACUUGACUGUGGAUGGUGGGAAACAAACUCUAAGUUCGAUGGUGGUAGCCUGAACGAUACAGCUUCAGCAUCCCCCAAAAUAAAAUAUACAAUGGGAACCAUAUUCUGCAAUGCAGGACUAAGAGCAUCUGAGAAACACACUAGUUUGCACAUAUAAUGAUAUUAUCUACAGAUAACUGCAUGACGGAACCAGGCAAAUAUCAUCUGAUCCGUGGAAAGGAUAAACAAUGGCAUAAUGGAUUAUAAAUCAGGAAGGACUGCUAAUCUGUAUAAAAUUGCAGAGUCUGGUACACAUUCUUCCAAACCUAUUAUCAACGUAAUGAUCAAAAUUUCUUCAUUAUUUAAAACACUUUAAUACAUAUAUUUUUGCAUAUGCCAUAUGAGCGUGACCACUUCUGCUGUUGAGUGUAGUGUAAAAAUAAUGUUUAAUUUUUAAAUUUUACUUUUUUAUGUUUUUGCAGUUAUUUUAUUCUCUGGCUUUAUGACUAUUUAUUUUUAAUAAUAAAAUUCAGAUUUUUAAUAUGAUACGGCGACCAUGGAUCUGUGAUUUCAAGAGGAUAUUUUUUUAUCACUUCUAGCAAAUUUUCACCAUUGUGUCCUUUUAAUAAUACAUUAUUGUUUGUAUAGAUAUGCAGAGAGGUUGGAAUAUUCAAAGAGGGAAUUGAAUAAAUGUUGUUCAACAGGGAAAAUUAGAUUCAAUGUACAGAACAAAAAUAAUCCUGCAUCCUACAGGUUAAAUGAGCCCUCAUUAGUAUGAAAGUGAAUUAGAACGAUUUGAGCAAAGAGCAAGAAAGGUAUUCAGUUUAAAAAUGUGUAUUGAUCCCAUUAUAAAACUGUAAUUUACCUAUUUAUAAAUCAAUUGAAAUACCCCAUCCUGAAUACACAAAACAAACAAGUAAUUUUCAAGAAGGUAUAUAUAUAUAUUAUUAUUAUUAUUAAUAAACAGUAGACAAACCUGAAUAAAGAAUGUUCUAAAUGUGUACAAAUGUUCAGGGCCAUUGCUACCAGUCCUCUAGUGAACUGUUCCUUAACACGACUGUACAAAGGACAAGAGAUCAACUAAUGAGACUUGAAAAAAGGUGAUUUUACCAACAGCAGAAAGGGUUUUUUCACAGUAAGAAGGUAGGGAAUUGUCUACCUGUUGUGUCAAUCCUAAUGUGCUUUAAAAAAAAAAAAAAAAGAGUCCUUUCGUGGAGUAGACUGCUCCAAUAAAACACGACACUGUAAAUAAGAAAUAUAUGGGUCAGUAUUGCCUUGUGAGUUUGCAUGUAUAGCCUAUUUAUAGUCACUGAAGAAAAUGUUAAAUUCAAAUAUUUGUUGCAUUGACUUUUGUAUUUGUUGUACUUUGUAUGUAAAUGUAUGUAUGUACAUGUUUAUAUCACCUAUUACGGAUGUAAAAAUCAAAGGGUUUAUUCAGUGUAAUGUUUCUAAGACUUAUUGAAACCCUUUACCUACUAUAUUCACCUGAUCUGCCAAUCCAUUCUUUUUUAUAUUAAAAAAAAAUGUCUAUCUUGACAUUCCAUGCAUCUUGUAAUCUAAGUAUCAUGUGUUUUUUUGCUUAUCUCAAAGCACUGCAUUACUGAACAGAUCCAGGCAAGUUGCAUUUAAAAUAUUUACUGACAGCAAAAUAAUUUAUAAAACUACUAUGCCAAAUGUACUCAAAUUAAAGGCUACACCUACCUAGCAUUAGGUAACACAGGACAUGUAAUAUAAGAAGCACACCAAAAUUCUAAAUAUACCAGCUUAGAGGAAAUUUUACUGAUCUAUAAUUAAAUUUUUACAAAAUCAAAAAUAUCUUAGGAUAGGAAACGUACAGUCAACCCAAGUAAAAUACUUUAUGGGAUUUAUUUACUAAAAAGUAAAUUGUGAUGAACUAAAUGAAGCCCAAAAUACUAAAUAUAUCCAGAAACAGCAGAUCCAGAUGACGUGACAUAUUUUUUGGCAUAUAUUUUGCAGUUUGCUUUUCAAUUCACUACCAUUCCCCAUUUGGUAAAUAUGCCACUGUGUGAUUGUAUUGUAAGCAGAGACUGGAAUCAACACCAAAUCAAUGUUCUAAACUCUGAUUCACGACGUUAGUAAUUACACUGAAAGAGUACUAUGAAUAUGCCUCUUGACUCCGCUCUGUAACCUCCUACUUCAUCCUCCUCUAACCCAGCAACAUAUGCAGCUAGAAUCACUCUUGAUCUAAUCUUCACCAAUCUCUGUAUCACCUCUUAUCUCUCCAAUGUUUCAUUUACUCUGACCACAAUCUACUGACCUUUGAUAUUGGUAUAUCCCAUACCCAAAUUAUACCAUCCACGGUACAUCGGUCUGGCAGAAACCUCCAAUGUAUUGACCUAUGGCAAUUCUCCACCAAAUUCUCCUUUUACUUCUUUUAAACCUCAAGAUAAGAAAACUUACUUCAUUUCCAGUGCCGCGCGGGUCCACUGGCAUUGGCCCUGCCCUGCCCCACCCCAUCUCCUUGGCAGAAUUAAUGAUUUCAUCCAUUCCAACUGUUUCCCAUAGGAAAAGCAUUGGAUUGGCUGAGAUUGUCAAUGAGGCGGGGUGGAGUGGAGCCAGGGCCAAAUGGUAAAUCAGCAUCUCCUCACAGAGAUGCAUUGAAUCAAUAUACCUCUAGAGGGUAUGUUCAGCGUCUCCAUUAGAGCGUGAAGAUGCUGAAUGUCAGUGCUGCACACUGUACAGCACUGACCAGGAAGCUUCUCUAGUGGCCGUCUGAGUGACUGUCACUAGAGGUGUUCCUAGACAGCAAUGUAAACACUGCCUUUUCUAUGAAAAGGCAGUGUUUACGUUAAAAUGCCUGCAGGGGCUGACUAUACUUACCAAAACAACUACAUUAAGCUGUAGUUGUUCUGGUGACUACAGUGUCUCUUUAAGCCUUAGUAUUUAAGGCUUAGUAUGUUUGUCUAAGAUUCAGAAGAAGUUGUUUGUUAGCUCUAUAUAGCUUACAGUUUAAAACCCAUUGAGUAUUAUGGGAAAAAAAACAACAACAACAAAAACUACAACCAAAAAAAAAAAACCUAAACAACCUUAUUCAUGAGAUUACAAGAAGUAGCACUUGUAUAGUGCUUUUCAGACGUAAUGGUGUUUCAUGUAUAUUCUGGAACUCUCCAGUCAGGGUGUAACACACAAGCAUUCCUUUUAUAAUUACAUUAACAGUAAUUUGUUAUGACUGAUUGAUGGAUCAUGCAUCUUGCAGAUACACGGGAGCCCAAGGAUUAUUUUGGAAUACAUGGACAUAACAUCUUGUUCUCAGUUAAACAUGGACAAAGCAUGUAAAGUACCUUUCGUGGGUUGAAAUAUCUUAUUAUUUCUGCAUAUUUAAAAGACAGAUAAUGACAGUAUAGAUGGCAAACACCCAUAGACUUCCUUUAUUUUAGCAAAUACAUACAGUAAAUUAAUUGAUGUGAAUGAGUUAAUUUGGUUUAUCAGUUAAGGGUUCUACUGAAAAAUAGGUGAUAUUGCCAGAAUUAAAAAAAAAAUUAUUUAGUUUGUUCAAAAUAUAUUUGAAAUAAAUAUUGUAUCCUGAAUUUGUAUGCUCCCAACAUGAUGACAUUUUUAAUUUUCCUGCCUUUAUAAUUAGUUAAAAAAACUUUCCAUUUUGACAUAUACAUUUUUAACAAGUUCCAUCUCCUGUUUUUUUAUUAUGACGCCGUAUUAUUUUGUCCUGCACUUCCUUUGUACUUUAUAUAGGAGUGCGUUGUCCAUUUUAUUAGUAUGCACACCAAAGGAUUUUUUUAUAAGAGAAGAAAUUACAUUUGUUUGCUUUGAUAGCAAUGCCAGGAUUUAAAUUUACUAUCUUUAUCUUAAACUUAACGCCUUCCGUAACCAGCGGUUUGCAAAAAAAAGUACCCUCCUACUCAGAUUCUGAGUAUUUUGGGUGUUAUGGAAAGUAAUGUUUAAAAUCUAUCCUUUGUUUCAUUAUGCAAAGACCCCAGGUGAUGACAGAGCAGCUUUAAAGCAAUACUAACCACUGCAAGUAAAAUAUAACAUAGCAAAAUCAAUUACAUAACAACUGCAUGUGGAUACAAUACCUAGGAAAUCUAUUGAAUGCCUUAAAGAAGUACACACACUACAAUGUCAAUAUGGAUCAUAAUAGAUUAAUUACACACCUGUCACUUGUAACAUCAAUUCAGUUGAUUCUCUUUAACCUUUAAAUUGUGAUAUAAUAAAAAACCCUGCAAAGGUGUCAAUGUUUGUUUGUUGUAAACCUUGUGAUAAAGGACUACCGAAAUAUCAUGAGAUUAACAAUGAAGGUUAGGCUCGGUCUUAAAGGAGGAUAUAUCCUUUAUGAAAUAAUAAUCAAGACUGUUGGAAGUGUACUGACAUUCCAACAGAACCCAAAGAUACCAUAAGACAAAGUAAAUAAUUACAGAGAAGCCUGUGGUUGACAAACCUUGUCAACUUGUGAAGCUCUGCUAUAAUUUUUAAUCAAAUCCUAGCAGGCGUCACAUCUAUGGAGGCUCCCUCUGUCUCGCUGGAUCCUCCAUAGACCUCAGUUUUCCACUCUCGUGCAUGCUUCUGGCUCCAGGUGCAGAAGAGGACCAGCAGAUUUCAGGGUUCUUCUCCUGGAUCAAGCACCCACGGGAUCUGUCAUUUUAGGGGUUCUUUACAAAAUAUGCAAAGGGACAGCUUUGCUUUAAGACAAUAAUAUUUUCUGACUUUAGCAGUGUUACUGGCAUAUAAAUGGUCAGAAAACAUUAUCAAUCAGAUACCCUACUUAAUAUAAAUAGAGCCAACAUGUUUAUUUAUGGAUUGUUGUGCAAUAGGGUGCAGUAUCCACAGCUCCCGUUCCAGACAUGUAUAAACAGAAAGUUCCAAAAAAAAUGAACUCUGCAGCUCUUUAAUACAUGGCUGUUUAUUUCAUCCAACAAGGACUUGGCCAAAGCUUCAACCUAUUCUUCCAAAAGGUCAAAACUGUUGUCUGGUCCUUGCUGGAUGAAAUAAACAGCCGUCUAUUAAGAAGUUGUAGAGUUAAUUUUUUUAAUAGUUUAUAUUGAUCAAUUACUGUUGUUGGACCGUAAUUAACCCCUCAGUGUCUUAUUCCAUUUUUUGAUGGACCUGUUCCAUCAAAGUACAGCUCAUCAGAUUUUUUUACUGUCUUUUUAUCUAUCAUAGGGUGAGCCCAUUUAAGCUUUCAAGUUCAGUACAUUCCUUGCGUUCUUGGUUUAUCUUUGACUGACUGACCCAGUGCCAUCCUCCAUGUCUAUAUACUCUGAUUAGUACACAAAGCAAUGACUGCAAUGUCUGAAAUGGAUAAGAAUCAGGGAGUGGAGGAAAUUGAUCUGUAUGACAUAAUUUAUAUCCAGAUGUAGGUCAAUGUAGAUAUGCAACACAAGAAAAUAAAAUGUCAAAAUAAGCAAAACAAGAUGCAGAAUAUCCCAUACGGUUAUCUGAAGUCUCAUAUUUUGAGGAAAUUAAUUAAACUUAGCAUCAUCGAAACUGAGCAAAACGAACUUUAAAUAAAUCGCAAACUGUAGUUCCUCUAAAUUGAUCAGAAGUGGCUCCAUUACCUGAAUUAAUCCCAAUAUUCCUCUGACUAGCUCAAGCAUACAAAAAGAAAACAAACAAGAAAAAGAUAUACUAAAAAGUAUAAUACGUGUUCAGGAAGUACAGAUGAAAGACAAUAAAUAACAUGAUGCUGUUAUCUUCUAUUUAUCUUUAAUUGUAUCUGUUAGAUGUAAACCACUGGAGCCCCAGAGGAUUGUGGCUGAUAGAUUUAAGGCUGCCAUGAGUCACGAGUCUACAACAUUACAGCUGAGAUUACAGAGACAGAUUUGCAAUACCAACUGGUAGAAGUCAGACAUCAACAAGGUCCAUUAGCAUUUGAUUCUCAAUCCAAUUAAGGGAAUUUUUUUUUGUAAAUAUAUUUUUAUUGGAUGUUUUAAGUUUUUCAGUAUCAAACAUGUCAUGAAAAAGCUUUGGUAUGGACACGCAGGUCCCAUUAUGUUUGCAUGCAAGCAAUUGCAUUGGAACAGAUGUUACUCAUGUAUAUAUACAUUGGAGACACGCAGGUCUCAUUUAAUCGUAAGAAGCAUAAAUUAGUUGGACUUGCAGGUCCUAUGGCAUAUAUUUGGCAUGUGUCUCUAAGCUAUUUUCAGUUUGGAUACUCAGAUCCCAUCUGUAUGAAGCGUUUACUAUCAUUUUAGGAAGCGUCGUUCGGUCAGGUUUACGUUGAGUUUUGUGUGUUCAGUCAGUUAAUUGAGGCAGCAUGUGUCUUAACAUGGUGUAUCUUAAUCAGAUUCGGUGACGUGUGGAUCAUUCAUGAGAGGGUAUGGUAGAGGUAUAGUGGACUCGCAGGUCCUGAUCGGGGUGUUUUUUUUUUUGUUUUUUUUUUAUUAUGUGGAGAAUCUUUUGUAUGUGUUGUGUCUAUGUGGGUGUGUGUGUCUGCGGUUUCCAUGCAUUACAAGGCGUUGGGUUUGAAAUUUGUAUUCUAUCAUAUACUUUUAUCUGUGUGAAGUAUUUGUGAGUGCGUAGUAGGUAAGAUGGAGGGGUAGCUCUAGUAGCACGGGCGUUUUGUGGACUUUUUUUUUUUUUUUGGCUGGUAUGAGUGGUAUCUAUGUUCGUUGUGUGGUUGAUUCUCAAGUCUGUUCCAUUCAUGUUGUUGUCCCUUCCGCCUUCCCCGCGUGUCGUGUCCUAGUCAUGUGCUGGGUAGUCCGUUGGUUGUGUGUGUGUGUGAUGUGGAUCCCACGGGAGAGUGGGCUAUCCUUGUUCCUUGUGUCAUCGUGAUUCUGGGAUCAGGAUUUUCGGUUUCUGGAGUGUUAGUGUGUGAGGUUCACUCGGGGAUCUCCUGUUGUUCAGCUCUAACUUUGGUAGUGGUGCAUGAGUCGGGGUUGUCGGCUUGGGUUUAAUGAGAGGUCUGUAUGAUGUCGUUUUUUUUUUUUUUUUUGGGGGGGGUUGGUAGGUUAUUGCCAGUAUCGUAUGCUGCUACGUCCUGUGCCCUCAUUGGUUGUGUUCAUAGGGUGGUUGUGUGUUGGCGGUGUGUUGAUCCUGUGAGCGUUGUAGUUAUAUUGCGUGUAGUGUGUGUGGCUCGUUAGGGGGAGGGUUGGGUGGAGGCCCCCUUAACUCCCUUCUCCAGCCGCCGCGUCCCCCCCAUCUCGUCUUGCCACGUAUAAUAUCCAAGGUUGCCACUUGUCGACGUGUUUCGUGAGGGUGUCUCGUAGGGUCGCAUGCAUUUCUUCUGCGAAUCUGAUCUCUUCUACCCUGUUUAGCCAUUGUUCCAUUGUGGGGGCGUUUGUCGUUUUCCAUAAGGCAGGAAUUAGAGCCUUGGCCGCGUCGAGAAGGUGUCGCAGGAUGGAUCGUUUGUAUUUUGAAAUCGGGUCUUUAGUGUGAUGCAGGAGAGUGUUGUCUAUUGACAAUUGCGUCGUGUGCCCUAGUACCUCUUUGAUGCGGGACGUAAUCUGGUUCCAAAACGGUUUAAUGUUGGGGCAGUCCCACCAUAUAUGUUUUAGUGUUCCAAUAUCUGCUUCACAUCUCCAACAGGUCGCCGAAGUGUUGGGGAAUAUUCUGUGGAGCAGGUCUGGGGUUCUGUACCAGAAUGUCAAAAGCUUAUAGUUCAUUUCUUGGUAUUUUGAGCUAAUCGUGGAUUUGUGAUGGAGGAUGAGAAUUUUGUCCCAUUGUGCGUCGGUGAAAACUGUGUCGGUGAUGUUUUCCCAUUUUUCCUUAUAUCGUCGAGUUGCUUGCUGCUCACCUGUGAUUAGGUAUUGGUAGAGCGUCGACGUUGGUUUCUGAGUCGGUGUUUGUUUGUCGCAGAUGUCCUCAAACCACGUGAGGGUUCUGUGUACCGCUUGUUUGUUCGGUAGGGUGUGGUAGAAAUGCGUCAGCUGGGAGUAUCGGAAUUUGUGCAUGGGAGCUGGCGGGCCUUCCAUUAGGCGUUCCAGGGGGGUCAGUCCUGUGGCGGUUAGUGUUUUGUGGAGUGGUAUGAAGUCUCUUCCCUCUAGAAAGUCCCAGGCCUUGAUCGGUAGUCCUCCCCCCACUGCUUGGUUAUGUGUUAGCGUGGUCAUCGGGCUGGGUGUUGGGGAGAUGAUCGUUGCGUUCCUCAUUGUUGACCAUAUGUGGAGGGUGUGACUCGCUGGCGAAGUCGUGCCGGGGUCGUGACGCCGUGGCGUUUUCUGAUUCCAUAGGGAUGCAAAAAUAGACGGGCUGCAUGAUUCUCUGUCUAAGGCCACCCAUUGUUUGCAUCUCGGAUUAGUAUGCCAUUCCAGUAUCCGCUGUAGGGCUGUCGCUUGGUGGUAUUUGCGUAGGUCUGGGAGUGCCAAUGAUUCCUGGUCUUGCAUAAUAGUUCAUAUCGUAGUCUAGGUCUGCAUCCUCUCCAGACAUAGGUCAGGAAUGCGGUUUUUAUUGUCGCGAAAAAGGUCGUCGGUAGUGUCACUGGGAUUGUAUGGAAUAAAUAUAGUAGUCUGGGUAGGAUAUUCAUUUUGAUGACCGCUAUGCGGCCGAACCAUGAGAUGUGUGGGUAAUUCCAGGUUCGGAGGUCUUGUUGAAUGCGUGUGAGAAGUGGGAGGAAGUUUUUCUGGUAUAUGGCGUUGGGGUCAGCCAUCACCCAUAUCCCCAGGUAUUUCAUUUGGGUAUGGCACCAACGGAACGGGAAGGUCGAGGCUAUAUCCCUGUGUUCCCCCAGCGGGUCCGUGAUGUUGAGCAGUUCGCAUUUGCUCAAGUUAAGUUUGAGGCCCGAGAGGCGUCCAUAUUUUUCGAAUUCUUCCAUUAGGCAUGGUAGGGUGAGUCUUGGACGUGUAAUGAAGAACAACAUGUCAUCCGCGUAUGCGGCUACUUUAUGUGUGGCGGUUGUACAGGUGUAACCCGUGAUGUUAAUAUUUCGUCGGAUUGCUUCCAGUAGGGGUUCCAAUGUUAAUGCGAACAGUAACGGGGACAGGGGGCACCCCUGCCUCGUGCCAUUGCGAAUCGGGAAGGACUCCGUCAGGGCUCCGUUAACACGCACCGCUGCCGUCGGGGUGCUGUAUAUCGCUCCGAUCCAUUUCUGUACGUUGUCAUUAAACCCCAAUAGACGUAUCGUCGUUUCCAGGAAUGCCCAGUCAACUCGAUCAAACGCCUUUUCGGCGUCCGUGGAGAGUAGCAGGAGUGGUGUUCCAUGUUGUCUUGCUAAAUGUUGUAUAGCGAGAACUCUCAGAGUGCUAUCUCGAGCCUCCCGUUCCGGUAUGAAUCCCGUUUGAUCAGGGUGUACGAGUGUUGGCAUUAGGUUGCUAAGUCGGGUGGCUAAUAUUUUGGUAAAGAGUUUUGUGUCCACGUUUAAGAGGGAGAUGGGUCUGUAGCUGCUGCAGGUUUCCGGGUCCUUGCCUGGUUUUGGGAUUACUGUAAUUGUAGCCGAUAGUGAUUCGGCGUGGAAUGUAUGUCCCUCAGUGAUGGCAUUGAGCGCCUUUGUAAGUUUGGGGGCUAGUAUAUCUUGGAAGCGUUUGUAGUAGUCCAGUGUAAGUCCGUCGGGUCCGGGUGCGCGACCUGUCUUCGUCGUUUUGAUAGCUGUCUUAACUUCGUCUUCUGUGAUCGGGCGGUCGAUGGUUUCUGCAUCUUCGGUUGUCACCGUUGUGUGUAGAUGUUCUCUCAGGAAGCAUUCCAUGCGACCUUGUUUGAGUCGCCUGCCUUCUUCGUCGCUUUGUGAGUGUGUACUGUAGAGUGAGGAGUAGUAGGUGAGAAAUUCCUUGGCGAUUUUCUCCGGGUUUUGGGUAAUAGUGCCGUAGCUUGUUUUUAAUUUGUGGACUUGUGAGGGGUGUUGUUGUCCCCUGAGCAUAUGUGCGAGGAGUUUGCCUCCUUUGUUUGCGUGGAGGUAGAAGAAACCUUUAGAUCUGCGGAGUUGUCUCAGGUGUCUCUUGAGUAGUAGUGCGUGUAGUCUCCUUCUUUCUUCUAAUAGUUCUCUGUAGGUAUCUUCCACCUGUUGGCGUUUGUGUUGUGUUUCCAGGGAGCGGAUCCGGUCAAGGAUGGUUGACAUAAGUGCGCCCGCUUCUUUUUUCCGUUGUGACGCGAUUUGGAUGAGCUUGCCCCGGAGUACACUUUUGUGUGCCUCCCAUAUUGUCAUAUCUGAUACGUCUCCCGUCUCAUUCUCGGUAAAAUAUGUCUGUAGAGUGUCGGUGACUUGGGCCCUUAGUGGGAUGUCGGUUAAGAGGGAGUCGUUGAGUCUCCACGUCGUUUUCGUCGGUCUUAUGAGUGGAGAUUCGAGGUCUAUCGACACUUGUCCGUGGUCCGACCACGUUGCAGUGUGUAUGGAUGCUCUCCUAAGUCUUAUUAGAGCUUCUUGUUGCAAUAAUAGGAAGUCUAUCCUGGAGUAUCUUUUGUGUAUUAUGGAAUAGUGAGUGUAUUCUCUGUCUAAUGGGUUUAGCGUUCGCCAACAGUCUACCAGGCGUAGUGUUUUCAGAGUAUGGUUUAUGGUUCUUAUUUCUCUCUGUGGGAUGCUGCUGUGUUCCGUUGAGGAGUCUACUUUAGGAUCUAGUGUGACGUUGAAGUCUCCUCCCACGACCAGGGUUCCUUCCGUGAAGUCUGUUAGUGCCUUUAGUGUGUUCUUAAGGAAUCUAGAUUGAUUAUUAUUGGGGACGUAUAUUGUCGCGAACGUGUAACAUCGCUCUGCGAUAUUCCCCUUUACGAAGGCGUAUCUGCCGUUGUGGUCUAUAAGGUGAUCCUGUUCCUGGAAUUGUAAACGAGCUGCUAUAAGGAUCGCGACCCCUGCCUUUUUCGCUGUGGGGUGGUUGCUGUAGUAGUUAGUGGGGUAGUGUUUGUUUUUGAGUGUCGGGGCCGCUCCCUCUCGAAAGUGAGUUUCUUGGAGAAGAGCGACUGCAACCCUCUCUCUCUGAAGUUCCCUCAAGAGAUUAGUUCUGCGUUCUGGGAGAUUCAGUCCCCUGCAAUUUUGUGUGAUGAUUUUCAUCGGGUCUGGUCUGUAUGCCAUCCUGCCCGUAUCUCUGCGCAGCGGUGGUGUCUUGUCGGGUGUCAGGGUCCCUCGUCCGAGUCUCGCCCUCUUGUGUACGCGGGAGUCGACCGAGGAAGCCCGGACCCGUGGCUUGGUUCCUGGGUUUUGGUGUGGUUCGGUGUCCCUGCGCCGUCUGGUGGUUAGCUCGAGGCGGAUGCGACGGCCGGGUCAGGAGCGCAGGGGGGGGGGGGUGUGGCGUUCGGGUGAGAUGCUGGACUGCGGUCACGUGUGAGGUGUUCGUGGGGUGUUGGUAUUUGCUCCUGUGUGGUCUAGGGGAGUCGUCUGCUCAGGCUCAGUGCCUUUCGGUUAUGUCAGGCACCGUGUCUGGUUCGUGUGAUGGGGGUGUGUGUUUCUUAUUUGGUUGUUAGAGAGUAGGAUAGAUGUGGUGUGCGUGUCGUGAUAAUGUGAGGGGGUGAUCCUCUCCGCGGAGAGGGAGUUCGUGUGCCUACGGUGUCGGUCGGGGGGCACCCCAGGUUCUAUCCCGGUGGUGUACCAGUCGGCCUCCGUAGUAUUAAGCGUGCGCACCGAAAGGGGUGGGUAGCGUGUCUGGGCCCUUAUCUGUUUAGGCUGUGGUGCCUGUGUGGUAUAUGCGGUGUCAGUUGUGGAGUUGAUACUUGAGAAGGGUUGUGUAUCGUCGGUAGAAUCUGUUAGUUGUGUAGAAGUGUAUUUCCGUUUUGGGGUUGUAGCGUCCGUCCACUGUAGUAGAGGUGUUAUAUAGUCAUCACUAAUGCCAUUGAUGUGUAUCUGUAGUGUUAUCAGCACUAUGCCUGUUUGUUGCGCCUUUUCGGUGUCGCUGGUAUCGGGUGGGGGGAAGUACCGUAAGGGUAAUUUGCGUGUAGUCAAAGUAGGGGCUUGAGGAUAUCUCUUCGGGGUGUGUGCAUUGUGGGUCCUCUUCUCAUUGUGUCUGGGUUGUUGCAUCUGGAUCAUGUGGAUGUAAUUUUUUAUUUUUUUUCCUCCUUCUUUCCCCCCUCCCUCCUUUAUGUCCCCUCGCCCCGUCCCCCGCCCCUUUUGUUCAUAGUUCACAGCCUCUGGUGGGAUGGUCGUCUGCUCAGUGUCUUCUCGACAUCAGUGUGUCGUCUGAGUGAGUGAAUUGUGAUUGUAUGUAGUGUAUGGACCUCUUUGGGAGCGUGUUAUCUAUACAUGUCGGUCCCUUUGACAUGGGGGGGGGGCCCGGUCAGUAACACAGAGUGAGAUUGCAUAGUCUAGUCAUUCAAGAUAGGUUACUCACAAUAGUCGUACAAUAAAGAGCAGUCUCUGGCCUCACAAUCAGCUAUACAUUUAGUAUGGAAUCAGUUCUUUGUCUUCACGAAAGUCAAUGCUGCAGGAGGUCUCUAGGACCCGAUCUCUAUGUCCCCGACCCUCCCCCCUGUGAUCCCCCUCCCCAAUAGGACUCAUUCCCCUGCUGUCUUUUUCUUCCCGCCCCUCCCUUUUCGUCCCCUUUUUUUUUUGUUGUUGUUGUUUAGAACCCUUUCGUGUUGUGGAGGACCCAUUCGCAAGUGAGAUAUCCCUUAGUCCGGUCAGUAUCAUGGUGAAGCGUGGUGCCCUCCCAUGCCAGGGGGGUAGGUGGGGUGUCCCCUCUGUUAGUCUCGUGCCAAUAUGUUAACUACCCUAUGUCAGAGUACCUGAUUCUUGGGGUGCGGGUUUGCCUCCAGGUGCUUCUCCAACGUGGGUGCCAGCUGUCUGUGUUGUCUCGGGGUUGUGGGGUCUACAGGAGCGGUGUCGGUUGGUCUGGUAGUGGGUUAUUCCUCUGGGUUGUUUAGGUCUGGUCGGUGUCGCGGAGCUUCACCUUGAGAGUUCCAUCUUCUUCGCCUUGCUUGUCGCUGCGGUUGUGGUCUUGGAUCCAGCGGUAUGAAUACCCAGUUCGGAACCGGGGUUGGCGGUAGGUUUAGGCGUUGUAGGAAUUGAGGAAUGUCUUCUGGCCAGCGUGCGGAGACCCAUUCGUUAUUAUAGCGAACUGUGAUGCUAAAUGGGUAACCCCAUCUAUAUUGCAUAUUCCUCUCCCUCAGGAUGGUGGUAACCGGUCUCAGGGCUCUUCUAGCCUCCAGGGUCAUUGGUGAUAGGUCAUUGUAGAGGGAUAUUUCUGCGCCCCUGUAGUUCCAGUGGGCCCUGGAUCUAGCUUUCCUCAUGAUCAUAUCUUUGAUGGCGAAGGAGUGCAGGCAGCAUAUUAUAUCCCUGGGGGUUCCUUCUGUGGGCCUGGGGCGGAGUGCCCUAUGUGCCCUGUCAUAUUUAAUAAGCGCUGGUGUGUCCUCUCUUAGGAUGAUGCGGAAUAGGGAGGUGAGCAUCUCUUCUAUAUUUUCCCCUUCUGGAGAUUCAGGUAUCCCCCUUACCCUGAUAUUGUUGCGACGACUGCGGUUGUCCUGGUCUUCUAGCUGUCGCCUCAUGGCCAGUAUGAGGGUUACUGGCGUUUGAGGGCCGUGUCUGUGGCUGUAGAGUGGUCUUCAGUGGCCUGUGCCCUUCUUUCCACCUGCUGUAUGCGGUGUUCCUGUGCUUUGAUUUUGGCCUUCAGGCCGGUCACUUGGGAUUUAAUUGCUUCAUGUAGAUUGUUAGUCAGGUGGGUGAGGUCAUCUUUUGUGACCAUCUUCAUUGCCAUGCGCUUCAAUUCUGCUCCGAUGUCUGCCAGUGUAGUAGUGUCGGCAGUGGAGUAUGUGGAUGCUGGCAAGGUCGGCGCCAUUUUGGAUGUCGGGGAGCUGGGGUCCGGGCCGCAUGGCGCGUGGAGGAACUCAUCCAUCGGCCCCGUUUGCGACCCUGAGACAGAAGGUUUGGGGGUCUGGGGGAGGUCCCCUCUCUUUGUGCGACCCAUUGGUGGCAGUGUGCGCCGAUGAGUAGUGGGAUGAUCCGUUCUAUGUGCGUUUGUGGAGCGGAGCUCAGCGCUUAGGCGGCCAUGUUCGUCGGAGCCCAGGCCACGCCCCCAAUUAAGGGAAUUUUAUUCUGAUUUAUUUUCUCUGAAUAAGGUAACAAGAUUCUGCUUACCUAAAUAAUAAAGAAAGGGGGGAAAUGCUAAAAAUUGUAAGCAUAAAUAAAAAGUUAAGUAAAAAAAAUAAAAAGUAAAGUAGCAUUAACAGCAUUUCUGUAUUGGGCAUAGUCAGUCAUCAUCAUGUUGAAGUGAUCAAAGCAUCUCCAGUCCAUACUGGUAUGGCCAGAACUACCAAAACUCUGCUCAGAAUGGUUAUUCUAGAAUAACGUAGGGAAAGUCCAGUUAUUUAAACUUGCAGCUAGACUAGAUGGGCCGAAUGGUUCUUAUCUGCCAUCACAUUCUAUGUUUCUAUGUUUCUAUGUAAGAAUGGAAAGAUCCUCUACAACCACUUCCAUUCAGCUUCAGCUUUCAGUGCUACUGACAUCUUUGGUCAGCAACUUUGAUGCACAAGACCUUUUAAACAUGUGCGUAGGUAGAGGGUAUUGUGUAUGGGCUGACCAAAGGGAACACCUUACUGUACCACCCCAAUCCCUUUAAUUCCCGAAAUAACCAAACCACAAACUUGCUUGGUGAAAAUAGGCCACAGCUUUAUUAUAUAUUAUAUAUAUAUAUAUCUUUAACAUCAACUUUAGAACAUAUUAACAUAUUAUAACUUUCUCAGCAAAAUUAAAUGUCGCUGAAAAGCCACCUUGCCAACCAAACUUGGGCAACUGCCCUCCCCCUUUUGUCCCAACCAGCAUUACGGCAUUUCUUGGGCCUUCCGUUAUCAUAAUGAUAACCACUAGCCGAUCAUUGGCUCAGUGGGUAUCCAUUCCUGUACCCAAGGUUAGGGGAGGGAUCAUACAUCUUUUCACGGACAGCAUAUUCAAUUGGCAAGAGCGAUUUACUGCGACUCCGUGACAAACAAACAAGAACAAUUGACAAAUGAUGACAGGGGAGGGAGGGCGGGAAGCUGUUACCAAUCUGGGUAAUUAAGAUGGCUGCAUGGUCUGCAAAAUACUCUCAUAUUUAUACUGGGAACACCCCUUUGCCCUAAACCUCCACCCACCAUUCUAAGACAUCCUUAAUAUUUCUUUCUAUACACUCCUCUCACUCUCACAUGUCCCUGUUCUGUCUAGGCCUGCCCUGACUCCUCAGGGUCUUGUUUCUCUCCACACCCAAUCAGUGUUUAAAGUAAGAGUAAUAGUAUGAAUUUUAUACUUCAAUUUCUAAUACUAAUAUUUUUCUCACUUUUCUCUAAGAGGUUUAAUCCUUUAUAAUACCUGCCUAAAGUCCUGGUGCUAUACUUAUUUGGUGACUUGCUCUAAGGCACGGUGUAUAUUUAUUUCAUAUGACAAUUUGUAGCGUAUUCCUACUGUAUCCGAAUAUGCUUAGCGUCAUUUUGACACCCAAUACUGAGAUGAUGCUGGCACAUUUUUUUUGUUUAUGAUUGCUUUUUUGAUGCAGUUAAUGUUUAAAAUUCCAUACUUGUUACACGUGUAUCUUCUAGAUUAUUUAUAUUUUCUAUGAUCAAUUUGAGUCCAAGGUCAUUUGGAUCUUUGUAUUUCGUUUCAUUUCUGCUACUGAGUGCUUUGUUUAUAUCUCAACUAAACGGCAGACUGGGCUCAGUGCUGGAUUAACAGCAUAUUGGGCCUGGUGCUGGGGUUUGUGAUAAGCUUAAUUACAGAAUCUUUCUGAUAUAAAGCACUAUAAUAGCCAUAACUCCGGAGUGUCUUGUAUCUGGUGGAGGUUGUGCUGGAGGGAAGAAUGUUAUUGUAUCUCAUUUCUAUUUCCGUCCAUUUUACAAGCCACACAGCUCCUACUGUUCACUAAUCACAAACUCUGAAUCUUCGCUGCUUGGAUCUCAUUUGUCCUCUCCUCUUCUUUCCUUUGUACUAUCAGACAGAAGCUCCUGGUAUGCAGACAGGAGCAGAGAAAUUGGUGGAUGUAGUGAGUGACUGUAGAUGAAAGGGGGCGUGCCACAAUGAAACAUUAUGACCAGGAGGAUGCUGGACUGUUAGGGAGAACGAAGCAGCCGUAGCUUUUACACAUUGCGCCCCUAUUUUAUAGUCAGCCAGUCCACACAUUUAUUUAUUUAUUACUGGUAUUUAUAAAGUGCCAACAGAUUCUGCAGCGCUGUACAAUUAGUGGCGGACAUACAAUAUACACAGACAAAUACAAAAGGUAGAGAGGGCGUUGCCCGUAAGCUGAUAUGUAGCCAUUGAAGCUCUUAUAUACAAAGUGCUUAGCAAGAUUGCCCGUGAGCUUACAAUCUAAAGGAUACAGUCAGGGGAGGGCUGGCAGCCUUAGGCCUGGGGGGCAAAACCAGUCAAGUGGCCCAUUGCACCACCAAAUCAGUUCACCAUCCAUGCCCACCUUUUCCUGGUUUUAUAACGGAUAUUGGUGUUAUGCUAAUCAGUAGUUCUUUGCCAUACCUGCUCCUUCACGGCUCCAGGCACUGCUUGUUGUGAGUGUGAGCCACUGUAAAUUAGGGGCAGAGGGCACUUGCACUGCGGUAAAGACGGGGCUGGGCAGGAGAAGAGUGCAGUGCAAUCAGUGCACUCCCCUCCUGUGGGUCACCAGUAGACUGGUGCACCUGCCCAUGAUCAGAGCCGGUGCAAGGAUUUUUGCCGCCCUAGACAAAAUAAAAAUUUGCUGCCCCCACAUGUCACAUCACAAUGCCCCACCCAUAUGAUCCGCCAUAUGAACUAACGCCAGUGCUGCACACAGUGUGUGUUUACAUUAAAAAGCCUGCAGGGACCAGCUAUAGACACCAGAACCACUUCAUUAAGCUAUAGUGUCCCUUAAUGUGAGGUAAAUUAUAGAUUAGUGUCACUAAUAAUAUACUAGAUUGCCUACUUACAAGCAGAUGAGGAUGAUGAUGGGCUGCAAUUUGGCUCCACUGGUCUGGUGUAGAACAGGAUCUCUGGAGGCUGUUUGCAACUGUGGUCACAAAAUUUAACGUUCUGGGAGAAUUGGAAGCAGCUCCAUUUUUUGGGGGCCUCUUACACAGCUCAAGGUCUGGGCCCCAGGGCCUGACGGUGAGUAUGCCCAUAAGGCCCACUCAUAAGUUCCACCCACCCAUGAGUUCGCUCAAUAAAAAGUGAAUUAGAAACUGUGCUGCAAAUUUCAGACUGAUAUUGAAAAUGUAUCGACUCGCUGUAUUCCCACUUGGAUAUUUUACCCAUAAUAUUACAAAUUGGUAUCCUGGUCACCACAAUAAGCAAUGUAGUGAUUAAACACUAGUUAAGAUAUUCAACAAUAUCCCCCACCUAAAAACAAAACUUUAUUGUUGGUAAUUAAAAGACAAUUCACCAAGGUCUAAAUAUCCCCAUCCUGAUUGCCAAAAAUAAUCCAGUAUUAUAUGGGAGGAUUUGGACAUUGUAAAAUCCAACAUUGUUCUCAAGGUUUCUCAAUAUGUGAAAUUGUGUGUGUGUAUAUAUAUCGAGAUGUUCGGUAAUGUUGACAUAUUUUUAUAUUCUGCAUGUUACAUCUAAUACCAUGUGAUUGUCUUAACUUGAAACAAAUAAAAAGUAAGUUUAAAAAAAAAAAAAAAGAAAAUUUACAUGUAUUACUGUGUUUAUUAUUUUGUAAUUCAUACGUAUAAGUAAAUGCUUUUUUAGUUCAUCUCCUGGUUAAUUCUUGCUCCAUAAGAGUGGCUGUCUUCGAAGGACACUAUAGACACCCAAACCACCUCAUCUCAUUGAAGUGGUCUGGAUGCAGUGCCCAUGUGUUGAGAAAGCACCCGGAAUGGUGCGAAACGCGUCCGGGGCUUCUCUACUUUUUCUUUAGGGUUGGCUUCUUUGGUGGUCUCCCCCCGGUACAGCAGCUGCGGGUGGUCCUAUGCUCAGGUUUUAGACAUUUUAUACUUUGUUCACUGACAACCCUUUUUAUUUUCAUUUUUCGCAUGCUUGGACCAAUACAGCAUAUAUGAGGACUGCUGUUCUAGUAUCUUGUCAUAUGUUUUUUCUUUUUUUACUUCAAUAACAUUUGCAUUUUUUUUUCUAUGAUUUCAUCCUGAUGAAUUUUUGGGAUUCCCUAUGAGUGCGGAUCAACAAACUUGUCCUGCGGUUCCCUUGUCCCUUUAACUCUGCAAUGUAAAAUAGAGAAACUGCAAUGUUCACAUUACAGGGCUAAGUCCACCUCUGAUUUUCUGAUUUCCAGACAGCCUCUAGAGGCGUGAGGACGUCUGAUGCCUUUAAAUUCCCAAUAGGAAAACAUUAAUUCAAUACUUUGCUAUGGGGAAGCUUGAAUGCAGACGCAAAGUUUGCCGCACAUGCGCAUUAGGUCUGUCCAUCACUGUGAUGUCGCGGGAGGAGGAAACCUAGCCAGUACUGAGGUAGCCUUGGGGCUGGAAAGAAACGAGUAUACAAAGGGUUUUUAACCCUAUCAUUGGCGGAGGUAGGAGGGAACCUAUUAAUCUAGGGACAGGAAUAAUAUGCACAGCAUAUCUGACCAAAGACUGCAUAGUUAAUCAAGAUGUAGUGGGCAUUCACAAAUCUUGACAUCGUUCUCAAGAGUAGAACAUCCAGCAGUGUGUAGACUGAAAGCAGCACUGCUAUGUGCUGUCAGUUUACAGAGCUAUGUGCUGCCUAUACUAUGUGUUGAGUGGAGCUUUUCAUAGAAGGAUCAUUUACUUAUCCCAUAAAUCAUUACUGUAGUUUAUGGGAUAAUAGCUUUUUCCUGGUGUUUGAUAGAUCUGCCUGCAGCUAAUCAGCGAACCAAAGGAAACAUUAAAAAGAGUAAUUCAUAUUUUUAUUUAUCUUUCUUUAUUUCCAAAUUAAAAUAUAGGCAGUAAUUUCAACCUUACAGUUUUAUCAAGAUAAUUGCACAAAUACACAUGGCUUAAGAUAAUCGUAUUGAAUUAUCACUUACACGCUAAACAAAAACAAAAAAAAGAGUGAAGUGUAAUCUUUUACAACUGAGCUGCUUAAGUCAUGUUGGUGCAAAAAAUUUGCAUCACCCACAGGCAUGAUCACACAUAAGAAUUUUCUUGCUUAUUUUUAGCGAAGUAUGUGAUAUAUAUCAUAAUUUAUCAAAUAUGAUCCGUCAGAAAAUUACAUGAAAGUAAAUUCAUAAAUAACAACGCUGACAUAACAGUUACUUGACACUUUAUAUGGUUACUAAUCAUAACUUAAAUGCCCCUGCCAAUAUAACUACAAUAACCUGUCGUGCUAAUGGUUGUUUCCUCUGUGCUAAAUAUAUUCCGUUAUUACACAACACUGUCUCCCUUUAAGGCAGGUGCGUGAUGCCAUCUUCAAAAAAUGUGGUCAAGAAUUUGAAAACUCCCUUUUAAUUUCUUUAUGUGUCAGAUGAAACGCACAUGAUGUUGAAUGUGUGCAUACAGUAUUAUAACAAUACGGAUGUUCAAUGUGUACAUACAGUAAUAAUAAUUGCACAUGUGGAUAAAUGACAGGGCAUCAUUUAAAAACAAAUUAGCGCUCACCUGGAUAAAUUAUCCCACAAGUGAACGCCGCUUGAUCUGGUAAUAAAACAAUGUCUGCAGGAAUAAAAAAUUACAUCACUGCCUUUUUAUUAUUAUUAUUUUUAAGUAGUGUAAGACAGUUAUAAUGAAAUAAAAAAAAUGAAUAUUGAGAGAUGUAAAGCUUGCAUGUGAAGGUGGGGGCAGGGCUAUGUAGGCACGAUAGACAUUACGUAUAAUCCCAAUAUGCAUUAAAAUCAGGGCUCUAAGGAAAAAUAUUCUAGAACGUAGAAGCACAGAUGAAAGCCUCCAUACACAUGCAUUUCCACUACAUUUCUCAGAUAAUUUUUUCUGGUGUUCCACCAAACGGGACACUGGAAAAUAAAAUUAGUAAUGUGCCACCAGACGCCACACAAUCGGGAAGUUAGAAUUAUUUAGAAAAGGUGGUGAGAACUGCGUCAUUUGCAAUUCUUUCAAAGCAAAUUGUUUCAAACAUAAAACAACAAAUCAGGACUAAGUCUCCUCGUCUCCUCUAUACCUGACUGCUGGUUCUGACUAGACGUACUUGUGCUGCACAGAAGGAUUAAAGGACAACUGUUACCUCAGAACAAUUUUUGGGAUAUAAUAAUCCUAUCAUCAAUUUUUGAAAGGAUUUUUUUGAAUGAAGUAUAUGCAAAAAAAAAAAUCAUUCCUACCUUUAGUAUAUGAGAGGAUCUUUCAGCCAUAUACGUAUACCUUGGGUCAGACAGUGUUUGAGAACCGACAGUUAGUCUCUAUGGUCUUCGCUGUUUCUGUGCAAGGAGUGAAGCAGGAAGAUCAGAGAGAUUAACGCUCGGUUUUCCAAACACUGUCAGGUAUUGUUUUCUCCCAUUUCUUUUACAAAUGCUUCAUUAAAAUAAAAUGUCAAAAAUUUCUCUCAAUACUUGAUGAAAGGAUAAUUAUAUUAAAAUAUAUAUUAUAAUUUUUUUAAUAUAACACCUGUACAGGGAGUGAAGAUGGGAAGACCAUAGAGAAUAGCUGUUGGUUUUCUGUCCAACCCAAGAUGUAUGUAUAUGGCUGAAGGAUCCUAUCGUAUGCUAAAGAUAGCAAUUGGUUUCUCCCAUUUUUACAUAUGGUCACUAAAAAAACUAUAUAUUUUUUAAAUACUUGAAAAAAUACACUUAAAAAAAAAAUAGUCCGAGGUGACAGUUGCCCUUUAAGAUCCCACAGAGCCCUACGCAGGUUACGGCACCCCCCUUCAUUCUUGACUUAGUGAUGGUGAAUUGGGCCAAGCAAAUUCAUUUCUCUGUCUCAGCCCCUGGCCAUGUAAGUUAGAAACUCUUCGAUAUCCCUCGGUACUGGGUCAGGCUCCUCCUCCGACGUCAAUGGGGCGAAACCUAAUGCGCAUGCGCUUGGAGUGCCGCACACACAUUAGGCUUCCACAUAGGAAAACAUGAGUCAACACUUUCCUACUGUGUUUUUUAACACGCUGGACAUCCUCAUGCACAGUGUUGUUUCAUGGAACCAAACUCCGUGAAUUAGCAGAAUGUGCCUCUAGAAGCUAUCGGAUAGGGAGCAACUAGAGGCAGUCUUAACACUAAAAUGUAAACAUUGCAGGGUUAAGGGACAUGGGACAUUGCACCCAGACCACCUCAAUGAGAUGAAGUGGUCUGGGUGAUUAUAGUGUCCCUUUAAAACUGAUGGUCUCAGUGGUUAUGAUUAUAUAAUUUGAUAAGUUUCAUGAAUUCUUGAGUUUGUAGUUUAUGGGUUAGAGAAACAGAUUUGACAUCAUGCCUAAUAUAGUGAACUGAAGUGACCAUUGAUGGGAAUAAGUUUAUAAAACACGUUUUCUCUUUGUUUCUAUACCUCAUUUGUUCUUACCACAUCUAAAAUAUGUUCGAUAACCAAUUAUAAUAUUGUGAAAUAUAAUAUUGUGAAAUAUAAUGUUUCUUCUGAAACUACAUUGCCUUUUAUAUCUCAUUUAUUCUUUAUAGUCUUCUUUAUUUAUCAUAAGAGCGUGUUUUGUCCAUUCCUAAUAUAAUGAUAGUUAACUAGAAUAUUAGUGGAUUCCUGAAUCAUUUAUGUUGCAGUUGGUUCCGAUGACAAAUCCAACUGGAAUGGGUUACAAGGAGGCGCUCAACCUGAUGGACCAGUCAUGGAACACACUUCUAGUAGGUGGAUCCUUGUGUUAAUUACAGUAGUUAUGAUAGCUUCCGUUAUACAAAGUCAGAGUUAUUAAACUUUGCAAUUGUAAGGAUAUCCAGCUCGGAUCACUUGGUCGUUUUCUAGAUUGGACUUAUCCAGAAAGGAAUAUUAUUGAUUGGGUUGUCAAAAGUAGAAGAAGGAUCUUUUUUAUUUUGGCUUGUAGUGGGAAACAAGCACAUUGGGGUAAGUCUGACUAUGGAAGAUGUUAGUUACCAUUCUAGAUGUUAUUUGUAAAUCUUAAGUUUUGAGUAGUUAUUAAGGUUUUCUACAUGUCAAAUAAUUGUAAUAUUACGAACACUGAUCUCAAAAACUACUGUGUUGGUUUGUUUGUGUCUAUAAAUAAUGAUUUCAUACCCCUUAGUAUAUAUAUACAUAUAUAUAUAUAUAUAUAUAUAUAUAUAUAUGUAUAUAUAUAUAUUAAAAUUUCAAUAUUGUAAUAAAGCAUUUUAAAAGUUUAUACAAAAAUAUUAAAUCAUUUGAAAAGCUUAUCCAAGACUUUUAAAUCAUUACCAUAUUCAGGGAUAUCUACUAAAGAGUGAAUUGCUGGGAAAAUGAUGUCUGCUUUAAAAUAAUUAAUUCUUAAAUGUGAAUCAUAUGUAAAAUGUAGAAUUCAAAUACUUAUCAAAACAUUGAAUUUCAUCUGAUUCAUUGAACAGAAUCAAUUUUGAAAAUACAUUUAACUGAUUUUUUUAUAUGGCAAGUCACGGAAAUUGGCUAUAUUUUCCCUUUAACAGUAUAAGGGUUAAUAUAUGUAUAUUUCAAUAUUAUAAAUUUGGUACAUAACAUACAUUCAUUUGAUAAUAUACAUUUCAUAACUUUAUAAAAUAUUUUUAGGACUUGACUCCACCAUGGUGUUAACCAUUUCUCAAAUCGAUACAACCAUCAUGAUAGUGUUUAAUUGACUCUUGUCAUAGAAUUGACCAUUAUCUGCCUGCAAAUUCUGUCCAACCAUGAAAACUUAGUUAAAAAAAAUUUGCUGCAGAUAGUGUCCAAGUCUUAUUUUAUUAUUAUCAGUCGUGUAUUUCCUUAAUUUAGUUCCCUAUUUCUUUUGAAUGGUUGCAUCUGGAAUAAAAUCACGUUAAAUCGGAAUCAGGAUUUACAAAAUCUGAAUAUUGCUAAGUGCUGCCAUCAUUGUCUGCAUUCUGUGGUCCAAAUUAACCCCCUAUGGUAUUGAUUAUUUUUUUAUAAUCCAAACUGGGGGAAUUUGACAUUUUAGUAAAUAAGCCCGAGGUGUGUUGCUUUGAAUUCUCCAACAUUCUCCUCUUUUACUUGUAAUGACAAUGCAGCAUCCACUAGCUACGUGUUGUGACAUGUGACUAAAUAAACACAGUGACAAUGGUUUAUUCACUCAUGGCUCACAUGUGCACACACUAACAAUCAUCGUGAUAUAAGCAGAACCACGUACACUGAACGUAAGGAAUAAUUUUUUUAUGUUAUCCUGUAAUUAGUCUCAUUAAUAUGUACUGCUGUUCCACAACAAACCAGCAUUAUACCUUGUAGUGGUAAACAAUAAUGCUGACUCAGGGAUGUUCACAACGUUCUAACAGCACAUGGUUUGCUGAAAGCAAUUGAAGAUUUUUUUCAAAAAAGAAUUGUUAACGUACAAAUGAGUUCACAACCAACGGAAAAGCUAAGCAGUCUCAGGUUUUUUUUCUAAAGUGAACGAUUUACAGUGAAUUUCAAAUUUAAACUAAAUGCAAAGAUGACUUAGAUAAUUUUUUCAUUUUAGCUAUUUUGAAAAAAAAUUGAAAUUUAAAUCGAAUUCACUUUGAAUUCUCACUUUAGUUAAUAAACCUGAAAAUUUUAACCCUUUACCGAUCGUUGGCAUUUCAUAAUGACAUCACAUUCUGUUCCGUAAAGAUUCUAUGUCAGCUGUUAAUGAACAAGUAGAAUAUUGCAUUUUGUUUUAGGAUCUUUAAAGGCACGGUUGUUUUCCCUUUAAGGGUGAUAACAUAAAACGCACACUCUGGAGAUUUUCAUUUAUUUUACUUCAUUACGUGUUUCCAAAUCUAUACCACUUAAAAAGGACAUCUGCUCACCCAAUAUCUUGAUGUUGACUGACUGCGUCUUUAAAUUGACGUUGAUAUGUUAAUUAAAGGAACACAAUAGUCACCUAAAUUACUUUAGCUAAAUAAAGCAGUUUUAGUGUAUAGAUCAUUCCCCUGCAAUUUCACUGCUCAAUUCACUGUCAUUUAGGAGUUAAAUCACUUUGUUUCUGUUUAUGCAGCCCUAGCCACACCUCUCCUGGCCAUGAUUGACAGAGCCUGCAUGAAAAAAAACUGGUUUCACUUUCAAACAGAUGUAAUUUACCUUAAAUAAUUGUAUCUUAAUCUCUAAAUUGAACUUUAAUCACAUACAGGAGGCUCUUGCAGGGUCUAGCAAGCUAUUAACAUAGAAGGGGUAAGAAAAUCUUAAUUAAACAGAACUUGCAAUAAAGAAAGCCUAAAUAGGGCUCUCUUUACAGGAAGUGUUUAUGGAAGGCUGUGCAAGUAACAUGCAGGGAGGUGUGACUAAGGUUCAUAAAAAAAGGGAUUUAACUCCUAAAUGGCAGAGGAUUGAGCAGUGAGACUGCAGGGACAUGUUCUAUACACCAAAACUGCUUAAUUAAGCUAAAGUUGUUCAGGUGACUAUAGUGUCCCUUUUAAGAGAACCACUACUAAACAGCCAGUUCAAGUGUGCUAUCGGGCUUAGUUUAAAUUGUUCAGUUUCAUCCUUGGCUACUGGUGAAUAAUGUGAAGUGAAUAAUGUGAUGGUUGGUAUUGACGUUCCUUUAAGAAUUAGCAACAAGAUUGAUGUUUUUAAAAUUUAACCCCUUAACGACCAAACUUCUGGAAUAAAAGGGAAUCAUGACAUGUCACACAUGUCAUGUGUCCUUAAGGGGUUAAGAAACAGUAGUAAAAAAUAAAAAAAUAAAAAAGGGGGGAUUUGUUUCAGUGUACUGGGCUUUCAAGUUCUUGUUUGAUUUAGAAAUGAUGCUUGCGUAUCGCCAAUUUCACCUCCACUGAUAACACUGACACAUUGACCUGCAGUCAGAGAAGGAGGUCCGUGUGCAGCCACGCAUUUUAGGGUGUGUGAGUUUGCACAUGCACUGUCGAUGAUCCAGGAGCUCUGACCGGUACUGAUUGGCAGCUCAAUUCAGUAAUGAGUUACGGUGGCGAAAACAAUAAAAAACAAAACAAAACGAAAAUGUAAAAAAACAAAAACAAGGCACAAUAAUAUGGUUGUUAUUGAAUGACCUUUAUUCCUUACCUGUUACUGUCUGGGAAGUUUGUUUUGCUCAUUUUUGUUAGUGAUGGUCAGAGUGUACCCAACACAACUUAAAAAGGAAUAUGAUAUUAAAAAAAUUGUAUUUAUACAAUGUAAAUAUGAUUCUAAUUCAUGAAACCAUUGUUUAACCCCUUAAGGACCCAUGACAUGUGUGACAUGUCAUGAUUCCCUUUUAUUCCAGAAGUUUGGUACUUAAGGGGUUAAGAUCAGAAUAGAUUUACAUUUCAGUGUGGGAGUGCCAUCCACGAGUAAUAUUCUUUGAGGUCACAUUUAAUUUACUUAAGCUUUGAUCUGGAUUUGACAUGAUUAUGUUUAAAUGGGAAUCAUAUGGAAGCAAAGUUUGGACAGAUUUAAGUUUAGAAAAGAGUCAAUUUAAAAAAAAAAAUCAAUCCUAAGUAGCAUUUAAAAUCACUAUUAAAAUAAAAAACAACUAAACGACGAAGCUAAUUUACAGAAAAUUGGACCUCUCUUUUUAAUCUUACUUAAAGGGACACUCCAGGCUCCCAGACCACUUCUGCCCAUUGGAGUGGUCUGGGUGCCAACGCCCAACACCCCUAACCCUGCAAGUGUAAUUAUUGUAAUUUUUAUAAACUGCAAUAAUUACCUUGCAGGGUUAAGUCCUCCUCUAGUGGCUGUCUAUCAGAUAGCCACUAGAGGGACGUCCAUCGGAUGGGGGGCAGGAGGGAGAGGGGCACUGCAGGGUUCUGCAGCAGGAAAACGAAUAUGUUUUCCUGGCACUGGAGAGUUCCUUUAACCCCUUAAGGACACAUGACAUGUGUGACAUGUCAUGAUUCCCUUUUAUUCCAGAAGUUUGGUCCUUAAGGGGUUAAAGGGUUCCGAAACCACCAUGACAACUUCAGUGAUUUGAAGGUAAAUGUAGUAAGCUUUACCCUUGCAGGCAGCAUGGUUUUCCCUCACCUUCCUCCUUUGCUGAAAUCGAUUUAAAAAUUAAAAAUCUCCUCCCUUCCCUCACCGGCUCAGUGUGAAAAGUGGAUAGUUCCAACUAUUGUAUUGAAUAAGGAAAUUGGAAAAUCUCCACUUAGUGAUGCAGAGCUACUUAUAGUGAUAUUGGCAAGAUAUUUAAAGGAACACUAUAGUCACCUAAAUUACUUUAGCUAAAUAAAGCAGUUUUAGUGUAUAGAUCAUUCCCCUGCAAUUUCACUGCUCAAUUCACUGUCAUUUAGGAGUUAAAUCACUUUGUUUCUGUUUAUGCAGCACUAGCCACACCUCCCUUGGCUAUGAUUGACAGAGCCUGCUUAAAAAAAAAUACUGGUUUCACUUUCAAAUAGAUGUAAUUUACCUUAAAUAAUUGUAUCUCAAUCUCUAAAUUGAACUUUAAUCACAUACAGGAGGCUCUUGCAGGGUCUAGCAAGCUAUUAACAUAGCAGGGGACAAGAAAAUCUUAAUUAAACAGAACUUGCAAUAAAGAAAGCCUAAAUAGGGCUCUCUUUACAGGAAGUGUUUAUGGAAGGCUGUGCAAGUCACAUGCAGGGAGGUGUGACUAGGGUUAAUAAACAAAGGGAUUUAACUCCUAAAUGGCAGAGGAUUGAGCAGUGAGGCUGCAGGGGCAUGAUCUAGACACCAAAACUGCUUCAUUAAGCUAAAGUUGUUCAGGUGGCUAUAGUGUCCCUUUAAGCUUCUUUCCAUUCCUGGAGGGUUAUUUUGCAAAGUGUACAGUCAAAAUGAAUUACAAACUUCAGGCCAGAGUAGCCAAAAUGAAAACAUAGCUGGCUGAGAACUUUUCAGGUUUGGCUAUUUUGACCCUAAUUUGAAAUUCAUUUUAAAUUCUCACUUUAGUAAAUAGCCCAGUAAGUGUUUUGUUUGUGCUCUGUUUUGCUAGGGUUGCUCUAAGCUAAAAGGGUAAUCCAGAUGUGGUCCCCUUUGAUCACUGAGUUUUAGGAGCUUGGGGAAUUAUCUGCACUUCAAAGAUGAGUUCCACUAAACUAAAACAAUCAUCUGGGGUGGCUGUUUCCCUCAUGUUGAGGCAUCUUGCCAGCAUUUCAGAUCUUGACUGAUGUUUGGGUAGGAUCAGUCCAAGAGGGGACUGAGAAAUAUUGGCCUGGUGGCAAUUAGAAUCAAAGGAAUUGCAUCUUUUUUUGUAUCCAAACCUCACAGAUGUUUUUCAGGAUGGUCCUUAUUAUACUAUGCUCAUCUUAUACAGUUUUGAAAAAUGAGAUGCAGGCUGGGGUAGAGAUGUAUACUGGAUCGCUCUCUUCUAUGAAGGCUGCCUUUAUUUGGCUCCCUCUCCCACCCUAACAAGCAAGGUCUUGCAGGGGUUAUGACAGUGAUGUCACAGCCUCACCUGCUCUCCUAUGGGUGGUGCAGCGGCCCAACAGCCAGGAAGGAGAACAAGCAGGUCUGUAGUCUCCUUCUCACAAGGGUCGCUGCACACACUGCUAUAGUAGCCCUCUCCCUCAGCGUGAAAAUGGGUUGGUCGGUAAGGGAGAUCUUUGAUCUCCCCACUGGCCGUAAUGCACAUCUCAUACCUACUGCUCCCAGGCCACCGUCUUGGUGAUCUUAUGGGAAAUCCGACCCUGGACGUACGUCAUAAUAUAUUUAUAUAUAACCCAGGAAAGGUCUGGUUGCCACCUGGGAAGUGCACAAAAGUGUGAUGUUUAGAGCCUAUAUCUGAAAAGGCUCUAAAAAAUGUGAGUUUGGAUUUAAUAUCUACUACACCAUUCCACUUUAUAACAGAGUUACACUAUUAGUGUUUUUUCUUCAGUUUCUGUUUUAUAUAUACCACUCGACCCCCCUAUAUUUGUUGAGGGGUAAGUCUUGAUUCAAUUUCAUAGCGCUGCACUCCCUCUUGGUUGUUUUAUUUGGUGGGUAUAUCACCUUAACACUGAGUUUUGUUCCUUUUGUGUGUUUUUAUUUAAGCGUUGGGUUUGUGGAGUGCCCAAUUGAGUGUUUAGCAGCUAUUAUACGUCACGAUUCUAUAAACGCCUGUUAAUCACUUUUCUGUGUGUUUAAAAUUGUUCUUCAGUAUUCAUUGUAUGUUGGCAUUAUGCUCAUAUAUAAACAUAAUUUGGGAAUUUGGGUGACAUUUUAGGAAUCUACAUUCCCACUAAUGCCAUCAACGUCCUAACAGCUACCUAGAAGCAGGGUAUUUGGCCAUUUUUAUUUAUCUCUGCCUUUAUGUUCACCUUACCUUCAAUAUUGCAAGAUAAGAAAUACUCUCUACUUUAUAAAACUUUGUAUCAUUCCAAAAGGUCCGCAUCGGAUGAAUAUAUAAAAGAAGUACUUUGUGCAAAUUUGUAUUUCUGAACACCAAUCUAUUUACAAAACUGUUUUUUGUUUUUUCUGUGUUUAUAUACUGGUUACUCAUCUUUGGUUUGAAAUAUGUUAUGCUAAUUUAAUUUAAACAAAGGCAGAUUGAAGAGGUUAAAUUAUAAUCAGAAGCAAACAUUUAAAUACCAGUAUAAUGUCAUACCUGCCGGGUAGUAGAGCAGUUUCCAUCCUAACUAACUUAGAUUAUGUAAACCUUUCCUGAUUCGGUCAACAUAAAGAGUCAUGUUGUUCACUCCUUAGAAACCUGACAUUAUAUAACAGAUACCUGUUUGUGUCAUAUACAAAAUAUGUUCCACACAAAAAUAUGUAUAAAAUGUACAAUAUAUUACAUGACUAGGUAUUGUUUGUGUCUUGAAGUUGAAGUCAGAAUUGUGAAUCAGGCAGGGCUAUUUAACUAGACAUGUAUUUUCAGAAACUGGUAAGGGAAUUUCAAAGUUCGGGUCAAAAUAGCUGGGAUUGAAAGACAUUUGAAUUGGAGAUGUUUUUCCUUUCUUGGUCAGUUUCAGGCAGACAUAGUUCAGAGAAUAACUGAGCUUAGUCUUCAUCUUAUAUGAAAUCAUUUUCAGGGAAAAGGCACCCAGGGAUACCUCCAGUGGCAGCCACUCAGAUGGCCACUAGAAGUGCUUCCUUGGGGCAUUGGCGUUCAGCAUCUCCACGCACUGCAUGGAGACGCUGAACAUUUUUCAUACAGUUGCAUUGCUUCAAUCCAUCUCUAUAAAGAAAUUCUCACUGGCCAGCGCAGCUUUUGGCACCCUACCUCCUUAGCUGAGAUCAUCAGAAUUGACAAUCUCAGCCAAUCCAAUGCCUUUCCAUAGGAAACCAUUGGAUUGGCUGAAAUCUCAGCAAAGGAGGGGCCAGUAACGUUCGACCCACACAGUGCUGGAAUAAGGGAAAAUGUAUUACCUUUUUAAAAUAGGCAAGGGGGGUAUAUAGUGUUUUUAACACUAUAUGGUCGGGAAUACACGUUUGUACUCCUAACCAUAUAGUGUUCCUUUAAUGAUGCUGCUGGAGGUGUAACACCACUCCCGUAACUGUCAUUAGUACUUUGUUAGCCAUCUUAAAACAAGACUUCCGGGCUGGUUUAUGCCAAUUCUGUGCAUGUUUUAUGGGCAGAGUAUCAUUCAUUUCCUGAGAGCACAAAUCUGACACUUAUAAUAAUUAGAUUAAUAAUAAUAAUUUGCGAUAUUUAUAGCGCUUUUCUCCCUGUGAGACUCAAGUACUUUACAAAUAUACAAACAUAAAGACAUAAAUGUUAGGAGUUUCUGGAGGUCAGAUGAGCGGACUGAAUGCCUGAUGGAAGAGGUGGGUCUUUAGCUUUUUUUUUUUUAAGUCUGUAAGGACGGUGCCUCUCUGAUUGUACACGGUAAAGAAUUCCAAAAUGCCAUGGAACCUGUCUGUCUUUAUUCUUGGCACUGACAGGAGGGAUUUACUGGCUGACCGACGUGAUCGGGAUGGAAUGUAGGGUGUCGGGAGCUCUUUCAGGUACUGUGGGCCUUGAUUGUUUAAGGCUUUGAAGGUUAGCAGGCCAAUUUUAAAAUAGGUUUGCCAUUUAAUUGGAAGCCAAUGCAGAGAGUGGAGAACAGGUGUUAUGUGGCAGGAGCAAGUUUGAUUGGUCAGUAGUCUGGCUGCUGCAUUGUGUACAGUCGAUGGAAGAUGAUGGAGAGAAUUUAUUUAUAUAUAGGAUUCAUAAUAGGAAAAUUAAUAUAUGAUUUAACUGAAAUUUUGUGUAAAGACCGAUGUUCAAAAACGCCUACAUAUCAAAAACCAAUGAUUUUAAUUGUCUAUAUUUUUGGCCAACCUUUGUUCACACUUUGCAGAAGAUAUAUGGUAUCCCUUAUCUUGCCGUAUUUUAGCCUAAGUUGCAACAGUAACAUAAAAGUGAAGAUACUAUUUUUCACUUAAAAUCGGUGUUAAAAAAAGUAGAAAAAUUAAGAAAACUUAUGUCCAUUUAUCAAGUACACAAUGGCAAUUUUGUGAAAACAGCUUUCUUAAAAUACCACCGAUAUGUCAAAUAAAAUCUAUAUUUAGGCUUUAUCUCAAUUUACAGUGAGUACAGUUACAACAUGCAUGUAUACUGUACAGGCACUGCCGACUGCUAUUGCACUUAAUUAACAUAUUGCUAGGAUGGAAGUGGAUGACAUGAUACCCACUAAUCAUAGCUAGAUCUAAUUCUGGACAUCUCUGCAGCCGAAUCUGAUGUCAGAUGUUACAUAGCUGAAUGUUUUACUGAUGCAAAUCGUUUGACCUCAUUAUUGCCAUAAUCUAACCAAGCAUCAACUAUGUGUCAUCGCACCCACAACUUUUGGUACAGUAAGUCUGACACAAGUUGAUGGCAUUACUUGGUAUGCUUGAUCUAGCAUUAAGCUUGGCCAUUCUAGUAUAUCUCUAAUUAUAUCAGACAUCAUUUUUAUAUGGCACUUGAAAUAAACAGUCAACAGUAUAUAUUAAAUUAUUAUAUAUAUAUAUAUAUAUAUAUAUAUAUAUAUAUAUAGAUAUAUGUAUAAUUAUUAUAUAUAUAUAUAUAGUAAAAUUUAGUUUUUUGUAUUGCAUUUUUGAUUGAUUGCCUAUUAUUUAAAAUGCUAUCCAUGUGGUAAUUUUUCUUUUAUGCGCAGUAAUAUUUUUCAGUGAUUUGUACAAAGGGAUCUUCCCCUUAAAACACACUGUUAGACUAACUUGUACUUUUUUCAGGAUCAUGAGUAAAGGUCCAAGUGACGUGGUGCCUCUUCUGGUGAAAGACAGAAUUGUGCCUGGAACACCUCCGAGACCACACAAGCAUAUGGAAAAUGGGAUGAAAAAAGGGUAAGGCUUGAUGAAGUAUAAUUUAGAAGUUAGUAUCUAAAAGCAUUAUAUAGGUAUUGAAUUAAAAAUGAUUGCAAGAGAAAAAUAAAGCAAAAAAGAUGUUCUGUGAUAGGCACUUAAUAUAUAUGAAGAAAAAUAUACAAAAGCUAUUACCACACUUGAGUAGGUUCCUCACCAACUAUAUACACUAAAAACACAACAAGUAAAGUGGAGCGCUAGGUAAAUAAACUUGAUUUUUCUAUUUUUGUAUGUACGUUGCCCUGACAAACGAUUAACACGAGUAGAGCAGAGAUGAUGUAACAAAUGCGUCACUUCUGGUUUGCGAGAGACCAUAUUGAUGGAGCAGUGAAAAAAUGACAUGUAACGCAGAUCAGUUAGACAAUAAUUAAUCGCACAUCAGUGUGAUAGAAAGAAAACGCUGACUAAGCUUGUUUAAAACUUUGUUGAUAGUUGACUCCUGGAAUGAUUGUAUCAAGAUGGUUUACUCACUGAACUCUGAAUUGUUGCAAAUUAAAAUCCAAAUGGCAAAAUUUAGACACUGUAGCAUUUAUCAGCUCUUUUAGCCUGAAUUUUGUCAGAUUUUAAUUCCUUACAAUUUGGAAUUUAGUGGAUCAUAACGAAGAGCUCACAUCCUCUUCUGUGGUGCUAAUUAUAAAAUAUUUCAUUUUUUUUAAAAAAACAUAGAAGUAAGCGUAAAAAAAGGUUAUUUACCAAAGUGGGAAUUCAAAAUGAAUUCCAUAUUUAAGGUCAGAAUAGCUGAAAUGAAAGCACAGCUGUCUUAAUGUAGCUGUUCUGGUGAGUAUAGUCAGUCCCUGUAGGCUUUUUGCUGUAAACACUGUCUUUUUAGAAAAAAUAAUAGUGUUUACGUUGCUCCCUAGGAACACAUCCUGUGGCCACUCCUCAGACAACCACUGAAGGUGCUUCCUGGGUCAGUGCUACACAUUUUGCAGCACUGAUGUUCAGCGUCACUAAACUUUCCCCAUAGGAAUGCAUUUAUUCAAUGCAUCUCUAUGAGGAUAUACUGUUUGGUCAGGGCGGUGUUUGGCUCUGCCCACCAGGUCCACCUUCUUGGCUAAGUUCAUCAGAAUUGAUGAUCUCAGCCAAUCCAAUGAUGUCCUAUAGGAUAGCAUUGUGAUUGGUUGAGAUUAUCAAUUCUGAUUAUGUUAGCCAAGGAGGCUGAUCAGGGGCCAGGCCAGUGCCGGCAGAGCCACGUGGAGCUGGAAAUAAGGUGAGUUUUAACUAUAUUUAAGGGGACAAGGAGGUGCCAAGGAAGCUAAAUAGUGUUUUUAGCACUAUAGGACCAGGAAUACACAUUUGUAUGCCUGACCCUAUAGUGUUUCUUUAAGCAACUGUUCAUUAAGUCCUCUAGGACUUGACCUUAAAUUUUAUAUUCUCUUUGAAUUCUUAAUUUAGUAAGUAAUCAUGAAAGUGAUCACUACUGAUCAGAAUUCAACAAUGCAUAUUUCUUACAAAUGCAUUUUAAAGCAGGAAACUCUGUUUUCCUAAAUACCAGCAAAUGAGAAUUUGCAUUAAUGCAAAUAUUGCAUGAUUAAAUUAAUUCAAAUCCAAUUAUAUGUUUAGAAUCAGCAAGUAGCUGACCCGGUUAAAGAAACGCCCACACCCUGCAGCUGAGGUACCAUUACGUAACAUAUACAUAUCUCCAGCUGUUGACUAACAAUAGUCAGUAGGAAGUAUUAAAGAAAACUGACAAUUUUUUAUCAUAAACUAAAAUAAAAAAUUCCAUACAUUGUAGACACCGUGCAUUAAUUUGUAAUUCCUUCAUAUAAUUAAAUACGUUUUCAGUGUUAAUAAAACAUUAUAGUUUUCCUUUAAGAGGUACAUUGGUAAAGCGCCACUAGCACCCCAAAACUUACCUUUUCCCAAUUGCUUCUGCUUCUUUUCCUAUUGUCCCUCCCAGCCCCCACCCAGUAGUGGCAGGUGGAGGCCCUAAAUGAUAAUGGGGAGUCCCCCCAGCCCACAACUAUUAACGGCAUGUAGGGGACCUAAGUAAUAAAAGGAGGGGGGUCCUUUUGUUACAGCCCCUGCCCAUUCACAGUGGGAGCCCUAAAUGAUAAUGGGGGUCCAACCAGACCCCCUCCCAUUGGUGGCAAAAGACAAGGGGUCCUCAAGCCCCUAAUCACCCCCUCAAUAAAUAAAUACCAUAUCUCACUCUAAUAAAAGUGUGGGAGUGGGGUAAAAGAAAACAUUAAUACUUACCAUUAGAUAUCUUCUCUGUUUCUUGACCCAAAAAAGGCCAAAUAAAAAUCCAUAAUAUCCCAUCAUCAUAAACCCCUACCUAGAAAUCUUCAGUCAGAUCAUUUUCAGUAGACCCUUGAGUUUUUAUGUGUAAAUGUAAAGGGGCACUUCAUUGCUACAUGUGAAGAGUGUGCUGUAUGUGUGAAGAGUGACUUUUUUUUAUUCUACAAAAAUUGCAGAUUUCAAAAGAAAUGGCGCCUUUAUAAAUUAACAUUGUCACACCCAUGGCUGUCAAUUCAUAAUAUUGUUUUUUUCAAGCCUGCUAAUGACUUAGGAAGUUAUUUGAGGAGUUACACAAAACUAUUGUAAUAGGUAAUACCACUUGUCUAUUCAUCAUGAUUAUAAUGGUAUAAUUAAAAUGUUGCUGGGCUGAUUCACAAAUAUAAACACACUGUGGUUCGUCAUUAACCCAACUGGUUAGUCUACGUCCUGCCCUUAUCUGUAGGUAUCAUCCUGAGUAAUCUGCCCUUCACUCAGUCUCAUCACAAAGUUCUAGCUAGGUCUUCAGAGCUGGAAGAGAUGCUCCACUAGCUAAGGGGACUUUUAAUAUAUUGAUUUCUCAUUGGAUCUCUAAAUAAUGGGUAACUUUCUGGGUCGCAAGACUCUUGCGCGUAGAUUUCCCAGGAGUAAGUGUAUGUCUGUUUCUGAUUUCAGUGACACUCCGGACUUCCCUCUAGUCCCCAGCAAGUCAUCGCUGAUUGUGUUCACAACUAAUAUGGAUUCUAAAAUAAAAAUGGGGUAAGUAAGCAUAUUCAGCUCAAAACAAUAAACUUUUAUGGCAGCCAUGUGCAUUAUAGAAAUUCUAAUACCUUACAGAGAUUUAACAGGAUUUCUGCUUUAAUAUCUUUAAGAAUUAUCAUUGAUAAGUUUUCUUACUGGUUUAUUUACUAAACAACAAACUGUGCCAAAAUAAACUCCAAAUCGCUAAAUUUUUGGUCAACAGAACUUAUCUCGAGAAAUGUCCAUCCAAUUCUAUAAGCUGUAUUCACGGUUUGGCUUCAGCUUAAAAAAUAUUGCCUUUCAGCUUUCAAUUUCUUAAAAUCUGUAGAGUUGUAAAUAUUUUCAAAAGAUCUAGUGUAAAUGAAUUUUAAUUUAAUGCAAUCGUGGUCUGUAUAUGUGAUAUGUUAUUACUAGCUGCAAGAAUACACUGACAAUACAUUUCUGAAACUAUAACCAGUUGACUAAAUUAAAUAAAAAAAACUGUAAACCAGAUUCUUAAAAGGUUAUGCAGAGGUUUUUGUUAUCAUACUUGUAAUUUUUUCAUGUUUUAAUCGUUUAUAUGCUGUACAUCACAAAGGGUUAAUAAAUAAGUGGUUAAUUGAAAUUGCUUUGUCCUUCUAUUAAAUAGUCACAUUUGGCAUAUUCAUAGAAAAAUGCCUAGUAUUUAUUUUAAAAUGUAUUUUUGGCAUGCACUUUUGUGACAUUAUAUUAAAGUAACAUUUUGUUUUCAUGAAUAUGGGAAAAAUCCCAAAUAUGACAAAACUGAAGAAAAAAUAACAUUUAGUUGAAUUACAAUAUUUGACAUAAUUAUAAAUGCUUGCCCAUAUGAAUCUCUUUUUUUUUUAAAAUUAUUAUAUUAAGACUACAAUCAGCAAGAACAUUCAAUUGAUUCACUUGGUAAUAGACCUACAUUUUUUUAAAUUUCCCCCAGAAUGCUUUUUAAAUACAUCCGCCCCCUCCCCCAUUAAAAAAAACCUAUUGGGAUAGCAAGUUGGAGGACCACUAAUUUUGCUAUUGUGUGAGAUUUAUAAAACCAUCUUUGAACGGAUACAAUUAAGCUCCUGGAGCUUGUCUAAAUUACUCCAGCAAAUCCCAAAUUUCUCAGGAACACUUUCCCUAUAAAUUGCUAUGGCAUGGUAUUCAUUGAAUAGAUACAAAAUUAAUUCCAUUGCAAUAAAUAAAUAUGAAAAAGUCACAUAUUAUAAUAAUGACCAACCCCUUCUCUGCACUAUGCCAGAGGAGUCCUACUCCCCAGUAUAACAACAACAUUAAACCAACUCCCAGUAUUAUUAAAAAAUUACAGCAUUGUCUUAAAUUUUAACCCUUCACCUGCUGCAAAACUAGUGAAUUGAAUAUAUGGGGACCUUUGUGCAGGCCCCACUUAUAGACUGUGGGCCUCUAUAUCAUCACAUGAUAUAUUUAUAUAUAUCUAUAUAUAUAUAAACGGCAAAGGCUUGCACUCCUGGUCAGUUGCAGUAAUGCCCGGUGCUGGUCUGGAAAAUCGUGUAUAUACAGCAGAAAGAACCGCACUCCAUGGACUUUGUUGAAAGUUGAAAUAAAAUUUUACUUUUAUUUAAUCCAUUUAAAAUGAUGUCGACAUUUCAGCUCCUCCAAAAAGAAUCCUUGACAAACUCGUUGCAAUGCCCCCUGCGUUGAAUGUUCUUUAUAGCAGUGUUGGCUAUCAAAAGGAUAUUGAAAACUCCUUUCUCACCCAUUACAUCUGCAGUAAUUGACUAAUAAUAUAUUUUGGUUGGUUUUGGGGCAAUAUGAAUCUGGGAUUUUUGUUCCCCAUGGAUUCCCGAAGAGUUGAUGAAAAAGGGGUGUUGUCCUAAUAUGUAUGGUUGGGUCACUGACAGCCGCUCUUUCUGUUUUUGGAUAUCGUUGGUUUUUUUGUUUGUUUUUUGUUUGUUUUGCUUUUAUCAAUAUGUUAUUUGAACUUUUAUUUUUUCCUCUCCGAUUAGUGACAGCAGGAAAAGUGAGGAUAUUGAUUCCCCGCAAACACCUGCAAACCCUUUGCUAAGGUACGGUAUAAUUUGUUAAUACGGUUUGUUGUGUCAGGGUGAUAUAGUAGGUAGUCAUGCUAACCCAUCUGAACUUCAUUGUCCACUGCUUUAAAUCCCACAAGACCUUUUUCCAGUCUUACUUUGUUCCCUCUGAGUUCGGGGAAUCAGAGUUGUGACUAUAUUUAGAAUAUACCCGGAAUCAGUGAUGGUUGGUGAAGUUUAAAGAUGAUGGUGAGCUUGACUCUGCCUCGUGACUUGUUGGGCUGUGCACACUUAGCACCAUCAACAUUUAGAUAUAUGAUUAUAAGAAACAACUCUCACUUUAAAGAGGUCUGACUCAAUCCCCUGAAGUUUUUACCCAUUGACAGUCCUGGAAGACCAAGCUAUAUGGAGCUUUCUUUUAUAGCAUUCAUAAUCUGACAGCCCAAUGCAACGCCAAUGGAUGGAAUCUAGUUAGAGCAGACUAAGCUUUCUGAGGGGGUCUAUACCCAGUAGAUGAUAAAUUUUACUUUAAAAAAGUCUAAAAUCUUGAUGUGAUUUGUAUUUGUGUGCCAUCUCUAGCAAUCAAUAAAGGGGAGAGAGAUGGAUCAGCAGAACAUAAUCUUUCCCUAAUACUUGUUUGUCCUAAUUGUGUGCCAUCUCCAGCAAUCAAUAAAGGGGAGAGAGAUGGAUCAGCAGAACAUAAUCUUUCCCUAAAACUUGUUUGUCCUAACUGUGCAAAUAGAUUUCAUUUUUUUAUAUAACAAUAACUGGGGGAACUGCCCUAUCUGCCCUUGUGAACCAGCCUCUAUUGCCUAGAACAUGCACUGCUUAAUAAAGGUGCUGCUGUCAAGACUUACCUCCCAGCAUUUCAAAUGGACAAAGAGGAGCACUUCAAUUCCUGGGUGUUAGUAGGAGUGUGGCAAGGAUGGAAGUAUUUUAAGUGAUUUACUAAAAACUAUUUAUGCAACUAAAAUGUAAUUUAGAACAAGAACAAUGGAUAUUAUUUACACAUACUGAUUUCUUAACACAUUUAUAAAUACAUUACUGGCAGUACUAUUGUUUUUGAGCACUAGUAUAAAUUCAGACACCAAAAAUUCUGAGCAGCUGAGCUCCUAGCAAAUAUAGGGACUGUCCUUUCUACAUAGGGACAAUUGGGCGGUAUCCUAAACCUCAAUACUUGCUGCUUCAAGAGACUCACAUAACUAGUUCUUCAUUAUGAUCUUCCACUUACACAACUUUGCUUGACGAUUUUAAUUAGAUACAGACAUUAAACGUAGUGACCUCUCCUCCCAUCUGAUCUGCUGUUCUUACUUUUGUGUUACUUUAACCAUUUCCUUGUAGAUAUUAGGAUGAUUUGAUAAUUAAAAUAUUCCUUGUAACAGACACAACAUAUAUUACCUAGCUACAAAUGAUAAAACAUUGUCAAUGAACUGCCAAUGUUUUUUUUACUAAUUUAGGGAAGGGACUGGAAUAAACCCUCGAGGGAAUAUACGAAGGCCUCCAAAAAACCUUCUGUUUAAGACAGUUUCUGAAGGUGAUGAGGAACAAUUAAAGAGGCUUCUCGUAGAAGCAAAGGAAUCAUCUGCUGGGCUUACAGAGAAGGGCGCACAAGGUAAGAUUACUGAGUCACCUGGUUCCUAAUUAAAUUUGUGAACUCACCAAAAAUGUCUUCCACUGUUAAUUGAGGGGCAGAAUGGGAAUAUGGCAAUGGUAAUUAUAAAGGGGAUAACAUGCUUCACCUUCCAGAGGUCCUAAUCUCAGUUUUCUCAAAAGGUUAAACCGAGCCUUCAGCAUGUAGGAACCCUUAGUGGGACGCUAGCCUGCAUGGCCUAACCAGCUUACAUCUAGCUACUGAUGUCCUUAUAAAUGGUGAUAUAAACGGGGACUGAUUGUAGCCUCCCAGCACCAAUGAGCAGUUAAACUUUUACAAACUAUACCGCGUAAAGAAAUUAUUAGCCUGAUUCUGGGAGAAUGUUUUACUGUUUUGAUAACCAGUUAUUUUGAAUUCUGUUUCGGUAUGUCAAGUGUACGGCUCUCGGGCAAAUAAAACAAUGUUAUGUGUCAUAUGCAUCUCUACCAUAAUAUCGUGACUUUUCAUGUUGUAUUCAUAUCUAAACUGUAUGAUUACAAAAUUAUAAAGAGUUUAAAAAAAAGAAAGGGGAUAACAUUUAUUCAAAGUUUUAUAGGAAAACUCUGGUCACCAUGACAACAUCAUCUAAAUGAAGUUGUUAUGGUAUCAGGAGGUGUCCUUGCGCACUCUUACCUUAAGGGGUUAAGCCAUUCUUGAAUUGUUUACCCUCAAAUGUUGUCUCAAGCACAGAUCUCCAGUUCCUAAAGGUGGCAUCCAGGUUCUGAAACUGAGAACACUAAUUGGGAAAUGCUGCUCUAGGUAAUUGCUGCCUCUUGAGUUUAGUUUCAAAGUUUUAUAGGAAAACUCUGGUCACCAUGACAACAUCAUCUAAAUGAAGUUGUUAUGGUAUCAGGAGGUGUCCUUGCGCACUCUUACCUUAAGGGGUUAAGCCAUUCUUGAAUUGUUUACCCUCAAAUGUUGUCUCAAGCACAGAUCUCCAGUUCCUAAAGGUGGCAUCCAGGUUCUGAAACUGAGAACACUAAUUGGGAAAUGCUGCUCUAGGUAAUUGCUGCCUCUUGAGUUUAGUUUCACUGAGCUAAACUACCAGGAAGUAACAGAACGGAUUGUCUGAUUGACAGCCAGGGAGGGUGUAACAAGGUUCAUUUAAAAAUGUGCCAAUUUCUAUUGAAAUCUGCAUUUUUUUGUAAAAUGAAAAAACAGGACACACUCUUCACACAUAAAGCACUUCAGCAACCUAACGUUCUUUAAGGGUUCAGCGUGUCCCUCCAAGAAGGGGUAAUAACAGUGUUAUAUCUAGGGUUACCAGAUCCACCAUGCUUUCAGGGAAAUACAUCACAUAUACAUAUUGAUGGGCAGCACAUGCAAAGCACAGAAGAACGUGUAAAAUAUUAAGUAAGUAAGCAAUGGUGAAUCCUGCGGAAUAUGCAUUAUACAUACUGCAGGGAAACCCUUUCAUGUGUUUUCAUAUAUAUCACAAAAUUAUAUGUGCCCCUGAAAACAUGGUGGGUCUGAUAAUCCUUGUUAUACCCAGUGCCUCUGUGUGAUUGAAUAAUUGUUUUUUUUAAAUAUAUCAAUGUGUUUCCUUGCUGCUGUUAAAGUAUCAGUAAGGGAAUGGUUAAGCAAAAUGUGAAGCAUCGUGUCUUGCAUUAAAAUUAGAUUUCAACCUCACCCAUUCUUCAAAAUGAAGCAGUUACCUCUAAUCCAGCAGUAAUCUCUGCUCCACCCCUUCUCAUCACGAGUGAGGCUCAACCUGGUUAAUCUUUUCCACAGAGAAGCACCGAGGUUCUAUUGAGUAUUUGCAGCCAAUAGAAUGCUAAGAGAAGCACUGAGUUCCACGUUGAAGAAACUCUCAAAAUGAGUACAGAAAAGCAUCCGUCCAGCUCUCUGAUUGAAAUCUGGGAGUUUGCAGCCCAAAAAGAAUGCCAAAGAGACAAAAGGGGACACUCUGUUUACCCUUAAAACACUUCACCACAAGUGCUUUAGGCUUUUGAAAUGUUACUAUUGCCCUAAACUUAUAUUAUGUAAAGUAAUGACAUAAUCACAUUACUAUAAUGAUGGCAAAUGUUUUAUGUCAUGAGUCUGUCGAUAUUUUUACGCAGAAUCCUGUUUUGUCCUUCAGCAGUCAAUCUGCUUUUGAUCUAAAAUGUUAUCGGCUUCUGAGUUUUUUUAAUGGCUAUUUUUUCAUGAUAGAAAAAUAAAACAGGUGAAAUAACAGCAAAGUUAUUCACAAAUCACUUACAUAUAUAUGCCUGUUUUACUUGAAUGUUUCAGAUUUUUUCAUGUACAAGCUGACAGCAAAGGACACCGGAAAAACCUGUUUGAUGAAGGCAUUAUUAAACAUCAAUGAAAACACGCCUGAUGUUGUGCGUAGCCUCAUUUCGUUCGCGGAAGAAAACAAUUUCUUGGACAGAUUUAUUAAUGCUGAAUAUACGGAAGAAAACUACAAAGGUAUGUUCUAAAUUGGUAUCUGGGUGAUGCUUGGGUUCUCGCUCUCAAUAUACCUUCUUUAAGAACUGUUCUUUUUUUUCUCUUGUACGUUCUAAAAUUCCCCGCAUUCAAGACAAAUUGACCUCUGAAUAUUAUGUCUUCUAGGUUUAAAAAAAAUAAAAAUAAAAAUUCUAGGUUCUAAAAAAUAGCUGUUUGAAACUAUCUGAUGAUAACGGAUUUCACGUUAUUUACUAUAUAUAUAUUAAAGAAAAAUUAUUUGUAAUAAUUCAGUUUACUUACCUUACCUUAGUUCUUCAGCAUAAUGCGAUAAUAAUAAUAAUAAUUUUGUUUUAAUGAAUAUAUAAUAUAUAGAUGUAGAUACGGCUUUAUUUCUUUUUCGCUCUGUUGGAUACUUUUUCUCACUUGAUCUGUGAACCAAAUGGCAGUAAUGAUUGUUACAUUGAUACAUUUUUGAUUUUCGGAAAAAAAAAAUGGUUCAGACAAACUGAAUUUUUCCACCAUUCACAAGUCUAGUGUGGUGUUAGAGUGAAUGGUGAGCUGUACGUGUUUUUGAAAGUUAUGUGUUUGGAGACUGUUUGUGUUGUGUGCAUGCUUAGCUUGUGGGUAAAAAGGAGGAUAAGAUCACUGGUGGUCCGGUGGGGGAAGUGUGAUCUGCACCAUAGAAGCCAGUGCUAUGCACUGACACACCUGCCUUAAUCAUUGCAUUGAGCAGGUAACCUAGCAUGAGGAUGCUGGAAAUUGUAAAAAAAAAAAAAAAUAACAUCACAUGGGAUUAAUAUUUCAGCAAAAUAAGCUUAGGCCAGAUUUGGAACAGUUGGGUUAAAUUCAUUGAUGAAUGUUAUUUAUCUUAAAUGAAUGCAAGAUGUAUGCAUGACCUGUGUUGUGAUUUUAGAACACGUUGUAAUUGUCUUAUAAAAAGAAUGGUUCUAGUAAAAUUCGCAUGUUAAAAUUAUAAAAUUUGCCUUUCAGGUCAAACUGCACUAAAUAUAGCCAUCGAAAGAAGACAAAGUGAUCUUGUGAAAUUCCUAAUUAAGAAGGGAGCCAAGAUUAAUGUGCGGGCUCAGGGACGCUUCUUUAACCCAAAGAAUAAACAUGAAGGAUUUUAUUUUGGUAAGUUCUACAAGAUACAGAAUUUAAAAAAUGUUGAUAAUAACUUGUUUAUUCCAGGGGGAGAUUAAUAAACCUGUAGCUAGAACCGUAGUAAACCAGUAGAAUGUCCCUGUUACUUUUAUUUGCUUCUAAUGGGAUUUUAGAGUUUUAUUUCCGCUUUUCUGAGAUAGUCUCUUUUCUGUUGAGAAAAUAUAUGAUUUAUCGUAGUGAGACACUCGACACCCAUAAGAUUAAGACAGUAAAUGCUUACGUUCUACUGCACAGGUGAAACUCCACUGGCCUUGGCAGCCUGCACCAAUCAACCAGAGGUGGUACAGCUACUUAUGGAAAACAACAAGACAGAUGUUACCAUCCAGGACUCUUUGGGAAACACCGUCCUCCAUGCUUUGGUGACUGUAGCUGAACAUUCCGAGGCACAAAACGCCUUCAUAAUACGCAUGUACGACACAAUUCUGAUGACUUGUAAGAAUAAGUCUUUGGAAAGCAUUGUAAACAAUGACGGUCUGACGCCGAUGCAACUCGCCGCCAAAACUGGAAAGACAGAGGUAAACAUACUGAGUACCUAGAAUUUCAUCUUAGACUUUUAUAUUUCCAAGGUCAAUAAAAUAUAUUCAAUUAAGUCGGGUUAAAAAAAAUUAAUCCUCUCUUAAUCAGCUUCUGAUAUGGUUAAAUUAACUAGUACGUUCUAAACAUGUUCUAUAUCUCUCUUCAGGAGAAAUGCAUUAUAUAGAAAUGAAUGUUUAUUAGUAUUAUAAUUAGGAGAAAUAUUGAUUUUAUUAAACUUAUUACAAGUUUUAGCAAUAUCAAACAGUAUUAAUAUGGGCUCUUUCUUGUGAAUUCAAACAUAGACCAACAAUCUCUGUUUAAUUUGAAAACUGCACCAUUUAUUCAGUUAAUCCAAAUACUUGGAAAAUAAUUUAGGUUGCAUAGUUUCUAAUCCGUGUUUUUAUCUUGUAUUUUUAGAUCCUGCAUUACAUACUCAGCCGAGAAAUAAAAGAUAAAGAAAAUCGAGUACUCUCUAGAAAAUUCACAGACUGGGCCUAUGGACCUGUCUCGUCGUCUCUGUAUGACUUGAAUGAUAUAGACACUACCUCUCGGAAUUCACUACUUGAAAUUGUGGUUUACAACACAAAUAUUGAUGUAGGUUCUGCUUUUUUUAAUUCCACCAUGUGUGCAAUUUUAUAUGUAUAUAUAUAUAUAUAUAUAUAUAUAUAUAUAUAUAGAUAGAUACACACCAAGUGGUAUGGUGUGCUAGUACUGUUAUACUAAAAUAUAUUUAUAUUAUCUUUUUUGGCUUUUUUUUUUUUAGAACCGACAUGAAUUGUUGGCCUUGGAGCCUCUUCACACGUUACUUCAAAUGAAAUGGAAAAAAUUUGCAAGAUAUAUGUUCUUUAUGUCUUUUCUACUCUCCUUCACAUACAACAUUGUCCUAACUCUUGUCUCAUAUUACCGACCGCGUGGCGAACAGGUAAAACGCACAGUUACAUUUCACAGUACCAUUUUUAUGAUGAUAACUUUUAAUCUAUACAUUUGCAGAAUAUUUGCCAGCACAAACAAUAGUUGUAAUAAUAGUUACUUUAAUGCAGACUUUUCCUGACACCUAGUGGACAGUGAGCAAAUGAUACGUACAUUUUCCUUUAAUUGGUACGUCUGUUCAAAUCUAUCUAUCCGCAAGGGUCAUAAUAUUAUAAUAAUGAUUGAACCAAAAAGGAUACACUGAAUCGGGUCUUCUCAAUGCCGGACAAGUCUAAAGUCAGUUUUCUUUAAUAAACGUUAAAUGCUUUCAUCCAAUAAAUGAACACCUACAUCAGCAUCCGACUUCCCCUGCUUGAGACUAGAUGCCCCACAGAUGCCUGGAGAGACCCAGGCAGGAGUCACACGAUGCUAGAACUGCUUUACACGUUAUCCUGGAAUGGUGCCAGGGCACUACAUGCAGCAUUGAUAGUGUAGUGGUGAUGGUGCUUCCAGUGUGCCUUUAAUACAUUUUACAAUUUUUUUUAAUACAUAAAGAUUCAGAAAUAUUUUGAGAAAACAGUAAAAUAAAUAGCAGUGUUUUUAAUAACCCAUUUUUUCCAUCACUCUAGGCUCUGUAUCCAUUAAGUCUGUCUCAUGAUAAGGGAUAUCUUCAGCUAUUUGGACAAAUGUUCAUCAUUGUUUGUGCUACAUACUUAAUGAUCAAAGAGGUAAGAUAUUCUUUUGUUCCAAACAUUUCGUGAAGCAAGCAGUAAUUAAGUGACUCAGUCACCACGUGUUAUGAUUUAAAUAAAAUGUUCCUAUCCGCAUAUUCCAGUGAUUGUUACAUAAACCCGUAACUGGAGCAAUUACCGCAUGUGUUUUCUGUAUGCAAUUUACAUGAUUGUAACAUAUUUUGGCAGAUUCUAAAUUAUAUUAAAAGAAAAAAACAGUAUUUCAUCACAUCAGAGAAAUACAACUUCAAAAUGGAUUAAAUGAGAAUUGUAUUAGAGCCUGAAACCGAUACAGUAACUAGAGUACACAUUUUUAAGGUGGUGGUGGUGGGGGGGGGGAUCUAUCUCACCUUUCCUUAUUGAAAGGGGACCGAUAUAGCCAGAAAAUGGGGCCUCUUACAGCUAAUGUUUCAUUUGUUACAAGACAAAAAUGGCUGACAAAAUGUGGCCACUGUUAGAAUGUAGCAAAACUCAGCCAGUCAGAGUGAGUAAGAAAAGCAAGUAAAAUAUAAUGAAAGAGAGAUGUAGGUAGGUACCGGGCAUUAGAGUUAUGGAAUAUUUCCUCACAGGGGCUUAGAAACAGCGCACCCAAAGGCAAACACGUAGCCAAGGUCUCACUAGGUCAGGAAAACUGAUAUUCGGAAAUCUUAUAUGACAGGCCAAAGCUAAAAAUAUAAAAAAAAAACAGAAUAGCCAGGAAGAUGAAUAGCGCUGUGGAAUAUAAAUGCUUGUAAUAAUAAUAAAUAAUAAUCUGGAUAUCACCGUAGAACAUUUAAGUGAUAACUGCACAUGUAUUAAAGGUCACCAGUUAAUAAUAAUACUUUUUAGAUAAUAGACAGCAAUACAAAUUGCUCUGAUUUUCAGAUUUUCUGGUUUUGCUCUAACUAGCCACUAAAAUAUGUAACGUAUUGUGUCUUAAACAGGGUGUGGUGAUAUUUUUGGUGAGACCCUCGGAUCUACGAUCAGUUCUGUCCGAUUCCUGGUUCCAUGUCUUGUUGUAAGUCAUCAUGUAAUAAGCGGACAAACGCUAAUCACGGCACGUUAUAAGUCAUACACUCAGUACACAUACACUAACAGGAUAAUUCACUGUAAUGUGAAAUGGAUGGAAUUCAAAAUUCAUUUCAUAUUGUAAAUCAAUUUUAGAUAUAGCUGAACUAAAACAGAUCAGGAGGGAAAUGCGGUGGGAAACAUCUUAUACUGGGCUGGGCUUGAAGGAGGUCAACAAGAUAAACGUUCUUCUCAAUCCACCUCCUGCAAGACUGUCUAGGAUGGAAUUGUCUGCUUUCUGCUCAUGCCUUACCUUCAGAACCAUCUACUAUACUUGUACUAACCCGAUGGUAUGCCAGUUUAAGACAUUGGUGAUGGUGUAUGAUAUUCCCUUUGGCAGUGAGAUUAUGAAUUUAAUUGCAAAUUGAAAGCUGUAGAAUUUUGGCCAAAAUAGCUCACAUGAAAAAACUCUCCAAGUUAACUAUAGUCACACCUGGGCUAGUUUACCCUAAAUCUUGCAAUGUGAUUUUGGAUUCCCUGCAAUUCCCUUAUGUACUUUAACAACCUGGGUUGGAACUUAAUCUUACUUCCAUUCACACCAGAAAGAAUAUAUGUCAUUGUGUUUUAUCUUAUGAUUUAUAAAGUCUUUAAAACAUGUGAAAUAUUGAUUUGGAAUGUCCUUUCAGUUUCAUACAAGCAGUCCUGGUGGUACUGUCCGUCUUCCUUUACUUAUUUGGCGUUAAAGAAUACCUGGGAUUCCUUGUCUUGGCUAUGGCACUCGGAUGGGCAAACAUGCUUUUUUAUACAAGAGGAUUUCAGUCACUGGGAAUGUAUAGCGUAAUGAUUCAAAAGGCAAGUACUGUUAACAUUUUGACAUGUAUGCGGGGAUCAUAUAUUCCCUUUCAACCAAAAUAGUCUUAGUAAUGUGGACAAUUGUAAAGAUUGUUCCCUGCAGAGUAUUGGUGAGAUUUUUUUCUACAGAUCAAAUCUCACCAAGAAAUGUACUAAAGUCCAUAUUCAUUUAAGGGAUGGAGCACUUGAAGAUAAUAAAACCGUUUUGUUGAACAGUAUGGCUGGCGCUAUAUAAUUCAUAAAAAAAUAAUAAAAUAAUAAUAUAGAAUUGUUGUGUCCAACAGUAUUGUUACAUUUUCACUCCUGUUUUGUGGAUAAAUACUACGUUAACAUUGCAUCUGGGUCUGUUCAUUCUUGGGCAAAGCUAUAAUGCAUGCCUGAAGUUCACAAUAAUUAUAGGAAAGUGUUAAAAACAUUUCAGAAAAUGUUAUGGAAUAUAUACGGUUGCCAAAGGUCCUGUACUCUGUGCUCUAGAAAUUACAUAUUCUCUAGAGCAUAUUGCUUGAUAUUUACUAUGUCCAAGUGUAGCUAAUGUAGCUCUACAGCUAUUGAUGGACUACAACACCCAUAACUUUUUGACAAUCUGUGGGUGACUGAGUAUUAAAUUCAUUUUAGUUUCCAAAUACCCAGAUGGCCACCUUCUGGAGAAUCUUUUAGCUUGUGAGAACUUCUACAAUGGUAGAAACCCGUGGUCCAGACUGGGGCGAGAUAUUCCGCAAACAGACCUUAAGCGCUAAGCUAUCUCGCCCGCUAUAUUAUAUGCCCUUGUAUUGUUUACAUUAAAUUUGUAAUAUUUCAGGUUUUAACGUGCAUGUUUUUGUUUUGUUUUACUUUCAGGUCAUCUUGAAUGAUGUGCUAAAGUUUCUAUUUGUAUACAUUCUAUUUCUAUUUGGAUUUGGAGUUGGUAAAUAUUUAUUUCAAUUAAAGCAGCACAAUUAAUGUUUUACAUAUGCGCCAUAACAAACGGUACUAAUUUAAUCUGUCUAUCACACCUUAAUGGGUAAGGGAAGACCAGCGGUGACCUGUGAGAAGAUUCCAAGCUGUUGCAUCAUUACAACAUCAUUAUGCUUUGCCAUUCUUAUGCUGGUAAUGUAACCUGGGAUAUGUAGUUCUGUAACAGCUGGAGAUAAACCUUUUGGCCACCCCUGGACUUGUUCCUUACAUUUGAGCUCAUAUAGAGAUUAUAUACGUAUAAUUUUAUUUAUUCAUUUUUUGAAGAUACGUUGAUGACAGUCGAAUAGCUUAGCAACAAAGCUAAAGGUUGUUAAUUAUCUAAUUGUAGUAUGAUUUCACAGGAAUAUCAUUUGAAAUUCUCAAACUUAGUGAUGGUUUUGUAUUUUUCACUAAACAGCUCUCGCUUCAUUAAUUGAACACUGUGUGGAUGAAGAUGAGUGCAGCGCCUACAAAAGCUUCAGUACGGCGAUAGUGGAACUGUUUAAACUCACCAUAGGAUUAGGAGACUUGGAGAUCCAACAAGGCUCCAAAUAUCCUGUGCUAUUUCUGCUUCUUCUCAUAGCCUACGUUAUCUUAACAUUCGUUCUCCUACUCAACAUGCUCAUUGCAUUAAUGGGGGAAACGGUGGAGAAGAUCUCGAAGGAAAGUGAACACAUCUGGAGGCUGCAGGUAUAUGUGUGUGUAGAUUGUAUUUUAAAUAUUACAUAUUAAGAUAAUGAGAUGCCGAAGAACUGGUGACUAAAAUAUUUUUCCGUUUUUUUUUUUAAAUGUGAUACCUUUAAAAUAUUACCUUUUAAAUAUUACAAUUGGUCAAGGAAGUGCCAAAGUACUAAAGAACAUUUUUGUUUUAUUUUUUCAUUUGCAGAGAGCAAGAACUAUUUUAGAGUUUGAGAAGAGUUUGCCAGCGUGGCUGAAGUACAAAUUUCAGCUUGGAGAAUCGUGUUUGGUUUCGAAAAAUGACAACAGAACGUGUUUAAGGUAACCCAGUAAUUUCAUUAUUUAAUAUACUUAUUUUGUCACACUUUUUGACAACCUGAAGUGUCAACUUUUUUUUUUUUUCACGGAAACAGGAUUUAUGGAAAAUUGACGAGGAAAUUGCAAAAUCUAGGCCAAAAUAGUCAUAGUAGGAAAUAACUGAUUUGGAAAUUGUGCCCAUUUAGAUAGUUUGGUCUAAAAUGUGUAAUUGCCUUGUUAGUUCUACCCAAUUUCUGGUUAAGUGAGCAAACCUCAUUAACAACCCAAACAAUGACAUACCACUCACUGCAUUACUGUUCCUUUAAAUAUAUUUUUGUUUCUGACUGUUUUUAUGUUUUCGAUGACCCCUAGUGGAAGAUUUAAAAAAUGCAGUUAUGAUUAUUUUAUUUAUUAAACAUUACCAAAUUCUGCCCCAAUGUACAGAGAAAAAUUGUUCUCCUUUGCUGAAGUGCCAAUCCAGUGAAAGUUAAUGAAAGUCAUUAACUGUCACUGGAUUGUUGUCAUGAUAACAAGCAAUAACAGGCUGUUCAGGCUAUUAAGAUUUGCAAGAACUUUGGUUGCUGGUAGCUUUCAUUUUGCCUCCAUCUUUGACUAAGUUUCACAUGAUGUUCAGCUAUCUGAACAGCUACAAAACCAAAGAUUAGACAUAAUCUCUUGGACACACAGUCAAUUUUAGAUAGUGGUGCUCAACAACAGCUGAGAUGGUAUAAACGUUGAGUUGGGGCGAUUUUUAAACUAACUAGCAAAAAUGAAGAAUAAUAUAUAUGAUACAUAUUUUUCCAUUUUAGCUAGUUUUACAAUUUAGAACAUUUGGCCGACACUUUAGUUGUCAGUCCCCAAUAAUUCACUAUAAGUGUUUGGUAAUGUAAUCUCAUUAGGAGUACAGAAUAAAUUACUUAAUCUUCUUGAGGGUUCAGUACAAGUUAUCUAUCCAUGGUUUAAUAUCUGUACUGAUUUACCAGUCAGGGGAAGCAAGCUGGUUAAAGCCAACCACCAUGUUUUAAUAAAACCCCAAAGUAUUGCAUUUAUUACCAGGAGACAAGCAUUAAUUUGAUGAAAAUACAUGUUUGAACCUAUUAGUAGUAACAGAAUGUUAAAUAUGUUGCUAUAACACAAAGUCCUUUUAAUACAUCUUAAGUUAUGCAAACCUGUUUAUUAAUGGGUGACUAACUAGUAACACAUGUUUUUUUACGCACUAGGAUAAAUGAAGUUAAAUGGACAGAAUGGCACAAUCAUGUCACGUGUAUAAAUGAAGAGCCUGGUUUUGCCAUGCAUGCAGGUAAGAAAGUGAAAUUGUACACAUAUUAUCCCUUAUUUCAGCCAGCCUAGAACUAUGAGAUGGGAACCGUUUAUCCCCACAUUAGCUAUUCGUAAAAUUUGCAUUUACCUAAUGCGUGUAUGAUUUUACAGAAAGCAGUUCGUAAAACAAAUUCUGGGUCAGCUCAAUCUUUCGAAAAGUGUCUUUGAAAAUGUAAAAUAUCAGAGGUCUUUAACCUUCCACUCUCUGUUUCCCUUGAUGCCCCUGAAUACCCAAUUUUAAUAAAGGAACAAUAUAGGUUAUAUUUUAUUUAUGUUUGCAUUGCUAGGUGUAGCCAAAAGGUAAAACUCCCAAUGUUUGUGGAACUACUACUCUAAUUACCAUUUGCCCACUUUAACUCCUUAAGGACCAAGGCAAUCUGUUCUUUAAAAAUGGUAUUCUAAAAUGAAAUGUCCCAUUCCACGCUGGCAUAAAUUAUUUUGUGACCUAGUUGGGAUAAUAACUAUAUUUAACAUAUGGUCAAUAAGGAAUCAAGGUGGGAUACUCCACAUGCAAAUGGUACUUACACAUGUAGAGUAAUAUACUGCUGUUGGAUUUAACAAAUUCAAGUAAGUGCCCUCGAAUCCACUGAAUUCCUUCAGACAGUCAGCAUAAACUUGAAUAAAAUCCUUUACCUUAAUCCUAGGUUUAACUCCUCUUAUUAAACACACCAUGUACCACAAUACUAAAUGUAUCUUCACUUUAACCCAAAACCCAGUAAUUCUAAACACCCCUUGUACCACACAUAUAUCCCCUGUGAAGCUUUUAAUUCUAACACUAAACACCCUAUGUACACAAUCUAAGUCUAACAUUAACAACACUCUAACCUUAACUCACUCACUAUGCUCACAGAUUCAAACACAAUAAAUAACAAGUGGAAAUAUGCACAUACAUAUGCAGAUCUCAAAUUUGAAUUUAUGGGUUUCAGAUUUUUUAUUUUAUAUCCAGUUAAUGUUAAACUCACUUUCUCUGUCUUUUUUCGGUGGGGGGAGUGUGGAGCAUGGGCCCCUAGCAUUACGUGCCUGUAGGCAACUGAUAAGUAAAUAUAGCCAACCAGACUGUAGAGGAGGAGACAAGUCCGCAACACAGCUCAUUCUGGACCUUCAAUGGCUAAGCUACACUGUUACCUUCAAAUCUGAAAGGUGUCAUGCGUAAAUAGGGAGCAUGCUAAACGGGGCAGAGUUACACUGCAGAAAGCAGCAACAUAUUUUUCAUUUUUAUUAAGCAAAAAUAAAGCGGUUUGAUCAGGUAGAAAAACGCAGCCUGAGGCCAAAACAUAUUAAAUGCACUGAAGUUGUUUUGGUGCCCAGAAUGUUACUUUGAGCGUAUGGCUAUGAUUUUUAUCAGUAUUAUUAUAUUUAUUACAGAGCAGCAAUUAUACUUGUCUAAUAGUUAUAUUUCUCUUUAUACAGGAAGCUAUGCCAAUUUGAAUUGGGAAGAUGAACCUGAUAGCUUUGAAAAAAAUCACGAAACUACAAUUGACUUAGCAGAACAGAUCGAACCAGCAAUAGAGACCACUGUUUAGACAAUUCUUAUUUGAUUGCACAUUUGUACGGAGUGCUCUCAACCAAUGAGUGCCUCAGUGCACUGCUGGACUUAGCUCAGUGCAGGAGAUUCUGGGCAGAGGAGGCGGUGGCGGGAGACUGGAAUACCCAAGGUAUGUUGUCAAAACAUUCUUAUAUGUUUGACUACUUACACUGGGAAGGCACCACGGCACUCCUAGCACCAUAACCACUACAGCGGGCUGUACUAGGCAUGGUGCUUGAAAUGUUUCUUUAGAGCAGUUUUUUCCAAACACUGGCUCUCAAGAUGUUUCUGUACUAUAACUUCCAUGUUGCUUUGAAUGAAAUGGCUAGCCAGAGAAUCAUGGGAGUUGUAGUUCAUCAACAUGUGGAGGGCCAAAGUUUGGAGAAACUGCUGUUUUAGAGCAUUCGGUUAUCUACACCUUGGUCUAACAUUUGCUAAUUGUGUUUAAGUCACACUACCUCAC